AAAGAUUGGUAGGAUGAUGGGCAUGACGGGGGUGGAAAAGAAUCGCUCGGCGGCGGCGGGGGCGUCGCGAGCUGGAGCACGCCGGCGGUGUGGGCGGAGCCUGCGCGAACCCCGCCUUCCCUCCCUUGGUCGCUCCCCUCCCCUCCCUUAAAGCGCCAGAUCGUCCUCCGCGAGGGCCGCAUAAUAGUGGCGGCGCCACAGGAGGUGCUUUGUGGUGCCGUUGGGAGGAGAGAGAGAGAGCGUGCUCCGUGACACCCGCCACCCCCUCCUCCUCGUUUCCUCCCUCGUCGCCUCAGCUGGCCCUGUGGCUGGAUGCGGCUGAGCUCGGGCUCCCAGCCUCCGCGCCCCUGCCGCUGUUCGUGAGCCCGGCGCGGUCCAGACGGAGUCCCGGGCGCCGCCGCGAUGUUUGACAAGACGAGGCUCCCUUAUGUGGCGCUGGAUUUGGUGUGCCUGAUACUGGGUACGUCUCGGCCGCCCGGCCGCCCUGAGGGGAAGGGGAAAGGGGAGGAGGGAGGCGGUUGCGGGGAAAGGGAGGCUUGACGCCGGGGAUGCUCCUUCGCUACGCGCUUCUUUUCCCUCUCCUGUCCCCCCACCCUUCACACGACACCCUUGUUUCGCGGGGCGGGCGCUGCUUUUUUGCGAGCUGCUUCGCGAACUACGCCUGAGAGCAGCAUUCGCAUAUGUACAUAUAUAUCCCGUACCUAUAUUGAUAUCCGGUGUGUGGAGUUUCACAUGCGGUAGAAAAAAACACUCGCGUUUAAUACGCGCUUGAAAUAUGGGUCCGUGUGUACAUACAUAUGCGAUACGUGUGUCCGGGUCUGCUUGGCUUCCAUUGCAUGUCAAGGGGCUAAACUUCGCUUUUCCCACCUCCCGCCGCCAAGGCUGUGAGGAAGGGCUGGAAAAAGAGGGCGGUGGGGCAGUGGGCUGCAAACACCGUACUUGCUUCCCCCAUGUGCUCUGCCAUCUUCCCUGCUUGCCAUCACAUUUUAUUGUCGCUGCUCUUUUCUCCGUUUCUUCCAUCCCUAAACUCACCUAAAUUCGCAGGUCAACCCCAACCCCCAAUUGUCUCACCUGAAGAAACUUGGUCACUGCAGCUUCUUCUGUCCAUAGCAGGAUUGUGUAGAGUGGACUGGUGUAAGAAUUGGUUUGAAUCACUGGUGUACACCGAAAAUUAAGAAACCUGCCUCUGUACACUGAUAGUAGGUAGGACAGCGCUGGUAGGGUUUGUUGUCAUGUAGCUGGAGUUUACUGGAAAGCUGAUGAUAUCAUUUCCCUCUUAUCUGGACAGGCUUGUAUUUUUUUAAAAAAAGGAAUAGCCGUGAACAGUUGUUCAGGUUGUUGAUGUAAAAAAAUGCAGAUUUCCUUGAUAACCGAGUCCAGCAUUCUUUUCUAUAGCUGCUGUUUGUCAUCCUUACAAGCUGUGAAGAAAUAGGUCUUCCCAUUUCGGUCACAAGAUGUGAACACUCAUUUCUAGGCUUUAUUUUCUGAAUAUUAUUUUCCCUUUUUCUGAUGAAAUGAGGAAAUGAAUAUCCAUUAGAGAGCUAACUGGAAAAAAGUGAGUAGUGUGCAGGUUUUCUUUUCUCAAGAAUGGUAAGAUUAGUUUGCUAGACACUCAUCAUUUAAUUACUAGGAAUGAUGACUGAUAUCUAUAGUUGAUGAGUACUGGCAGUUUGACCAAUUCUAAACAUACAGAUUAAACUACAGUAAUUGAAAAUUUGUCACAAUGCAAGAAGAGAUAGUGAGGGAACUUCUUGCUGUGUCUAUUCUGGCAUUUUAAUUGAAAGAAUGAGGGAAUUUCUGUGCAAUUGUCUUCUGUCAAAGUUAGCAUAAGAUCUUGAGCUAUGUCUAACCUUAUCUAUUUGAAAUCCUUUCCAGUUCUGACAGCAGGCAGCAAAGAGGCACCAGGCCAAUUUCAGUGUGACCAUUUUUCUGCAUGGGAGAAUAUAUGAGAAAAAUCUGUACCUCUGAAUACUGUAAACGAAAAACCUGCAAAGAGGAGUGAACAGGAAACUAGUAUCCUGUUUGUGGCAUGCUGUUAUAAAAUCCAUGCAGGUUUCUUUCUUUUGCUAAUAAAUUAUAUUGCUAGUGGUUAUGCAUUUGAAAGGCCUUGGUUUUUACCAUGAACCCAGUAGCUGGUUUAAGGCUAGUUUGUACACCGCUUAGGGAGUGGUUUAUAAAUCUUCUAAAUAAAAAUUCAAUCUCAGAUCUCCAUCUUUUUUAUAUUGACCUACCUUACAGGGUUACUGUAAUACUUUCAAAUUCAUGUAUAUGUGAAGCUUCUUGAAUUAAGUGCUAUACAAAUGCUUUAUAGUAAUAAUAAUAUACAUUUCUCCCAAUGGAGAAAAGUUUCUGGAACUGGUUUUAUAUCUGCCAGCUAAUGCAUCUAAAUAAAAAAAGGAUGCAUGCAGCAUCUUUUUUUUUUUUUUUAGUACAUGCACCUUACUUGAAUACAGUGUAUAAUUCAUGGAUGACCAUUUAACUGAAAAAGGGAGAGUUCAUGUGUGGUUUUCUUCAGGUUUAGUGGCGUUCAACAUUUGGAUGAAAUAGUUGAUACUUCCAGAAGCUCAAUUCAGAUAUGUCAAGCCAUGUUUAAGCAAGUUGAACAAUUGUUGGCAGGGCAUAAGCAAUGGCUUCUGAUGAGCUAGCAAACCAGAACUGGAAAACAUGGAAAACAUGAACCAGGGUUUGUGAUAACGAAGAUUGCAUUUCCCCAAAUAUAGCCAAAGAGAAGCCCCAGCAGCAAAGAGUGGGCAGAAGGUAAUACAGUAGUUAUUUGCAAGCUGCAAACCUGAGAUUCCAAGGGAUUAUAUUGCAACAAAAUUAAUAAUUUACCCAUGUAUACUUGAGGUUACGGUGGGUGAUUUGAGAAUUAUAUCUCAAGCGGUGAUGUCAGUUGUAUCCUGCAUCAUUCUGUUUCAAGCAUCACAGGUGGUUAAAGUGCUGUAGAUUAUCUCUCAUGUCUUAAGAAGUGAAUUGGUAGCUCAUAUUGGGUGGCACCACUAUACAGGUGACACCCAGCUGUAUUUCUUCUUGUCAUCAGAAUCAGGUGAGGUCAUGUAGGUGCUGGACUAGUAGUCUCUGAUCAUUGUAAUGGGUUGGUUGAGGGUGUAUAAAUUAAAACAGAAUCCUGAUAAUACAGAUGCUUUAGUUUGGUGGUUCCUGGCUCUAGGAAUUAUGUGAAUGACCUGUUCUUGACAGUGCUGCUCUCUGUUUGAAAGAACAAGUGUGUAGGUUGGGAGUGUGUGUGCUCGCGCACUGUUGGAUUCUACCAUGUGACACUACAUAGCAGCAGCAGCAGCAUGGAAUGCUUUCCACCAGCUAUGGCUGUUUCUGCAUUAGGGAUACUCUGGCCACAGUAAUCCCUGCUGUUAAUAAUGUCUCAUUUGGAUUACUAUAAUGCUGUCUACUUGGGGCUGUUCUUGAAGAUGACCUGGAAACUCCAAGUAGUGCAAAAUGAAGUGGCUUGGCUUCUGAGUGGAGUUCCCACAUCUGUUUUUAAAAGAUUUGCACAGGCUGCCAAUACAUUCCCAGUCUCAAUUUUAAGGUGUUACAGAUGACUCAUAAAGCCCUGAAUGGUUUGGUAUCUAAAUACUUGAAAAAGAACUUCUCCCUAUAUAGUCCUAAUUUAACAGGGUUGCUCUCCUUAUCGUCCUGCUUGUGGGAGCUUUAUAACUGGAGCUGAUUUGAGGUGGUUCCCCUGCCUCGGAACUCUUUGCUUUAUGAAAUCUUGCUAGAAUAUUCAUUGCUGUUAUUUCAGUCUGAGCUUAAAACCUGAUAUAUUUGGAUUUCUGAACGCUCUGUCACAAGAGACUAGGGCCCUGCGGGACCUGACAUCUUUCCGCAGGGCCUGCAAGACAGAGCUGUUCCACCAGGCCUUUGGUCAGGGCGCAGCCUGACCCCCUCCUCUGGCAAUCUGCGCAGAAUUUUGCUUAAUGGUUGCCAUCAAUUUGAUUUUAAUUAAUUUUAUAAUGAAUGUUUUUAGAAUGUUGGAUUAUUUUGAUUGUUGUUAGCCACCCUGAGCCCAGCUUCGGCUGGGGAGGGCGGGAUAUAAAUAAAAAAUUAUUAUUAUUAUUAUUAUUAUUAUUAUUAUUAUUAAAAAUUGAAUUUUUACCUUCUUUUGUUAUUUUAUUGAUGCUGAUAGGGUUAUUUGGCUGAAUUUGGUGUUACCCUGCCCUGAGAUAUUCAGAUUAAGGGCUGGAUAUAAAUAGCCUAGCUAUGGGUCUAAUACCUGACCUGCUUCUUACAUUACUUAAUUUCAGAGACAUGAAAUAGCAGGAUACCUAUUUCUGUGUGCUGAAGAAUACUGAAGGCUUUUUUGUUGUUGUUUUUUACAAGAGUGGUUAUGAUGUUAAUUCAAGAGAGUGGUAAGAGACAAAGAGCAUAAUAAUAAGUGUUUGUUGAAUCAGACCAAAGACCUACCUCAUCCUGCAUCCUGGUCCUCAUAGUUGCCAGUCGCCCUGUGGCAUGGCUUUCAUGUAGUAGCUUGUAGGUGUGCAUGAAAUUCUUGUUGCUUGUCUGCCAGGCUCUUUAUAUUUUGGCUGCUGCCAGCAGGAAUCUGAUAGGGUGAAACCAGUGGGAGAUCUGUGGUUGGUUUCUGUUGGAGUGCUUUGCACAGCAGUCCAAAAGGAAAGAUUUUAAAAGACAGGAUUGGUUAAAUCACUUAGGGAUUUUUGCGUUCUACAGGUUUGGAGUUCACUUUUGUGUUAGCCUCAGUCUUUAAACACUGAUGAUAUUUUGUAUUGCAAUCUCAUAUUUUAAGUGUACUCUUACCUUUGGUAAGUAGAAGUAAUUUAGGAAUUACUCCAAUUAAAAACUGAUUAUGGUAGGACUGCUUUUAUUUUGUGUAGUUCUAAGUUAAAGGAGACCUUUGGCCAAAAAAUAUUCUGGUGGGUUGUGCUCCAUGUUCAUAUUCUGUCACCCAACACCCAAUCACAAUAUAUUUUCCUUUCUGGAGAUUUCCCCCCAAAUAUGCCUUAGUUGUUUGAGCUUGUUCCCUGGGUCAGGGACUGGCAGAUUUCAGGUUUGCAGGAUGUGCUGUGUCUGUGUCUUUCUUGUCUCUGUGUCUGUUUGUUUUUACUAGAACUUUCAAGAUCCACCAACCACAGCCAAGCGCUAGGUAAUGGGUUGUGUUGUGUUGUGUUGUGUGUGUGGACAUAUAUUUAUGGGGGAAAGCCUUUUAGUUGUUGUGGGUGGUUUUUUUAAUAAAAAAUAAUACUGGGACUCAGAAACCCUUAGAUCUACCAGUACAUGCUGAACUGCCUUUUGAUUACCCCUGGUCUGAGUAAAAAAAAUUGAUGCUGCUUAUUCUGUGUUUUUAAAUGGUAUGUUCUUAAUUGGAACAUGUGGAAGUGGCUAAUAACAUUUGUGUGGAUAUCACCCAUUAGGGUCAUGUGUUAGGAAAGCUGUUUGAUCAGCUUCAGUAUCUCUACCUUGAAGUCUGGCCCUUUGGAUUAUUCAAAGUGCAUGCAAAGUGUGUUAUCUGCUGCCUUGUGGGACAUCUUUGGGAGAAGAAAAGGCUAAGAGUAAACUCUACAGAAAUCCGGAGUAGAGUUUUUAAGGCGGUUGGAUGUCUUGUACGCCUCCUUCCGGCAACUCCUGUAGCCAAGCUGGUGCCAAAUGUAUUGCUUUGCUUUGUUUAGGACCACAUCAGCAAGGCUGAGAGAGGGGGGCAUCUUGGUGUCUGGGUAACCUAGGACUUCUGUACACAGAGCCCAGGCCUCUGCUUCACAGAGGAGAUGCACUCCAUUGUCUCUCAAGACAGACAGUUGCCAACAACAGUGUGAAGUGUCUUGAACAUUCAAAAUGCUAAGAAUUAUAAGCUCUUAAUUUAUUGUUGAAAGACCGUAUUUAUUUGUUGCUGAAGUUGCAUGUUACAUAUGUUGUUCAGUAGGGAAGUUAUGAAUCCAGGAUUUUGAAAGAUACAAGUAGAAUAACCCUAUGUGCCAUUUUCUAGAAAACCCAAAGACUCACACUAUAUUUAGCAAUUGGGGCUAUAGUUCUACCCUGUAGAAACACUUGGCUCUAGGUGCAAUGAGGAAAUACAUUUUUACUAUUUCCUGUCAAUGACUCUAAAUUACUGCUUUCCUAAUGCAGCUGAUGAAACAAUUCUGGUGUUUAAUUUACAUUUGGCUUUAAUUAUGAUGUUUGCUUCCAAAGCUGUGAGUAAUUUAAGUUCCACUGCACUUCAGGUUUGCUUGCCUACUUUCUGUAAAAAUGCUGCUGCAGGGUGACUAAGGCUGCGGUCCUAUACCCAUUCACCUGGAAGUAAGUCAUACUGAGAUCAAUGGGACUUCUGAGUAGACAUGUCUGGUGUUGUAUUGUGGAAUACUGCUGAUGGGGCCCCCAAAACAGGUUGUAAUCAAAUGUGUGUUAUGGCUGCCUGAUUACCCUUUCAGGGGGUACAGUAAAGGAGAAGCAGUGGGGAGGGGCAUCUAAUCCUUUUCCAGCUAGUUGUUUCCCUUAUUCUGCCUCCCGCCCCCCGUAACUUCUCCCAUAGUGUGUUAAGUGUGUAUGCCCCUUCCCAUUUAAAAUUGUGGCAAAAAAACAGGAGGUAGCAAAAUUUAGUUGCCCCCACUUUCUGCUGCAUUUCCACUCCCCAGCACUGCAACAAAAAGUGAUUUCCUUCCUUCAUCUGAACAAGAGCAAUGUGUAGUUUAUGUCUCUGACAUAAACAUUACUUUUAGUUAGUUUGAUCCUCCAGUCAUUUGACUUCUUUUCUCUGCAGGUAGAAGGUUACAGCUUCAAUACAGAUCUGAGAUUGCUCCAGUUCUCUGUGCUCCUGCCAAUGUAGCAGUCCGAAAGCAUACCAGUGCAUGUAGAUAAAUAGGUACUGCUGCGGUGGGAAGGUAAAUGGUGUUUCCGUGCACUCUGGCACUCAUCACGGUGUCCCACUGUGCCAGAAGUGGUUUAGUCAUGAUGGCCACAUGACCCGGAAAGCUGUCUGCGGAUAAAUGUCCACUCCUUUGACCUGGAACGAGAUGAGUGCCACACCCCAUAGCUGCUUUUGACUGGACUUAACUGUCCAGGGGCCCUUUACCUUUUUACCGUGACCAGUUCUCUGUGGGCCUGUAGACCAGUCUGCAUUGCUUGAGUAUUACCACUCUCCUUGUUCACUGUGAGUCCCAAGGUUCUGUGUAAUACCACUUAUCAUACCAUCACAGGGAUAAUAGACUUCUGAGGCAGAAAAUGUUGCUUUCUUUUCUCUCUGAGCCUUUAUAGAUACACCAGAUGACAGAACUCUAGAUGUAGUGGUAGAACUCUAGAUUUCUAGGUGUAGAAGCUGAUGGCACUGCCAGCAGUUCCUAAGGCUUCUAAGAAGUUCUCUCUUUUGGGUCAGAAAGCAGAGCAUAAAUGGACCGUAUAAAAGAUUGCCAUUUCUCUUCUGACAGGGUUUCUUCUAAAAGAUACGUAACACACAGAAAUGUUACGUUUAAAUGCUGGGGGAAACGACAGCACUUAAGACAUAAGGUACAUGCCUAAUAGUGGGACGCGGGUGGCGCUGUGGGUAAAACCUCAGCGCCUAGGGCUUGCCGAUCGCAUGGUCGGCGGUUCGAAUCCCCGCAGCGGGAUGAGCUCCCGUCUUUCGGUCCCAGCUCCUGCCCACCUAGCAGUUUGAAAGCACCCCUAAGUGCAAGUAGAUAAAUAGGUACCGCUUUAUAGCGGGAAGGUAAAUGGCGUUUCUGUGUGCAGCGCUAGUGCCAGCUCGCCAGAGCAGCUUCGUCACGCUGGCCACGUGACCCGGAAGUGUGUCCGGACAGCGCUGGCCCCUGGCCUCUUAAGUGAGAUGGGCGCACAACCCUAGAGUCGGACACGACUGGCCCAUACGGGCAGGGGUACCUUUACCUUUACCUUUUUACAUGCCUAAUAAAGGUGGCAAACUAAUUGUGCUGUUGCCCAUGUGCCUUGUCAUUCUUCUGCUGUCUAAUGCUUUAGGCAGCCAUUGUUUGUAGGAUGCAUUCCUGAUACAGAAGAUAUCAUAAACAUGCUUUCAAUGGACUGAAGUCAAUGGGAAAGCUUCUUGGUAAAUGUGUUGGUGAUUGUUGUACAGUUUUUUUAAGAUGGGGAGUAAUCUUAAAUUGGAAAGGCUUACUUUCAAAAUAUUGUUGUAAAUAUUCCCUAAGUUCCCCAAGGUAUUAAAAGAUCACAUUUUAUUGUGGAACAAAGCAGAAAGGCUUAAAUUGCAAACAAUCCCCUUGGUCUGGCAUAGUUUCUCAGUGGUUGGUCAUGCCUGUGAUACUCUUGCUGCCAAGAACAGCACUGGGGAGCGCUAUCAUUGUGUAGCAUAAUGGCAGUCUACCAUACCCAGGCCCAGAGGCAGUUAACCUUCAUCAUAAUUCUGUUUGCUGCAGAGGAAGUGAAAGAAACCAAACUAUGGUUUUACUAAGCCAGAGUUGGUUUUGGGCAUCACACUAGUUGUUUUCUUUUGAAAGCAGGGCAAUAAGACAGUUUAGCCUGAAGUCAUCAAAGCCUAUCUUACCACCAAUUAAUUAUAACAGUUUUCUAUCUAAUAGGAAGUUGUACAACUAUACUUGAGGGGUUUGUAGCUUUUAUUCCCAUCUGUAACUCAUGCAUUAAAUUGUUAAGGACUUAACUGGUGCUUCUGUUCUGGCUUUUUGUGUAGAUACUCAGAUUGCUGUGCUAGACAGUCCAGUUGUUCUAUAGACAAAUUUGCCCCUUUUAUGGAGAAACAGCCCAUAAAUAUGGCUUGGAGAAGAGCUGGAGGUAAGGGCAACUGAAACAUGUUCUCAGAGUUGUUGAUGAGAAGCACUUUUACAAUUGGUUGACUAAGGAACAUAUUUUCAAUUGGCUUGACCAUGUGGGAAGUAUAGAAAUUGCUUUGCCUCUUGCAUAGUUUUAUAUACCCAAAUCUGUUAUCAUGCAGUCUGGCAUUUUUCUCUUGACAGCAAUUAUUUCAACCAUAUGAAACUUUCUUUGUAUUUGCACGUGUGUUAAAAAGUGUAAAACAAUAAAUAAAUAGCAACAAAAACAAUGAUAUUUUUCCCCUUCCCCCAAUUUUUCCCAUAUGGACCAAAUCUGGGUGACUCUUGAUGCCAGAACAUAUUGGUGGAAUAAACUUUGAAUAUGUAGUGAACAUUUAAAACCCAGUAACUAAUGUUGUAUGUUUACAAGUAAAACCAAAUGGGCGUUUUAAACCAAUUUAAACAAUGACCAUUAAGUGAUGUGACAAACUGAUGAAUUGUGUGAUAGAACACUUUAUGUUGGUUGAUUUAGUUUAGUGCAAUUAAACUGGCAUUUGACAGUUAAGUGGUAUGUUUGGGUCUGUGAAUUAGGAGACAGUAAAUAAGAAACACUGUAUGGAACAAUUUUGUCUGCUUUGUAUAGUCUUCUUAGUAUAUGCUCUUAAAAUAUGAAUAAAAUCAGAAAUAACUUGUGCCUAUUCCAAAUUUCAAUGGUUUAGAGAAAACUGUGAUUUAAGUAGUUCUCUGAUAAGCCUAAUGCCAUGCUUUGUAUUCGCGUGUGUCUAAUAAGACCUCACAAACUGGUUGCUUCUGUUAUGUUUUCUUGUAAUACUGAUAGUCCAUCCUUGGACCAUCUGGGAAUCUCCUGACUUUACCUUGGACGCAACAGCUUUUGUCAUCUUUGUAUUUAGUGGGUGCGUCUCUUCCUGGGAAUGAUUGAAUGAGUCUCAAGGUGGUAUUACUGUGAAAAAAAUAAAACUCCAAAAUGCCCCUUGACUCUUUAAUUGACCUAUAAUUGAUAGGAUUUUCUGCAUGAGCAGGCCUGUAGUAGUUUAGCUACAUGUGUUGCCAAAUGGCUGCAGUUAACUCUCAUAAAAUAUAGUUGUACUGUCCUGAGCAGAGUCCUUAUGAUUAUACUAGUAUUUGCUACUAUAUUAGAUCAGUUAGAUAAGCUGACAGCAAAGAUUGACAGUAAUCCCUCAUCUAUGCAUCAAGCCCAAUUCCAUAUACAUGAAAAUCAUAUAUAAUCAAACCUUUGGAGCCACCCUGCAGUUAGCAGGUGUGUGGGGUGGGGGAGAGAAAGAGCAUCCCCAGCACACCCAGAUCCAGUGCACUGAGUGGGCCUGUGAAUGGGCUUUUUGAAAAGUAAGAGAAAACCUGGACAAAGUCUCCAUCUUCCACACUUGUUGCAAAAAUUAAAGGGUACUUUGACUGGCAUAGUCAAAUGUUUUUUAGGGAAUUUUCCAUACUCCAUGAAAUGAUGGUUUGGAUUGUUACAUAGGAACUUAUUGCUUAGCGUAUAUUCACACUUACAGCAUAACUUCAAAAAUGAAGCUUCUCAAGGAGAAUUGCCAUGUCCUUUAAAAUACAGAAAGAUUUUUAUUCUACAGGAGAUGGUUCUCCCUUCAAGAGUUCCUUGCAUUUGCUUUGGCCAGAGCUGUGGCUUUUUUAAAAAAGAAAAUUUUAUAAUGGUUAUUCUCACAUUUUGCUGGAAAGGAUGAAGGGUUAGUUUUCCACCCAAGAAAAAUCCCAAACUGCCCUUCACAUUUGUUAAAACGUGUGUGUGUGUGUGUGUGUGCGCACACACACACACACACACACACACAUUUUAGGAUGCCCUUUACUGGAGCUCUUUGCUACCUUAGAAAUAUGAGCACCUACAUAUAUUCUAUUAAAAUAUUUUACUACUUAAAACAUACAUUGCAAUUUGGUUUAUGUCCCACAAUAUAAAAAUGACAUGGUUUUAAAGUAAGUUCUGGAAAUGUUUCCAGUCUUGCAUGCUAUGGAAACUCCAGUGUGCCAAGGGAAGGGAUGGUUCCCAUUAUAUCCAGAAGGGCUUUAUGUUUAGUGCUUUUGUUUCACAGUGCUCUUCAUGUAGUAUGAGGUGAUAGUCUAGUCUAGUUCAGUAUUGUGCCAACUCUGGCUUAUGCUGUACAAUAAUGUGGUUAUGAAAUGGCUAUUAGUUUGUCUGUCCCCAGUUACCCACUCCCAUAGGCCUAUUGAAAGGAGAAGUAUUUGAAUGUUCUUCCUGUAACUCAGAUGUUGUGUACAAAGUUCAUGGUCAUUCACUCCCUUUUACUUCUGCUUACGCAAAAGUGACAGUAGUGUAAUACUUUCCAUUAGGUACCAUCAAAAUGUUACAAAGUAGUGCACAAGCUUUGAAGUUCAGCUUUUCAGUAGUUGUUCAGUAAUUUUGUGAUUUUUGUGAUGCUUUAAAAGAUACUACACUCCUGUUUGCUUUGGAUUUUCUCUGAUGGACUGGCACAGCUACCAGUUUCUUUUUCUUUUUCAUUCAGUGUCUGUGCACCAGUUUAGGGUGGAGACAUGUUUUAAAUAAUUAGCUGAUUUUACAGGCUUUAUAUGGAAUAGAAAAAUACUAGAUUAUAAAAAGAAGUCUUUCUCAUGUGAGAAAGUAUGCCUAAUACUUGCUUGUCAACAUAAAGUGUUGCUUAAUAAACCUAGUGACAAUCCGUUAAACUUUCCAGUGUGAAGAUUAAAUUGUCUAGCAUAAAAUGAAAUGUGCUUUUUAAAAGGCCUCAUUUAUAGCUGUACUCCAGAUGAAACCAUGAUGUGUGACUGAUUCUGAAGUGCUUUGUAAAGGGAUGCUCUCCUUCUCCAGUAUUUGUAAAAAAUAUUUACCCACUCCACAGUAUCUGGAAUUCUGUAACUGAUUUUUGCAUUGGUUUUUCUGCCAUGGGAUGUUCUGCCAUAAAAUGUUCUAUAUAAUCUAGAGGCAGCCUUCUCUGAAGCCGCCUUAUGAAGCUUUGUUUUACUAUCCUGCCCUUUUAUUUAUUUUCUUUGCACAGUUGAUAAGACUUUAAAUAGCCAUGGUGAAAGUACACAAGAUCAAAGUAAUUUUAAGCAAACAGACCUGUGAUCGUUGGAAUAGGGGGGAAAGUGGGCUGACCCUCUGAGCUAUUGCAUUGAGAGGGUGGCUUGGAUAGGGCUGACAUGUAAGUCCUAGGUUCAACAUCUAUCAUCUUGAAGAAAAAGGUAUCUGGUUGAAGAGUAAGGAAGAGUUGCUUUCUAUGAACUUUGAGACCUGCUGCAAAGCUUGGUAGAUAAUACUGGACUGAAUAGAUUAGUGGUCUGAUGUUUUAUAAAGGCAAAAACUUCUGUUCCAGGUGUGGGGAACCUUUGGCAUUGCACUGUUGCUGUAUUACAACUCCUGUCAAUCCCAGCAAACAUAGCCAGUGGCCAAGGGUGUUGGGAGUUGUGUAGUUCAGCAACAUGUGGAAGACCAGAGGUCCCCCAUACUUGUUUUAUUCACACAGUACUUAGGUAGUAACUUAUUUAUUUGCACUGGGGCCCAAUCCAAGGGUUGUAUCCAAUGCUGUCAGUCCGCUGACUCAAAGGCCCUUAUGCUAGUGAUGGAUUCCUGUGUUGCACAGCAUUGAGAAAUAAACCAAUACAAUAGGUCUGCUGGUGAAACCAAUGAUUUGAUUAAUUUAUGUUGCAUAUACUGUAGUACUUAAUAAAAGCAAUCUAAGUGGUUUGCAAAGAAACCUAUAGAGAUACCCAAUAAAUAUUUAAUCAAAGAACCAUGUAAUUCAAUCAAAUUAGAAUGUGGAAUAAUUAAAAUUGCACUAGUGGAAAGGGCUCAUCAACCUUGGGAAGGUAGCUUAUCUAGGAGAAGGAAACCUCUACUGCUGGAAGAAGUGCUAAGGAGUAAACCCUAGACAAAUCUGGAGUGGAAUCCCUAAGAUGGUUGGAUGGUGCCUUGUAUGCCUCCUUUUGGCAACUUCAGCAAAUUUCUUGCUCUGCUUUUCUUGGACCACAUCAGUGAGGUCAAGCGGGGGUUCUUGUCGCCUGGGCAGCCCAGGACCUCUAUACACACUGCCCAGGCUUGUGCCCCGGGGAUGUCACUUCAGUGCAGCUAACACAGCAGUUUGACUUCACCCUUGGAGAUGUACUCCAUUGUCUCUGCCAACUACUACUACUAGUGGAAAUAUCGUGAAACUACUUUUUAAUUUAGUGCCCUUAUACAUGCAAAUGCAAGAUUUUGGGAGAAGUCCUGUUGUGCAGUUGGAAAAAAAUGCUAAGAUAUAUUUAUAUUUAUAUUAUAUAUUUAUAUUUAUUAUUAUUUCACAGUGUUUAUGUACCAUGUGAUUGUAAUAAAACCUCAUAAUUCAGGAUUGCUAUUUUAACCUACAGAUAAAGCAAUUAACCACUUAAAAAUUAAAAUUUUGUGAAGGUAGCUUUAAUUGAUGGUACUGAGAACACACAUGAUUAUUAUUUUUGAGAUUAUUUUGUUUCUGGUGUGUUAUAUCUGAGAAUGAAAGAAAAUAUGAAAGAUGGCUUUAUUAACAUUACUGUUACAUGCUUCAGUAUGUAAAAAAAAACACCCUUUAUUAAGAAAGCUGCAAUAUGCAAUUUAUUUAAAUCCAACAAUUAAUUAGCUGUGAUCACCGUUUUUUAGAAAAAUAUCUGUUCACAACCUUCUUAUGUUUGGUUUUUAAUUGCCUCUGCUGUGCUACUGCUGUAAUCUAACUUCUUGCUUCCUUUAGUGAUUUGAGCUACAGAAUACUGUUUACCAGGAAAAUAUUUCUGAAACCAAAGCUCUCUUUGUAUCUAUUCAAAACAAAAGAAAAUGCUUGAAUCUGUGAGCAAAGUUGGAGGGGGCUCUAUUGCUAGAGCCUGAUGCUGUUCCUGCCAGAUAGCAUUUAUGGCUUCUGUCUGUGUUCUGCAGUAGCUCUUUUCUAUGGCAAAGGAUACCAAGCUUCCUGCUAGAAAGCCACAUAGCUGCAUGCAAAUUCUCUUAAAUUCAGGAAUACUCCCUGUGCACCCUUUGUACUUUCCUCUGUGGUUAAAAGCGGAAAUGUGAGCUGAUUUCACCAUUGAAAUGCCAACUGUUAAUCAGUAUCAUGACAGAAAAAAUAUAGCAUGGAUCAAUGUGGUGGUUUCAGCUAUGAAGUUGGCUUUUGUAUUUGCUGCAUAUGCAAGAGAUCGUUGAGGGACAUCAUGUUAUGUUAACAGAACAUCUUGUUAUGCUAAUCGGGCAUGGUUGGGCUAUUUUUGCUGUGUGUGGUGCUUUUCCAGGGCUUAUAAAAACUUCAAUCUUAGCUGGAAUAUUUUCCUAAUGUAAACCGAUUAAUUAAAAAACCAGGCAUAUUUUUGCCAAGGGAAGCACAUUUUUCACCUUUGGAUAUUAACAUGUUGGCACUCCUUUUCCUGUGGACUUUAACUUUCAGAACUGAGGAUUUCCUUUUGGUUCCCCCGCCCUGCUUGUGUUUCCUUCCCUAAAGGCUUCUAAGCCAGGACAAUUGUGUCCAAUUCUCCCAACUGAAAUGCUUGGCUUUUUGGCUAGCGAAUGCUGUGGUUAGAUAAACUGGUGUUAAUUGACCGAAAGUUCACAUUUGUGUUGGAUAUAAUUCCAGAAGUUUUAAUUCUGUAAUUUAUUUUUAAUCUUGUCAUUUGGUGCUUUGAAAAGGAUUGUGAUAAUUUUUAUUUAUGUAUAUUAAGGUAUUUUAUAGGGCUUUUCAGGACUGUGUGACCCUCUCAGGGUGGUUCACUUAAUAAAACAAUAAAACACAAAUAUGUAGACAUAACUUAGGCUAAAAAUCAGCAGGAAAAUAGAUCUCCCCAUAUAGCAGCAGGGAAUAAAUUACUUUUUAAAGCCUGGACCAGCCUCAAAUAGGUUAAAAGUGAAUGUAAUGCAGCCAAUUUCUUUAAAAGCCACUAAUGAAAGAGCAAAGAGCACUUCCUGUGGGAGGGAGUUCCAUAAUGAGGAUAACAAAUGCCCCCAAAUUAGGCUGGAAAACAGAUUAGAAUUGAACUAAACAAUCAGUAUCUUAGAGAAACACCUGGAACCAUGAAACCACUCUUUCCAGUAUCUUAUUGAAGAGUGGAACGUGAGAUACUGGCUAAUAGUUAUUAAUAACCAGAGGGUCCACAUUUGCAUUUUUUGGAACAGGUGUCUAACCGUUGUUCCUCUGAGAUCAGUAAGCAUUGCACUCUCUUUCAGAGAAGCAUGAACUGCCACCAAGGUAAAGGUGAUAAGCCCUAACCUGGCAGAUUUUAAUAAUUAGGUAGAGUAAGGAUCCAUAGGUAGAUGAUAGGCCUUAAUUCUCAACUCUCUCACAUCACCAACUGGCGCAAGCUGUGAAAAGCAGCCAGCACCACCUCUGAGACUCCCUCUGUAAAGCUCAGACAAGGAGAUUGUUACUCAGCAGGGCAGGUGGUACAGCAGCAGAAUCCAAGGCUUAUGUCUAGUCCUUGACACCAUGUAGAGAGACUGAGAGCUGUCUGGACACACAUUUGCUUUCCAGCCAUGUUUCAGUAAUGCAGCAAGAAGUUAACAACUUCCCAUUAGUUGAGCUAACAUUCACAAAAAGCACCUUGAAAUUUGGGUGCCUACAAAAUGGAGAGGGAGCACAGAUAUCUGGCUCCCUUUCAUCUACCACGUCUACUUCUCACAUUGCCAUAGCAUCCUCUGCUCCUUAAAAUCCAAAUGGUGCCCUCUUCUUCCUGCCCCCACUUCAUUCCUUAUCCCUAAAUUCAUUUUAGCUCCAACUGACUUAAAAUUCAUUGAUAGAACAGAGCCACCAAUUCCAAUUAAAUAUAAUUAUAUUGUUAACGUAAGUGAGAGGAGAAAUAGUUUCUUUGGCUUUGUGGAGGAAAAAUGAUAAAGUUGGUGCAGCAUCUUGCAUUUGUGAUUCUUCUCUCUUGUUGAGUGUUGGAGUGGCUAAGAUAUAGCACUCCACCUAGCCAGGAUAUAGUCCCUUUAACCCAGAGCCUUCCAAACUGUGUGUUGCAAUACAGUGUGUAGGUGUGUCGCAUGAACACUUCCUGCAUGCCUCCCAGGGCUAGAAAGGGGUUAGCUUAACCUCUGGUUUGUUAGUAAAACUGAAUUACUUGUUUCACAAAAUGAUGCAUGUCUAAAAACUGUGCCACCAACAUGAAAAGUUUGGAAAGCUCUACUUUAACCCAAUCUGCUUUGACUGACAGCAGUUGUUUAGGGUUUACUUAUCCUGUGAGUUGGGGAUGACAAGAUGAAGACCUUCCUGAAUCCAGAAAGUAUGCCAUAUCAUAGGAAUCUUGUCUUAGUUUAGACAAGAUGGAUCAUGAGCCUGAUGAAAAUAGGUAGCAGCUUCCUUGUCCUUUUAUUUGUCAGGUUUAAUCAGACCACAAGGAUUAGGUCUGUACCUCAAGGCUUGUGACUUCUAGUCUCAGAACUGAUUGUAUGCUUGUAAUUUGGUUGUGAGCGUUAUUGAUGUCUCCCCUAUAGGUUGUGCCUCCAUUCCUGAGAAAUCAACACAAUUGCCGCCUCCUCCAUCACUGUUGAGAUUGUUCAUGAGCGUUAGUGGCUGUGUCAUAGAAUGGCAGCUGUGAAUCGCAGACAAUAGCUACAGUUGUCCAUACUGAAUGUCUACACAAUAUUUGGUGUAUUUUAAAAUAUUGUGGUAUUUUUGCCCCCCUCCUCAUAAAGGCUGCUUGAGGCAAAUGCUGAUGUUUUUUAAACUCUGAUUUCCAUGAUUAUUGCUUCCUGCUGUAUCACAUAAGUAAGGGGUGUGAAACCUUUUUCAGUCUGAGGACUACAUUCCCUUACUGGCAACCUUCCAGAGGCCACAUGCAUAGUGGGUAGACAAGUGGAUUUGAAUUUUACCUUCAUACAAUAGGCUGAUUUCUACGCACUGUCUCACACCCCUCUCUAUCUUAUAUCCAGGCAAAGAAGAUUUAAUACCACUUCAAGGACAAAUUCCAGCCAGACAAAAACACUCAGAGGCCUAACUCCACAACCUCCUUUAAGGAGUGUGGCCUGCGGAGAGUCCAAAGGGCCAGACAGAAAGGCCUGGAGGGCCACAUUAGGUUCCCCUUUCUUCACUUAAGUGAUAUUGUAUCUUUCCUUUUUUUAAAAUGGUAAACAAGGUCAAGAUUCAUUCUCUCCCUGAUCAGUGUUCUCUUGUUUCCAGUACCUCAUAUGGUCUUUAUUUUUAAAUGCUCCACAGCCACUCCCAGUUCAUAUUUCUGAAAUGUUAUGAAUGCUAAUAUAGGACACACUAGAACUUGCAAUGACUUGUUUGUAAUUGCUGCUGCUUCUAGCUGCAUAUUGUUGAAAGUGAGCAAUGUUCAAUUUAUAGGACCUGUCUCACCAAGCUCCUUUAGCAGUUCUAUUUUCCUAAUGCAAGAUAGGCUUUUUAUUUGGUAAUUUAGGAGGGGCAAAUAAGGCGCACCUUCUAGUAAUUCAUUGGCUUGCAUCCAGAGAUGUUUUCUGAUAGUCGAAAGGCACUUCCAUGUGCACAAAGCAGCCCUGCUGAAUUCUCCUGAUUCCCCGUCCCAUUGCUCUUCAUGUCCCAUCAACCCCUGUUCCAGAUGGUCCCUCAAGCUUCUGAAGUGGCUAUUUGGGGAGGCGCAUAGCUUGUAGUGGAAGAGGUAAGCAAGGUCCUCUUGUGCUAAUGGAGUUUCACUUAUCCAGCUCUGGCUCCAACACGUUAUAUGAAGUCUAUUUUACAGUUUCCCCCCUCUGAUUUAGUCUGUUUUAUCUUGCUCAAGAUCACAGAGUAUGUGGGCAAGCUGGGGUUUAAACUUGAAGUUGCACCUGCUGUUUGAAUGGAGCUCUGUCCACAUAGGAUUUCCCUUUCUUUUUCACCUCACUGUACUCCCCCCUCCAAAUCUGCUCUGAAUAAUCCCUCAGCCCUCUGGAAUAGUUGUUGAGGGUGGGUGCGGGGCUUUAGGGGUGAGGAGGAAGUUCCAUUGUGCAAGUGGAAGUCUGUUACAUGAGUGGAAUGGUAGUGUUGGAUACCACUUUACAUCUUGCACAGAUCAACCAUUCAGUCUGUUGGACUAGCUCUUAUGGUACCCCAACAAUCUAUAACUUAAAGUUAAUUAAUUUUGUCCAUAAACUUUUUUUUAACUUCUUAAAGAAAUCUAAUACAAUUUUUAAAAUCAUGUUUUUUUAGAGACAACCUAAGAAGAAAAAAAAUUAAGCAUAGGGAUAUAGAGUAAAGAGCUGUUGAGUUGCCUUACUUAAGGCCAUUAAGGUCAUACAUGCCACUUUAGAGCACUUAUGCAGGUAUGUAUUUAUGUCUUGCCCUUCUGUUAAAAUGUAAUCAAAGGAGCUUACAAGGAGAGGAGAUGUUGGGAAACCCCUGAAAGUUCAGCAAAAGGAAAGCAACUAAGCCUAUCAGUGUUUUAAAAAGGCAUUUGUGCACACCAUCAUUGGAGUGUGUACUGAUAUUUUAAGGUUUUUGAACUGGCAUGGAACAGUAGAGGUGCAAAUGACAAUACUAGUUGCCUGCUAAGUAGGUAAUGUAGAGAGGCUGCAAUAUGCAGUUCUUCAGUUCACGCAUCACACCAGCUAUGGUUUUGCAACCAACAGUUAGGGACUUGCAGAUUUACAGCAGGUAAACUAUGGUUUAGGCCUGUUUGUUUGUUUUCAUUUGUUAUCUGCUGAGCACUCCAGGCUCACUCCCAUCUUCAUGGUUCAGUCUCCGCAUUGGCAGGAAAGACUGCCUGAGACCCUGAGGGACACUCUAUUCUAUAACUUCCAACAUUUCUCUGAUGAGAAUAGGGACACCUCACUCCAUAAUGAUGAUUUUACUAUUUAUACCACAUAUAUAAAAACCACAAUAAAACAUUUUAAAACUCCCCCAUACAGGAUUGCCUUUAAACAGCUCAGGGGUCAGAUAGCUCCAUACCCUCCAACAUUGCUCCAAAGAAAAUAGGGACAUCCUAAGGAAAACUGGGACAUUCCAGGAUCAAAUCAGAAACCGGGACAGCUUCUCUAAAUCAGGGAUGUCCCUGGAAAAUAGGGACACUUGGAGGCUCUGCUAUUCAUAUUUCUCCCAACAUUUCCUCCUUCCAUUUACUGGGGGGGGGGGGGGAGGAAAAACAUGAUCAAAUAGUUAUUUUGAGGUGUAUGUUUUGAGGCAAUGUUUUAUUUGCAUUUUCUUUUCUUUUUGUGUGUUGCCCUGGAAGCUGUGCUGAAGGGUAGUAUAGAAAUCUUUUAAACAAUUAACAAACAAUUCCCAUGGGCCUUGACAUAUUUGCAGUAAUCUGUUAAAAUUGAAGGUGUGUCUGAGUCCCAUGGAAAUUAAUGGGACACAAGCACAAUGUUGAACCCAGUGACUUCAAUAGAGCUUUUGUUACACCUGAGAAGAACAGUCUAGCUGGAUCAGAUAUCCUUCAGUCAUCAUUUGGUUUCCAUUAGGGAGCCAGCUAAAUAAAUAGGAUCACAAAGACGAUAACCAGCACUCUCUUUGACCCAGUAUGUAGCAUUUCAAAGAGAAGCAUUCUGUUUCCCUAUAUGAAGGUUUCAUUUAGCUGUCAUGGUUAAUUGCUUUUGAUGGUUUUAUAGCCAUUAAAGCUAGUGGCCAUCAUCUUGUGGCAGUGAAUUCCACAAGUUAAUAUAUCUGUCAGUGUGUUUUCAUAUGCAGGAUCCUACUUACAGAAUUGGUAUAAUUAUUCUCUCCUUAGUGAAUAUUUCUCCGUGACUGUCAACGACCCUGGUUUCUAUUCUGUAAUUUAGCCAAAUAUGAAGGGGGAAACUUUCCAAGGCUGCUAAAAAUGAAAGUACAAGAGAAGGGGUUACCCUUGAGAAGGAACAUUGCAAGGCAAAAUACUCCUGAUAAAGGCUUACUGCUAACCAUAAAAUGAGUGAGUGUGGGAAAAACAAAAAUGUUUUAAUACUACCCAAGUUAGAAUUGUUAUCUUGCACAGACUUGAAUGGUAGCCAGAGUCUUGUCCCUCCUUUGUCACCUUGGCAUUAUUUCUUUUCUGAAUUGCCUUGGGGGAAUCAAGUUCUCCUCCCUAUCUAAUUUUAUAGACUACUGUUAACAUUUCUAAACUUGCCAUGUAUGCUUAAUAGAAACCAGACAUCCUCAUUACUGAGUUUUUGCUGUUGUAGCAGAAAGUACUUUUUUGCCCUUGGAAGACAGUGGAAAAAAUGGUUGCGAAAAGCUAGGAACCCUGGCAGGGGCAGUUUGGCAAGGAGUGUUGGGACAUCAUUCAACAGAACUUUGAGUUGACUGGUAAGGGUGUUGUGGAAAUUAAAUGUGGGGCAUCUGUGGAGCAGUUGGCAUUGUGAGAGGCUGAGUAUACAUAUUCAAAAACAGUGCCAUGUUUUGAAUAAACCUGUAACAAUUUAUGUGCCUGUCCAUCAAAUAGCAAAUUCAGGUUGUUCACUUUUCCCCGAAUGAACACUGACUAUACUAACCCAUAAGGCAAUUAAAAUGGAGCAUUUGCAGAUAAAGCCAAGUUAGUAGCACUGUAUGCAUUCAUGGGGCUGCAGUCCUAUGUUCACGUGAGAAGUAAGCCACAUCUAACUCCUUCUGAGUAAAUAUAAGCAGGUUCAGGUUGUAAAUCUGCAGAAGUCACUCAGCAAAAAUAGUGUUAAAUCUAAUCUUGGAUUAGAGUGUGAAUCAUGCUGCCAGAUCCUGUACUUCUAGGUAGUUACAGCUAUAAUUAGAGUAGCUUUGAACCAAUGCUUGAAAGGACACAGAGAACAUUUUAUUUUUUUAACUAUCCAGGAAUUGGUAUAGGUGAAGAUUCAUAUUCUAAAGCAAGGUAAAAUAACAAACACUUGUGUAAGAUUAUUUCUUUUACUAACUUGGUUCUCUCUCCACCCCUCAAAAACUGCUAAAUAAGUUGCUGGAUAAAAUGAGAUACUAUUAUGCUUAAGACUUGACAUGGGCUGCUUUCCAUGUUAAUGUUAUGAGAAUUGCUUUGAGUUUGCCACAUCCACGACUUUCCGUUCUUAAAGUUCUGGUAAGCUGCAGGUUCGCCUCUGUUCAUUUCAUCCACACUGCUUUGGUACCCUGACCUGUCUUCUUUUACUCUCAGACCCUUUAUCCCUCCACUCUGUUUGCAGAAAUGGUUAUCUAGGAUUAUUAUUUUUUUAAAAAGGUUGGUGUUUCGAUCAAAAUGUACAGUUGCAUGAGCAGAAGGCUAUUUUAUUAUUUUUACUCAUUAAAUUAGUAUACUGCCCUUUACCCGCAGUUCUCAGGGCGUUUACAACAUAAAAUCACAAUAUAAAAUACCAAAUGCACAAUAAAAUUGAAAACUAAAAUAAAGCAAUAACCCCCAUUCCCUUUCUGCUAGUGCAACACCCCGCACUGUAUUCCUUACUAUUCUGUAGCCCACCCAACUAAUUAUAACCAGGGAUAAUCUAAUCUCAUUAUAAUCAGGGGUAAUCAGUAGUUUUACUCUUAGGAGUAAUACUCCCCAUAUAUUACAUGGCAAGGUGCUGAAGGCCUGCGAGAAUUUAUUUACCCUUUCCUUUCAAGGGAGUGUAUGUGGUUUCUCCACCCAAAUUCUACCUUUAAGAAUAGCCCUGUGAGGUAAAUAAAGAUGAAAGAUGGUGACUAACCCAAGGUCACUCAGUCAGCUUCAUGGCUGAGUGUGGAGAACUUGGGUCUCCCUGGUCUUAGUUCAGCACUCUAACCACUGCACCACACUGGCUUUCGUGGGUCAUGUAGGCCUUUGACGUAAUCUUGAACCAAAAAGCAAGAAUGUUUUUUAUUUCUGUGGUUCGUAUGACAUUUGCAGUAGUGCUAAUCCUGGGAUUCUGUCUCUGGAUAAUGAAUGGUAAGCAGCUUUGCUGCGGAAGUGAUGGUUUCACUGUGGUAUCCUGUAAAUGUGUGGUUGUGAUUGUGGGGAAGGGGGAUGGGGAGAGCAAAGAGACUGAAGAAGUAAUGUCCUAUGGAGAGAGGGUUUUACCUCACUUACCUCACUACUAUUCACAAUUUUAAAAAAAAUGUUGGUUAGGGUUAUUCCUCACUUUAAAAAAAAGUUGGAGGAGACCUUUUUUGUACAUCUCUUUUUGCUUUGGGCCCUUUGGUAAAUUCUUUUUCUCAUUUUGGAAUUUACCUUGAGAUUAGAGUCUGGUUCAAGCCGUCCUCAAAUGAUGAUAAUGCAGACAUCAAAUGUUAAGUUGCAUUUGGAUAAUAAAUAGCAGAGGCUGACGUGAACACAACACAUAACAGCAGAGGCUGAUCCUCUAACUCAAUGUAGGACAUUUAUACAUUCAGUUAUGAGAGCCAGGAAGGCAUGGGGAUUAGUGCCUCUACAUCCUGAGGCUCGCUGUACAUCUGAGAUGCUAGAAGUUAGAAUACCACAAGGUAUGGCACAAAAAGAUACUGGGAGAGGGGGAGGAAUAAUCCUCAGCAUAACAAAUACAGGGCCCCCUUUCAUGUUUUUAACCUGGAAAUUCUAAAAGGUGUAAUGACUGAUAAGAAGUGGGCUAAACUUCUCAAGCUGAGCUUCACUAACGAGGCAAAUCUGCCAUGGAAUGAGGUGAGCAAUGGGCCUACCAAGGUCUGGGUUUCUGCAAGCAGUCUUCCUUAGUGUGACAAAUAUAUUAAGAAUGACACAGGCACCAUGCUUCUAUUCCUGUGCCUGCAGCUCUGCCUUCUUGAGAGUCACAGCUACUGUCACUGCUGAGAGGAGCCUUGACCCACCCUUUCAUUGUCAAAGCUAUAGGCCAAAUAGGGGCCUUAAAUCGGUCUCUAAUUACCUCUUCUUAAAAGUUACAACUCAAACAUCAGUGAUCAUAGGGCUGCAAACUAUCAGAAGAGCUGAGUACCAUCUUCCAACACUUGAUCCCUCAAGACUAGAUUUUUCACACUACAUCCCCAUCCAGACAAUUUAAAAACAACAAUUUAUUUAAGGUUGCCACAUGUCCCCUUUUUCAUGGGUAGGUAAAAUGAGAGUCCAUAGUUAAAAGCAGAAGUCAGCAAAUGUGUCCUCUUUUUUGCUCUUCAAAAAAGACUGAGGGUAGGCAAAUUUAAAACUACAGAGGAGUUUGGGUACUAACCAGCAUAAUCCGCAUUUCAGCAUAUUAUAAAAAUCUUUAUGUUGGGAUGAAUGUAAUAUUUAAAUUGGAGAGUAUAUACGAGUCCCAUCUCAAUAUGGAAAAGUGAAGGGAAAAAAACAAUCCACAGUGUAUCUCCCUGUAAAAUAUUUCACUGGGAUACAACAAUGUUUUGUUUUGGUUUUUUUAGUUGUAGCAGUUACUGAUGUCAAGGAGUAAGCAAUAAAAAUAAGAAGAACCCAUGAAACCCUAUGCCCCCUCUAGCAGGGAAGAGUGUUUUCUCUUGAUAUAUACUGAAUGUCAGAGAACCGCUAAGGUGUAGUGCAACUAUAGAGAGGAUUCCCUCUUCCUUCCAGCUUGCUAUACUUGGGAUGCAGGGUGCUCAUCAUGUGUGAUAACUGGCUAGGAUACUACAGUGAUUCAAUAGACACAGUUAGUUCAAAUUGUCCUUCUACUCUGUAAUUUCAUUAAUAACCAGUGUUCUUCAUCAAGCUUUCAGGAAAUUCUUCCCUUUUUUCCUGGCUUCAAAAAACAUUGUCUCAUAAAAAUAAGCCCUACAUUCCUUGCAGUCGUUCCAGUUCUUAUUUAUAUUCUGUCCAAGUUUCAAAUUCUUUCCCUUUUGAUUAUUUCCAUUCCCACGUUAUCAAUCCAAAUAAACAUAGCAGCUAAAUAAUUUGCCUCAUAACUUGCCUUAUGUGGAAAGCAUCAUUCUGGUGUCUGAACUCUGCGCUAUUCUCGCUUCUGCAGUUGGCAGGCCUGGUUGCUGGUAUCUAUGGGACAGAUAGGUAAAUGGGGCUUUGAAGUCUAGGCAGUUUGUGUGCACUGCAUGAUACUGAAUACGCUACACUCUUGAGUUUUGCAUGUUGCUUAGUAGUUUCGUCCAUGCUUGAUAAUACGUAUAGAUAAAUAUUUAACUCUGUAUCUUUUUUUCCCUUCCCCCAACAGCUGGCUUACCCCUUGCUGUUCUAAACUUGGCAAAAAUAAAGCCGUAUCAGAGGGGCUUUUUCUGUAAUGAUGACAGCAUCAAGUAUCCGUUCCAUGACAGUACCAUCACAUCCACUGUCCUCUACGCAGUGGGGUUCACACUGCCCAUUUCCUCUGUAAGUAGCUGGCAGCUGUGUGGGGAGAGUCUGAAGUGUGUGCUGAGAGCUCAUUAUUUGACCAAGUCUUUGAGAAAAGAAAAGGAAAAGGCUUGGCUUAAAUGUACUUGGCUGACUAAACAUUUGUAGUAACAGAACGAGAAGCCUCUGUGAAACGCAUUAAUAAAGCAGGGAUGUGAGCCUGCCCCAUUUCAACUCUCAUUAGCCCCAGUCAGGGGUGAUUGGAGCUGUAUUCCAAAACUUCUGAAGGACACCAGGUUGGGGAAGUUGCUCUAUUUAGUUGUAAGGUAAAAGUAAAGGGACCCGUGACCAUUAGGUCCAGUUGUGGCCGACUCUGGGGUUGCGCACUCCUCUCGCUUUAUUGGCCGAGGGAGCUGGCAUACAGCUUCCAGGUCAUGUGGCCAGCAUGACUAAGCCGCUUCUGGCGAACCAGAGCAGCACACAGAAACACCGUUUACCUUCCCGCCGGAGUAGUACCUAUUUAUCUACUUGCACUUUGACGUGCUUUCAAACUGCUAGGUUGGCAGGAGCAGGGACCAAGCAACGGGAGCUCACCCUGUCGCGGGGAUUCGAACCGCCGACCUUCUGAUCGGCAAGUCCUACGCUCUGUGGUUUAACCCACAGCACCACCCGCGUCCCCUAUUUAGUUGUAAACCAAUAUAAUUGUUGGCACAAUUAGUGUGCACUGUUAAUAUGUAUGCUUCCUUGGGAAAUGUGUGCAUUUCAAAAUGGGAAGCCACUUUAAUCGUUUAUUUGAAUAUUGUUGGGAAAUUUAAAUUGGUUAUAUUAUUUAAAUUUAUCUUAAUUGUCUUGAUUUAAAGCAAUUCACCUUGGAACCAAUUAAGAAUUUCUGCUUUGGUGUUGAAGGGACUGCUGGGUGGGUGGGUGAAUGAAUGAAUGAAUGAAGUGAGUUUAGAAAAAUGUGUUCAAUUAAAUAGGUAGGCUUGUCUUUGUAUUUAAAAUUACGCUGAAUUAAGAAUAUCUGUAUGAGGUACGCUCAGUUAAAAUGACCAUUUGAGAGCCUCAACACUUCCUUAAUUUAAAUGUAAGAUGUUUAGCAUAACCCCUUUGUUAUAAGAUUCACUGAAUUAAGUUGUGUUUACUCCUAAAUAAUUGUAUAUGGGAUUUUAUCCUUGGGAUCAUGGGGGUGUUUGUGAGAGAUCCAAAUCCAUUUUUUACUCAUGCACAACCUUUUAUCGUUGAAAUACUGAGCUACAUCUAUUGGAAUUGCUCAUUAAAGGCUCUUGCAAAUAUAGCAAAGUGUGUUUUAAGACUCUUGCUGUUAAAAUAAAAUGAGGACCACCAUUGAAAUACCUUGAGCAGUUGAAAUAUGCCUAACUGCUAAGAUCACACUAAUUUGUUAUAGUAAACCUCUUCUUGGAAGUAAUAUUUCAUUUUCAGUCUACACUACCCAAAGUCAAUAGUGCUCAUAUGUUUUCUCUUUACUUCAGACACAUAACAUUACAGUGUUAAUACUCCAGAUCUCUCUAAAAGCAAAUAAAAUUCUUGCCUCUUAAGCUUGUACAUGCUGCUGACACUUAAUACCCAAAUAGUUUACUUCAGCUGAAAAAUGCUGUUGGGAUAUAGGAAUGUCAUUUGCUUUUUUGUAUAAAGAAAGCCACUUCGGUUUAAACUGUACAUUAAUGAACAGUCUUGCCAACAUUAUUGUGUAUAAAUACACACCUCUUGUCAUAUGUAAACCUAGAAAGUAAGAAAAUGAUUUCAUCUUUGUCAAGAACAUAGAAAAUAUCAUUUAGUUUCAGUACAGCAUAUUUGGAAAACAAGAUUAUGUGCUGAAAGGAUUAUGUGCUAUGAGGAGAAAUACUAUGCAAUAUCAUGUAUGGGUCAUUCCACGUCAUGUCAACGCGGUCAUGUCACCCACCAUCUCGGAUUUUGAUGAAACUUGGUGUACACCCUUCCCUUAUGGUUGAAAGAAACCCCCUUAAAUUUCCCCCCUUUAUCUCAAAUGGUUUUUAAUUUUAUAGCACUUCAAAGUUUCAUGAAAUCUGCGUUGUCUGUCCCUCUUGAGACCCUUGGAACAUGUACAUUUUAUGUUUUUUCUCCAUAACCAAUGAUCAGAUCUCUUCGAAAUUUUACACAGAGCUCAAUAAGAGGAUGAGGAUUUCAGGAAGAAAAUACACCAGCACUCAAAAGAUUUUACAAAUGCCUAAUUUUUUUUAUAUAAAUGUACUUUUUUAGUGGAAAACCUUGGUUUAGAAAACCUCAAUUUUCAGCUUGUGGGCAUGAUGGAACCCCAAGUUUUUGAUGUUGAAAAUUAUUGCAAAAACAUGCUCUUUCUCGACAAUGAAUGAAAUUUAUGGGUUUUUUAUUCCUUGUAAUGAAAAUUUUAUGUUUUUUGGACAUUGUGGGGAAAAAUGGCUACUGGGUACAACUUUCCUACAACCCAUAGCUGUAAUAGAAAAAAAUUAAUGAAACCAAGUUGUUCAUUAUAAAAAUUAACAUAAUAUUGGUUAUUAUAAGUUUUUUUUUUAAAAAAACACCCUUGUUUUUGGCGUUCAUUUGAUGUGGAAUGACCCCAUGGAUAAAUUUGCUACAUUAUGUAGUGUAAUAGAAAAUGGAUAUAAAUUAUGCAAUUAAAGGAUUCUGAGAAGAUAAAACUUAGCUAAAAACAUCAGCAGCUGUCCUCCUUCAAAAUAUUAGCAAGUAAUAUUGUAUUAUUUUAUUGUUGUUAGCCGCCCUGAGCCCGGCUUCGGCUGGGGAGGGCGGGAUAUAAAUAAAAUUUAUUAUUAUUAUUUAUUAUAAGUGUCCCUAGGUUCUGGAUAGGCUUGAGCUCUGAAACAGAAGGCUUUCUGUAGUGGUUUACAUUAUAGUUGCUGUGACUUCUGAAUGAGAAUCAAUAUCGUUCAGCUCCUCACCUAAUCUAAGGUAUUAUCCACACCAUAUAUUUAAAGCACUCUUAUACCACUUCAACAGAUAUGUCUUCCCCCAAAGGACUCUGGGAACUGCAGUUUACCCCUCACAGAACUGCAGUUCUGAGCACUCUUAGCUACUUUGGGGGAAAGCUAUGACUGUUAAAGUAGUACAUGAAUGCUUUAAAUGCAUGGUGUGAAUGUGACAUAAGAUUCCCCCACCUCUUCCAAGGUAAUGGAGAAUAAUGUCUGUGAAUGUGUGGUUAUGGUUUCUUAGCAAUUCAGUUUAGAAAACAACACCAAUGAGUGACUUGGAUAACAUAACAUGUUUCAGAUACUCGCCUAUAUACCCCAUGGUUAAUAACUUUGCCUUGUUCAAGAGCACCGUUAACUUUUCCCAAAGGGUAGCCAACUUGGCCUGUUGUAGCAAAAAACAAGAGUCAAGAGCCAUAAGAGAUGCGUUAGUCUUUAAGGUGCCAUAGGAUUUUUGUUUCUUUAUCAUCUUUAAGCUAAUCUGACGUUGUGGGUUAGGUUUUCCAUCAAGGCUAAUUUCCAAACACGAUCAUACCAGUUAGUUACUGUAAAUGCCAGGGACAUUUUCCAUCCUCCCGCUACUGUCAUUCUGGCAGCUACUAAUAAAAGAAUAAUGAAGUCUUUAUAGAGCACUUUGGAAAGGGAGAGUAAGGCUAAACAAGGAUAUCUAGGCACAGUGUGAUUCGUGAAUAUAGGAAAGUGAUUAAAUCUUGGAUUAAAUCUUGGAGAGUAGUAAAGGAUGCCAAGAGAUAACAUCUUGCUUCAGACGCUUCAACAGAGGAUCAUAAUUGUUCCUUCAGAAUUGGGCUAGGUCUUUGGUUACCAGAAUUCCCAAAUAUUUGAAAAAUGUUUCCUGAAGUGUAAGAUUGGACUUUUGUGCAAGAGAGACAUCAUCAGAGACCUCAUCAAACCUUGGGAUGUGAAGGCACAUAAGCUGGGAUUUUAUAUAAUUCACUUCUAAGCCAUAUUUGUUUGUCACUCAAGCAAUGCAACUUGUAGGCAGUUUCUUUGCAAGUUUAAUGGGAGGUCAGUCUGGGUGUGUUGAUUGAGGGUUAUUCCUAGAAAGUGUGCAUAGGGCUGCAGAAUUGGAUAUUUGUGGGAAAAAUAUCAAUCGGGUAUCCUGAUUAAGCUAGAAAUGAAUAAAGAUCAAAUAGCAAAAUUAGUCUCUGUGUUAAAUCAAGAAACUUGGCAUCUGCCUAUUGAGCCAUUGGCCAGUCUUUUUUACUAUUCUGCCAGCAUUGAUUAUAAGGCCAUUCUCAGGUGCUGCUGAACCAGAAUCUCUGGUGCUGAACAACUUGGAAAGCUCUUGAUUAUUGUUUAGCUAAUACCUUGAGGCUUGGGUUUAGAAUGCACUGCACAUGAAAGUACAUUCUGCAAAAAGGGGGGGGGGAGCAUGGCGAAAGGGAAGGGAAGGAUCAGUGAUUUCCCUGGGGCUGCUCCUCUUUUGACUCUUGUACAGUUCAAAAUGAGUCACUUUGCUAUUAUUCAUUAAGAAUUUGAACAGCUGAAACCAUCUGUUUAAAAUGCACAAACAUGGAGCAUUAAAUUGCAUGUUGUGAGCCAGUAUAACUUGACGUUGAUGUCUAGAUGAGCCUAUUUGAAUGCUGUGGAGUAAACGCCCUCCUGAGCUAACGAUGUCUUUAUGUUGAACUAACCUUUACGUUAGACACACAAUAGUGUGUGUAAAUGAUUAAAGGUAGCAUUUUUUCCUAUAGCAACCUGGCAAGAACAAAACUGAACAAACAUAAUAUCCUACCAUUUUGCUGCUUCUUCUUUUUUUAAAGUUACUUCAUAAAAAGAAGGCCUUUGUAAAACUUUAUGGGUGUAAUCUGUAUAUUGGGUGUAUUCUGUCUUGUUCUUUAUUUUGUUCAUUAUUAUUCAUCUGUGUAUAAUGAAAGGUUUUAUGUUCUGAGGCUAAAACAGCUUCAGAGGAAUGACUGUAUGUUUGGGAAGGGCUAUUCCCCUCUGGGCCCCACACUUGUGGUCCUAAUCCUUCUUCCUGCCUAAGAUAAAUAGUGCCCCCUAAAUCCUCCCUGUGUUAAUUCCUUACGCACAGGUAACAUAGUAACAUGUCUAGUUGCUGUCUAUGUUCAGUGCUAAGAUAACUAAUUCCAGGGACAGUACUUGUACACGUGUGACCUGCAGUAAAAUGUAAUAGAGUGUACGUUUGCACCAUAAGAGGAGUGCCUUUCCCUUAGCAGGCAUCCCAUCCCUCCUGAUUCCUCCCCCCGCCCCCAUAGGAAUGUUGACUGUUGCAGGCCUAGGAUCAGGUUGAAACUAGGAAAGUAGCUUGUGGUAACCCUGGAAUGUUAUCUGUUGCUUUUAUCCCCUUUGGAGGCUGAGCCAAGUGAGUAGUAUACAGCAGCCUUCACUAACCUGGUAUUCUCCCGACGGUUUGGACUACAACUCUCAUCAACCCCUGCCAGCGUGGCUGUGCUGAUUGGGGCUUAUGGGAGCUGUAGUCCAAACCAUUUGGAGGGCACCAGGGUGGCAAAGACUAGUAUAGAGCAACCCUCUGCAUUGUAGUUUGCUGUUAUGCAGCUAUUGCUCAUUGGGCUGUGCUGUGACAGUAGCUUACGGCAGCCCUCAAAUGUAUUCCAUAGUUAAUACUGGAGAUCAGGGGCGGGCCUAACACUGGUUCAGAAUCACAGUCAAAGCUCCCUCAUGCCUCUCAGUUUGCAGCAAGUCAAAUCUACUUAAAUUGCCCUCUCAGAUUUUCUAGCAUGCCAAAUCCAGCACUCAGUUGUAUGCAGAAGCCUCACCCAUCAAUGACUUACAAGCAGACUAAUUGCAGUUUUAAUGUCCCAAAAUGAAACAUACAAUAAUUUUUUUUGCACAUGAAGUAGAAUCUGAGUUAGAGCAGAGUGCCUGAGUUUGUUGUUAACUUCUGUUUUCUCAACCUCCUCAACCACAGGCUCAGGAAACACACACAUCGCAGAUACACUGCAACGUUUUGUUGCAAGACCGCACUUGUAUAUACUAAAAAUAAACUCAUUCCCACAGUGCCUGCCCUUAUGUGGCAAAAUUGCAUCACCCAUGAAUAGGAGGGAGGCAUUGACAUGCGUGGGUGAACCCCAAGGUUUGCAGAGGUACGAAAAAUCUUUAGAAAAAACUCAAAAGGGGGCUGCCUCCCCCCAUGGUUCAGCAGUGAUUGAUUUCUCUCCCUCCCUCUUAAAGAGUAAUUACAUUUGCUCUGCCUGUGGCAAUAAAGAUGUCUACUAUUCUGGGACUUGCUUUAAUUUAUGAACUCUCAUUCCUGUAUAUAAGAUGUAUGCUCACAAAAUUGAAUGUGCACAUUACAAACCUCCCUUGUGCAGCCUUUUCCUAAGGAAUUUAGGCUGUGCCUUUAGAACCUGUUUCAGGGCUGUGCCAGGAUGUAAACAUUACUGCAAGUGGAAGUAGACUGGGUUUCACAGGUGAAGAGCAGGUUUUGUGGGAGUGGUGAAAACAAGAUACCUCUUGGUAACAUGACUGGCUUAAAAAAAAUUACGGUACCUCUAUUUUCUACUGCUUUGAGUAACUUCCUGUUGUUGACCAUAAUGAGCUUGUGGCAGGCAGUGUAGCCCAAUGCAUAGAACAGGGUUUCCCAAACGUGGGUCUCCAGCUGUUUUUGGACUACAGCUCCCAUCAUCCCUAGCUAGCAGGACCAGUGGUCAAGGGAAGAUGGGAACUGUAGUCCAAAAACGGCUGGAGGCGCACGUUUGGGAAACCCUGGCAUAGAAUAAUGGUCUUGGAUCUGAAAUAUUUGUUCAUAUUUGAAUUUAGCUGUAAUCUGCCUUGUAUUAGUAAUACGUAUCUUUCUUUUCCUCCCCAUCUCCCCCCACCCCAAAGGUAUUAACAUCUUUAAAGUAUCAAAUAGGAUUUAAGGCUGCUCCACAGAUUGCAAAGUGUGAAUUCGGUACAUAUGGGUGAUAUCCAACUAAGUUAUACUUGGAGUAGACCCACUGCAGUCAAUAAAUUUAAAUAACUUAUUCAGCUAUGACUAAUGCAUCUGGAAGCAAGGAUUGGCUUUAGCUCCCUCACUAGGUGUCAAACCCACGUUUGCCUUUAAUGUGCGAAGCUGUUAUUGUAAGGAUAGUCCAGACAAGAUUGUGUUUGGCACUUUAUUUAUUUUUCAUUUUAAAAGUGCUAUAUAAAUGAUCUCAAAGCAGGCCUUGAAACACUUGUUUAGGCAGCAAUGUUGAAAAACAAGUUUGAGAAGUUUAGAUAAUUAAUGUGGUUAGCCAGAUGGGCAGUAUUGUGCACUUGUUAUUGUUGGGUUUGCAUGUGGCACACAAACCUAGGUUCAAACUCCUGCCUCCCAUUCAUGAGUGACCAUAUUUGAGUGUCUUUAGGUAAGUUACAAUCAUUAAGCCUAACCUUCACUAUAGGCUUGUUUGUGAGGCUAAAACACUGCCUUGAGCAGAGAGUGGAAUGCAAAUGCAAAAAAUAAAUCUCCUAACAUUUCCUGUCAAAACAUUUCUUAAUUAAGGAGUAAAGACUAAUGCAAACAGACUUAAGCCUUACGUUUGAACUCCCUUUAAAAUCUUUGCCAAACUAAUUCAGUUACUGAUUUGAUCAGCCCUGAUCCUCAAAAGGGCUUGUUCAAAUAGAGCUUGUUGCAGCCUGAACUGAAGAUGGAACAUGUACAAAACAUUGAAGUGCAAAUAGAAAAUGAAUUUGAAAGAGGCUGGAGGUACAUUUGCCAUGCUGAGUAUUCCAGUACUACUUCUGAACUAGUUUAUUUUGUUCUGUGCUAUCUGCUACUCCCUCCCCCAUGAUGAAUGCAAUAAAGUUUUCUAUAUCUAGGGUCUGGAAAAUUAUGCAGAGAUCACAGAAAAUAUCAGUUUGUAAUUGAGUGCAAAGUUUGGCAUGAGAAUCUAAACUCUAAUUUUAAAUAAACAAACAAACAAACAAACAAACAAACAAGAAAGAUAAGUUUUAAAGUGUAUGAAUACAGUGGUGCCUCGCAAGACGAAAUUAAUCCGUUCCGCAAGAGUCUUCGUCUAGCGGUUUUUUCGUCUUGCGAAGCAAGCCCAUUGACGGAUUAGCGCUAUUAGCGCUAUCAGCUGUUUAGCGGCUAUUAAAGGCUUAAAGGCUUAGGGGAUUAGCUGCUAAAAGGCUAUUAAAGGCUAUUAAAGGCUUAGCAGAUUAGAUAAAGGGGGAAAGCGAAAAAAAUCUCAAGACUCGCAAGACAUUUUCGUCUUGCGAAGCAAGCCCAUAGGGGAAUUCGUCCUGCGAAGCAACUUCAAAACGGAAAACCCUUUCGUCUAGCGGUUUUUCCGUCUUGCGAGGCAUUCGUCUUGCGGGGCACCACUGUAAUGUACUUUAAACUAGGUGGUCUCUGUAAGAUUGGCAGUGAUCAGGAUGGGUAGGUUUUGCAUAGCACUUUGUUCCUUAUCCACCCCCAUGCGUGGCUGCAUCACAAAGCUGCUUCUGAGAAUUUCAUGAGUAGUUUUCAUUGUGCAGUGUGUAUGUAUGUGGGUGCUGUGCAUUCUCAGACAUCUCUUAGGGCAAAACUAUACAAGGAAUUAACAUUACUUCAUCUCUUUCCUUCUGUUCUUCAUAAUGUCUAAAUCUAUCAACAUAGAAUUAACACAUGUGAUAGGAUUAUUUAUUUUGUGGUUUUAUAUUCUGGUUUUACACUGUGAACCACCCUGAGACCUGUGGGUAUAGGACACUAUAUAAAUUCCAUAAAUAAAUUCAUAAAUAAAUAAAAAUAGGAUGUGAUUUGACAUUGUGUGUCUUGCUCUGUCUCAUCUUAUUGACUGGUGGGACAGUGUCUGAUGGGAUGUUGUCAUGUCAUGCAUUGGCUUGAAUUUAGGCAUUAUGGGGAAGAGAAGGACAGAGGCUGGUCCCAGCUGAGAGGAGAGUCUCAUCUAACUCCUUGUUCUUCCAUAAGGUCUUCCUGGGUAAUGGAUGUUGAGAAGUUACUGACAAAUUCCUAUCCUGGGUAGAUUGAUUAAUUCUGCCCAUCUUCAUUGGCAGGCCAGCUUUCAGCAUUUUGGACAGAGGGAACAUGAGUAAAAUAAAAGUUAUUGGAAGAUUUGGUACCAUGCUGGAAUAUUUUCAGUGUUAGAUUAGAACUGGAAAUGUGCAAAUCUCUUUUAAAGGCAUACUGAUUAAAAACUGUGUGUGACUAUGCCUGGAGAAAUUAGAAACAAAUGACCUUGUUCCCAAGUUCUUGGGCGUUCAGUUGAAAUAUGCAGAUUAUGACAGGAGACAAGAAAGAGAUAACAGCAAAAAGAGCAGACGGUUCUUAGACUGCGAAGCUCCUCAAUGUAAAUUUGCAGAGCUCCUAUUUGUAUUAGUGAAGUUUACUUAUUGCUUGGACUUUGUGCGUGCCAUACCACACAAAGUUUGGCAUGCAACAUGAAGCUGUCUUCCUGAGACUGUUUUUGUUUUAUAAAAGUGUAGAAAAAUUAUAAUCCUAAGAAACAUGGAACAGUUUUGAAAUCUCUGUACAUUGUUUGCUGAACUGCUAUGAUUGAUAUAGUGGUGUGUGCAAGGGAGGCAGCAGGUUUAGUCUUCUGUGCCUACUUGUCUCUCCAUCCUCCAUUAUAAAUGGGAAGAUUCCUUGAUAUAAUUAUUAAAGUAGAUUAAAAGUGUUAGGCUUCCAUGGCAGAGAUUUUUGUUGUAGAAUACAUAUAUGUACCUCAGCUCAUUGUUUUAUCUGUUUACAUUUGAGCUCUGUACUUUGUUUGCUAGGGACAGUUGAUAUUGGGCAGAUUUCCUUCAUUGGCAACCUUUUAAUGUUUAUUUUUUUGUUGACAAACAAAAUAGAUUUCAGCUACUAAUUAGGACUUUUUUUAAUCAAUUAACCCCACCCUCUUUACUGAGGUGUUUAAAAAGUCCUGUUGAAUAGGAGCCACAACCUCCAGCAUUCCUGAAAGGACAUAUAUUAAUCCCUAUAUAUUUCUGACCACCAUAGAAUUUUGUAGUUGAGGGUUUCUGAGGGCUGAUCUGACACUUAAUUAUGGAACGACACCUACUUCUCUACAAAAAUUUUACUUUUUGACAUGUGUAUCAUAAUGGGCACAUUCUAAUAUUUGGGUUACUUGCAUGGUCAAUGAACCAAUGUUUUCCUGAUGUUUGUGCAAACAUUUUUUUUUAAAAAAAAAAUAAUAUUUAUUAGUAGUUUCAGAAUUAUAGAAAAUAAAGAAAAAAAUAAAAAACAACACAAUAAUACAUAAAAAAGAGAGAGAGAAAAAAACACAAAAAACCAAUACAACAGUACAACAAAAAGAUACAAAGGAAAAAGGAAAACAGAGAAAAAAACAAAAAAAACCACAAAUCCCAAAUUACAUAUCUAUAACUUCCAUUUGCUUGUUUCAUUGACCUCCUCACGCCUCCCUUCUUGCAUUCUAAUUCAAUUAGUUAUUUCAGCAAAUUCUUUCCAUCUUUCUCAAUUUUUGUUACAAAAUUUAUCUUAACAAUUUAACCUAAUAAUUAGCUCAACAAAUCCUUUCCAUCUUUCCCCAUAUUCUGUUAUUCAAAUAACCUUAGUUUAUUUAACCUUAUCUUACUCUAAAAUACCUUAAAGCUUAAAUCUUUAGUUUUCAAAUAUACAUAACUCCUGAUAUAAUUUCUGCUAGAGUCAUAUAGUUUCAUUCCAACAUUUUCCCUAAUAUUCAUUAAUUUUAAGCUAAUUCCCUAAAUAGAAAGUUUUUAUUUAUAAUUUUUUCCAAUCUUCAUCCAACGUCUCUUCUUCCUGGUCUCGGAUCGUGUCAGUCCUUACUGUCUAUUCCAUCUAGUCCAUCAACCUGGAAGCCUUAUGUCCGAGGCCCUUAAGUCUCUUCCAUGUCCCUUCUGCAGUUCUUCUUCUUCUUGUUUAUACUUGCCCUUUUCCUUGUCUUUUGUUGGUCUCUUUCUUAAUUUCUUUCCUUUCUCAUUGAGGAGUAGGUCUCUGGGGAAUUCCAACCCAAAAUUGUCUCCAUCUCUCUUCAUCAGACCCGCCCAUUCCCCACAGACCCAUUCCCCACAGUCAUCGCUAUAGUCCAAAAAGUAUUUAAAAGCAUAUUUCCAGGUCUCUCCAAAGUUAGGAACCUCCUCAGCUCCAAACUCCCCCUGGCCCACUCCAACUUCAAUCUUCAAUGACAGCGGCUUAUGCUCCUGUAGGGCCUCGGGUCUCUCCAUUUGUAUUAUUUGAGGUGCAUCCGCAUCCUCCUCCAUUAUCUUCUGCACUUGCCCAGACAUUACAGGUUCAUAAGUUGGUUCCUGAAUGAUUUCUGUAUCAAUGUUCCCUGUUUGUCCACAGUUAUUAACCACAACAGUCAUCAAAUCCGUUUUCUCAUUCAUCAAAUCCAUCUUCUCGUGCAUCUGUUCCAGCAAGGCACUUGUCUUGCAUAGAGCAAGCACCCAAUCUUCCUCCCAGCUCAUCUUUAGUCAAGGUCAGAAGAGACUGGUCCCACGAUCUUAAUCUCACAGCUGUUGAGUCCUCAAGUAUACUGCAGCAACAAUUUAACAAGCUCCCUCUAGAGGAGACAAUUUCUAUUUGUAUCCAUUUUUUUUUAAGGCAAGUCCAACAAAAGAAAAUUACUUUCAUUUUUCAGAUAUUUUUCAGAUAUUUUGUUUCUUUAGAAUGCAAAAGGCAACAUUGGAAUCAGUUUGUUUCUCUUCUUUAGCUAUCUGUCAAAGUAUUCCAUUCACAGUCAGUGAACCUCUCCAACAAUUUCUGUCUCUGACACCCCGUUCCCAGGUUAGAGACGGUGGAAACUUAUCCUUCUUCACUCCCUCUCCUGCUAGGGUUGAACAAAGUCCCCCCCCCCUUUUCUUCUGCUUUCAAAGGGGUUUCAGUAAUUCUGAAUGAAGGAAAUUUAGACUUUUUUGACAGCUUUCCAGGCUUUAGCUUACAAAGUUUUUGCUUUAGUCUAUAUACAAAAAGCGGAAGGCGGACUUCCUGUUUUGAACCUUCCCGCUUCGAUGCCAAAUUGAGAUAUUUUUUUAAUCCAAUUUUCCGUUUCUACUCACGGGUACUUGUUUUAAAUCCAAUUGUCCACAGGAAAAAGUCAGCGCUCUCCGGCAAUGGCUGUGCGGCUUCACUCCGUGAAAAUAGCAAUCAGUUCGCAGCACCGCGCCACUCACCCCACUUCGCUCCGGCGCCCCUAAAUGGGGUUCCCGGUGAGUAGGGGGGCGCUCCUGGUGCCCUGCCGUACCCCACAUUCCCAGGCUUCCUCCACCUGGGAUUUCUAGCGGGUCCCCACCUUCGCCGCGGUGGGAAGACCUAGUUUCCACGGAGCCCGUUCCUCCGGUCGGAGGAACUCCGCCAUUCACCGAUGGCGCUGACCCAGAAGUCCUGUGCAAACAAAAUUUUAAGGAUCACAAGUGGAACUCUGUAGUCUUGGAUUCCAGUAAAGCAGAAUGUUCCAUGGGGUUAUGUCUUUGAAGUAAUGUUUAUGUUAUUAACUGGCUUCUGUAGUUAAGUGUUCACCAUUUUCAGAUUUUGUCAUUUUUUUAUUAUCUAAGAAAAAUACAAGUGUAGUUCUUAGCAGAUUUAAUUUUGAUGUUCAUGCUGAGCACUUGGUGCUAAGAUAGAUUCCUUGUAGUUUGCUGAUAAGCUGAACUCCUACCACUUUUUCUUGCAGUAUAUCUCCUGUUCUUUAGGUUUGCUAACUUUACAUGUUAAUUUGCUCAUAGUGUUCCCAAUUCUGGAAUUAGUUUUAUCCAGUGCUUUUUUUCUGAAAAAAAGUUCAGGGGUACUCUCAUUUUCCUACUCAUAUUGAAAUACUGCCCCUCAAUGAGGCCAAACUUAGAUUCACAAAAUGUUUAGGGCUAUGCGUACCCCUGCACCCCCCCCAAGCACUGAUUUUAUCCAAUCUCAUCGCAUUACAUUCAUCUAGAAAUGUUGCAAGCCUAGAUGUACAUAACUGACUAUGUGGUCUUACCUGCCAGCUUCAUGGCAAAUUAUACCACCUCUGAGGUAGUAUCUGUAGGAUGAGCAGGUCAGAAUGUGCUUCUCGUCACUACCCCUCCCUCAGAUUCCAGCUGCAGCAAUGAAGUAUGGAGCAUCCAAAGUUUAUAAGAUUAAGGGACUAGGAGGAGCUGAAGCCUGUGUGUCCCUUUCAUUCCUACAUCUCUUUUGCUUAUCAUUCCUACAAUCAUUGUCUUCUGAUCUGUUGUUUGGAUUUAAACCUGAGUUUGCUUACUUACAUUACUUACAUCAUUUGACAGUCUAAAAAUAACUAAAAAUAAGUUAAAAUGUAGUCUAGCUUAGGCUUUGAAAUUCUGCUUUAUUUUCAUUGAUGGUUAUUUAUGGAUGCUUAUGAUGAAGAUAUUUUCAUAUAAGGUGAGUGUGUAGAAGGCAGAAUUUGAGGCAGAAGUCAGCGAUAAUGCUGGAUGCUUUACAGAACAAGCAGUGACCAAGUUAUACCAGGUUCCUCUACAUUGUUUCCUCCUGCUUUGGCAUCACUUAUCAUUCCAUUUCACAAGUGUCCCUGUGUAGAAAAGCUGUCUUGGAAUGAAGUUGCAAAUCUGGUCUGCUUAUGGGCAACAAGCUAACACUGAGGACACUGGAGUUGCCAUAAAACUAUCUUGAAGAGCGCAAAUUUUACAAAUUGAAUGUGCACUUACCACACUUGUGUGGGUGGAGAGAUGCUGGAAAGCUCUUCCUGUUCCCUUUGUAAAAAUUUUAUUCUGCUAAAAGCCUUUAAUGCAUCCAUUAAAUCAGCAUGUAAAGGUGAAGUGGUACUAUUUGCUGCAUGUCUCCUUCACGCUCUUGCUUACUGCUCUGGAUGGAAAGUGCUUGGGGUUAAACCUUUUUGAAAUACCCUGUGUAAAAUAAUUAUCUUAUUCUUUUUGCUAGUUGGCUUGCCUUUUGCAAUUCUGACUGCGAGGAACACUCCCUUCAAACGAGGAGUGUUCUGUAAUGAUGAAUCCAUCCAGUAUCCUUACAAAGAAGACACCAUUUCAUAUGAAUUAUUAGCGGGGAUAAUUGUUCCCUUGGAUUUAAUUGUUGUAAGUUUCCAGCUCAUUUUCCUCCAUUACAUUGCAUUUUGAAAAGUUGUCAUACCUUGUUUGCUAUUGGAUAACAUGAUGUCAAAGGAGAGCCCUCUUCCUGACCUGGAAGAAAGAAGUUACAAUUCUUAUUGAAAGCGAAACCGAGCAAUAAUACUGUAAUGACAUUGCUCCAUGGCUAAGCAUUUAUUUAGAAAAAAUUGCCUAAUUUAAGGUGGAUUGACAUUCAUCUUGAGACACUGAAAAACAAUGUUUAUUAAUGCUUUUUAUCUUACUCAUUUGCAUGUAAAGCCUGCUCCAUUCUAAAACCUCAGAGCAGCUAAUGCAAUAUUUAAGCACCCACUCACAUAUAGAUACAUACACUAUCUACUUUAGACUCCAAAUGGAAGAAUUGAAAAUCAGGACCCACUGCUUGCUCUUAAAAGCCAGCUGAAAUAGGAUACCGUAAUCCUGCUGUGUUUUCAAAGCAUGGGUAAGGGAAGAAGUUCUAAAGUUCUGGGACAUCUGGGGAAACAAAAACAGCCUCAUGAUAAGAACAUGUUAAAACUGGAUCCAACUAAAGAGAACAAAAAUGAACCUUGAAUAUUUUGCUCUUUAUUUAAUAUUUGAUUGGUAGUCUUGAGCUUGAUACAAACAUUUUUUAUCUAUGUAGCCGUCCACCCUAAUUCCAUAACAUUUCCAUUAACUAAUAUAUCCAUCCCAACCUAUCUUCCUAUGGCUCCACACAGGCAUGAGGAGAAUAAAGUGGUACCUCGAGUUAAGAACUUAAUUCGUUCCAGAGGUCCGUUCUUAACCUGAAACUGUUCUUAACCUGAAGCACCACUUUAGCUAAUGGGGCCUCCCGCUGCCACGCGAUUUCUGUUCUCAUCCUGAAGCAAACUUCUUAACCCGAGGUACUAUUUCUGGGUUAGCAGAGUCUGUAACCUGAAGUGUCUGUAACCUGAGAUACCACUGUAGUUUAAGCCCCCUAAUGGCCCCCAAAAGACAGUUUUAGGCUGUUAGAUGGUGCCCGUAGGCCAGUGGAGGCCAAACUUGGCCCUCCAGCUGUUUUACAACUACAAUUCCCAUCAUCCCUGACCACUGGUCCUGUUAGCUAGGGAUAAUGGGAGUUUGUAGUCCAAAAACAGUUGGAGACCCAAGUUUGGCCACCACUGCCUUAGGCAGUUUGAUUCUCUCUGCCUUGCCCAGGGCUACAGAGCAAUAAGACAAUUAAGAUAAGGUGGACUUUCUGCAGGAAUAUACAGUGGUACCUGGGGUUACAUACGCUUCAGGUUACAGACUCCACUAACCCAGAAAUAGUACCUCGGGUUAAGAACUUUGCUCCGGUGGCGUGGCAGCAGCAGGAGGCCCCAUUAGCUAAAGUGGUGCUUCAGGUUAAUUCCAGUUUCAGGUUAAGAAUGGACCUCCGGAACGAAUUAAGUACUUAACCCGAGGUACCACUGUAGGUGCCUUCUUUCUGGGGCACCUCAAUUUUACAUGGUAUGGAUUUACCUUGUAUGCUCUCCCACAGGUUCGUCCCCCCCCCACUCAAAAGGCCAGUUUGCCCACAGCUGGGGGUGUCAAGCCUUCUGUUGACAGGCUGCUUUCCUGAUCUAAAUCACUACCCAAAGCUGCUGUUCCCACUGCAGAUGAAAAAAUGCAGGGACAGCACUUCAACUAGUGUUCUCUACAUCCCUGUAAAGCUAAUACUGCUCAUGUGAUUUUAUUUCAGGGAAAAUGGCAUAGAGGAAGGGUUAAACACGCCCCCCCCCCAAGCAACUCAUCAGGGUCCUCAUGGUUGCCUUUAAAAAAAUUAAGGACAUCUUAUCACAUUUUCUACAUGCCAUAUAUGUUUGCUAUAGACCAAGCUAUUUCUAGUGAAGUUUUUCCUUUACUGGGAAAUUGAUUGUGCUAUAGUUAGCUAGAAUGUGGUCAUUUGCCCAGGUGUACUGAGCAGUCAGUGCUAACUUGUAAAAGUAGAGCCAAAGUUGCCAUUUUGACAAAUUGCUAACUUGGUUGCAACACAGAUGAGAAGGUGAGUUUGUAAUUCUUAUUUUUCUCUCUCCCUGCCCCUCAGUUCAAGCAAAAAUAAACUUUGUCUGCAGCCUUCUUUGUUCAGAGAACUCAUUUCCUUCCAGUGUCUCUAGUUAUUUUUAAUGCUCCCUGUUCUAAAAGCAGUUUCAACACUUUUCAGCCAAGGAUGAUCCUCAGUGCUCCAUGGGCGUGAUCAAGAGUAGAGGAAGUGUCUGGUUAUUUCUUGCUUAUGCUAGACAAUUAAAGAAACAAACCUGAUGGAUUUCUAGCCUUUUUUUGAAAAAAAUAAUGAAGCUUGAAAUGUGUCAAGCCCUGAUGACUUGUUUCGAUCCACAUGUGUUGGAGGUAGAAAACCCAGAGAGAGAAUAUUCUAUCCAGCUCUUCAUUGCAAGCAAUUUCAGAGCCGGUAAAAAAUUAAAAACCUAAAACACCUGCAUAAAGCACUAUAACAACAGAGCCAAGCAAAUAAUAGCCAAAAUCAUUUUUGGAUGGAGGUGUGCAGCUGGUUCUGGAUAGAGCUACACCCCCCCUGAAGAGUCAACUACACCACCUGGGACUUCUCCCAGAUUCACUGCCUUCUGUUUAAGAAAGUACAGGUGACAUUGGUGGCCAGAAGUACUUCUUACAAGCUUAAUGCUGCACCUGUGAAAUCCAUGGAUUUAGCCGGAGUGACAUACAUCUUGGUUAUGCCCAGGCUAGAUAGCUGCAAUGAACUCUUGAAUACUGUUUGGAAAUAGUACAGAAUGUGGGAGCCAAGAUUAUAUUACACCAAUUCUGUUCUGGUUACAAUAUGAGGUAGCUCUGACUCAUUCAGUUGGCUGCAUCUUUCAGGUAUUCUAGAAUGAGUGAUACAACUGCUAGGGCUUGCAUAUACUUCACAGGCAGGUUUAGUCAUUGUUUGAGGACUAUCCCUGCCUCCGGGUCUGGUCUUGACCGGACGGAUACUGGAAUCAGCAAGAGAUACCCAAAUAAUAAUAAUAAUAAUAAUUUAUUUAUACCCCGCCCAUCUGGCUGGGUUUCCUUCAGAUCAGGUAGGUGGUUGGAAGAUGGAUGGCGGCUAACAGAUUGAGGUUGAACCCUGACAAGACAGAAGUACUGUUUUUCGGGGACCGGAGAUGGGGUGUUUGUGGAGGACUCCCUGGUCCUGAAUAGGGUAACUGUGCCCCUGAAGGACCAGGUGCGCAGCCUGGGAGUCAUUUUGGACUCACAGCUGUCCAUGGAGGCGCAGGUCAAUUCUGUGUCCAGGGCAGCUGUUUAUCAGCUCCAUCUGGUACGCAGGCUGAGACCCUACCUGCCCGCAUACUGUCUCGCCAUAGAGGUGCAUGAAUGAAUGAAUGAACUUUAUUACGGUCACAGACCAGAAUAAAAGAACAAAAACAAAAAACAACAACAUAUAAAUAAAAUAGCAGUUAGGAUUUUUUAACCGAUAAUAGUUAGAGCAAAUAAGGACAAAGAAACCAGCAUAGGAUAAAACAUCUGAAUAAAAUACAAGAUUAAACAUGGAUAAUGGAUGGAUAAAAACUGAUAAUUAAAACAGGUAAGAGCUAAAAACAAACAGAAACACGCAGUUAAAACAACUGUAAGAGCAUAAGAACUAAAAGACUCGCAGUUAAGACUGGUGACUGGGGGCGGCCGCCAAGACCAUAUAACACCGGUCUUGAAAGACCUACACUGGCUCCCAGUACAUUUCCGAGCACAAUUCAUAGUGUUGCUGCUGACCUUUAAAGCCCUAAAUGGCCUCGGUCCAGUAUACCUGAAAGAGCAUCUCUACCUCCAUCGUUCUGCCCGGGCACUGAGGUCCAGCGCCGAGGGCCUUCUGGCGGUUCCCUCGCUACGAGAAGCCAAGUUACAGAGAACCAGGAAGAGGGCCUUCUCGGUAGUGGCACCCGCCCUAUGGAACACCCUCCCACCAGAUGUCAAAGAGAAAAAUAACUACCAAACUUUUAGAAGACAUCUGAAGGCAGCCCUGUUUAGGGAAGCUUUUAAUGUUUAAUAGGUUAUUGUAUUUUAGUGUUUUGUUGGAAGCCGCCCAGAAUGGCUGGGGAAACCCAGCCAGAUGGGCGGGAUAUAAAUAAUAAAUUAUUAUUAUUAUUAUUAUUAUUCACAUAAUCCCCGUAGCAGAGGUUGCCAGUGUAAUGCCUACAAAUGCCAGUAUGCUUGCCAGUACCUUCUGUGGUUCCUGCAAAAGGUCUUCCUAAAUACCUCCCAAACACUUUACAAUGCAUGACUGUUAAUUCAGUUUCUGUUUGUGCUUGCUCAGCCUUUCCUGCACUGAACAUGUCUUCUUAAACAUGUCCACAUUUUAUUACAUACCACUAGCUAUUUUGUCCUAUGUGAUGUCCCUUCAGCAGUCAUUUUCUUAAUGGUGCCCAGGGCACUUUAUCAAAAUUCCAAAUGGGUUUACUGGCACAAAAGGUUGGCAACCAGUAUCUUACAGCCUGCUAUUCAAAACUGAGACCAUGAAAACAUUAAGACACAUGGCAUCUUAAAGCUUUUAAGAACUGAUGCUCCAAUUCUGUAGAGCCACAAUUAUCAUUAGCAUCACUUGUUGUCCAGUAUAAUUAGGCUUGCCAUUGGGGCUGGCCUUACCAUUGGGUGGAGUGAGGCCACUGCCUGGGGUGGCAGGGAGUGGCGGUGAGAUGUUGGAGGACAGGUGUGUGGGCAACAUUCAUUGUCUUCUGUUGCCUAAGCUAACCUGCUGCACUCAAGUAUUAUCAUCAGUGUUGGAGUAAAAUUCAACAACCACCAGUUAUUUUCUGUAUAUGGAAUUUGUUGGGGUGCCAUCCAGUCCCUGAGAUACCAAAAAUACAGUGGAACCUUGGUUGUCGAACGUAAUCCAUUCUGGAAGACCGUUUGACUUCCGAAAUGGUUGGCAAUUUCAAUGGAGAAAAUUGAGAAAUCUGCCUCGGAAGCUGUUCAACUUCCAAGGCGCGUUCAAAAAUGGAAGCAAUUACUUUCGGGUUUUCAGUGUUUGUAACUUGAGGUACCACUGUGUAUACUAGGAUUUGUUUUAGAAAAGCUAGAUCUCUGACUACCCCCUUUUUCCUUUAACAAAGGUGACAUUAAUACACUUUGUGUUGAGAAAUGUACCAGUACCAUGGUAUGUGCCCUUACCAAGCAAAUAUUUGCUGGUUUGACAUUUGUUUUCAGCCCAUGACUUGAACUGCUGUAGGGUAUGAGCCAAAUAUAUUAGGGAAUCUGCCUGGUAAGGAGGCAAAGCUCAGAAGCCCCCUAAGAUUUGAAAAUAGCUACUGGUGACCACAGUAUGUGGAAGGGUAGAGAUUUAACUCUUGUCAUAAGUCUGCAUAAUUACAUUGAAAUUAAAUGUUUUGUUGUUUAGUCGUUUAGUCAUGUCCGACUCUUCGUGACCCCAUGGACCAGAGCACGCCAGGCACUUCUGUCUUCCACUGCCUCCUGCAGUUUGGUCAGACUCAUGUUUGUAGCUUCAAAGACGCUAUCCAACCAUCUCGUCCUCUGUCGUCCCCUUCUCCUUGUGCCCUCCAUCUUUCCCAACAUCAGGGUCUUUUCCAGGGAGUCUUCUCUUCUCAUGAGGUGGCCAAAGUAUUGGAGCCUCAGCUUCACGAUCUGUCCUUCCAGUGAGCACUCAGGGCUGAUUUCCUUAAGAAUGGAUAGGUUUGAUCUUCUUGCAGUCCAUGGGACUCUCAAGAGUCUCCUCCAGCACCAUAAUUCAAAAGCAUCAAUUCUUCGGCGAUCAGCCUUCUUUAUGGUCCAGCUCUCACUUCCAUACAUCACUACUGGGAAAACCAUAGCUUUUACUAUACGGACCUUUGUUGGCAAGGUGAUGUCUCUACUUUUUAAGAUGCUGUCUAGGUUUGUCAUUGCUUUCUUCCCAAGAAGCAGGCGUCUCUUAAUUUUGUGGCUGCUGUCACCAUCUGCAGUGAUCAUGGAGCCCAAGAAAGUAAAAUCUCUCACUGCCUCCAUUUCUUCUCCUUCUAUUUGCCAGGAGGUGAUGGGACCAGUGGCCAUGAUCUUCUUUUUUUGAUGUUGAGCUUCAGACCAUAUUUUGCGCUCUCCUCUUUCACCCUCAAUAAAAGGUUCUUUAAUUCCUCCUCACUUUCUGCCAUCAAGGUUGUGUCAUAUGCAUAUCUGAGGUUGUUGAUAUUUCUUCCAGCAAUCUUAAUUCCGGCUAGCGAUUCAUCCAGCCCAGCCUUUCGCAUGAUGAAUUCUGCAUAUAAGUUAAAUAAGCAGGAAGACAAAAUACAGCCUUGUCGUACUCCUUUCCCAAUUUUGAACCAAUCAGUUGUUCCAUAUCCAGUUCUAACUGUAGCUUCUUGUCCCACAUAGAGAUUUCUCAGGAGACAGAUGAGGUGAUCAGGCACUCCCAUUUCUUUAAGAACUUGCCAUAGUUUGCUGUGGUCGACACAGUCAAAGGCUUUUGCAUAGUCAAUGAAGCAGAAGUAGAUGUCUUUCUGGAACUCUCUAGCUUUCUCCAUAAUCCAGUGCAUGUUUGCAAUUUGGUCUCUGGUUCCUCUGCCUAUUCUAAAUCCAGCUUGCACUUCUGGGAGUUCUCGGUCCACAUACUGCUUGAGCCUUCCUUGUAGAAUUUUAAGCAUAAAAUUUUAAGCCCCUUCAUGGAUCACUGCCUUGCCGUGGCGAAGGGGCUUGAAGAACUCAGAGAAGCUAUGAACUAUGCCGAGCAGGGCACCCAAGAUGAACAGGUCAUAGUGGAGAGUUUUGACCAAACGUGAUCCACCUGGAGGAGGAACCGGCAAGCCACUCCAGUAUCCCUGCCAAGAAAACUCCAUGGACAAUUAAAUGUUUAUACAGCUACAAAAUAAUGGAGUGGCUCUGGUGUUAACAAUUAGAUAAGCACCUGCCCUGAAACCUUCUCAAGGUGGUAACCAAGCAGCACCCAAUAAAUGUGACCAAGCACCUGAAACCAAUCUCAGGUCAAGCACCUUGCCAGCUGCAUUAAAGUUAGUGAGGUCAUUGUAUGUCAUCAGUUUCUGAGAGGAGGCAUCACCCAAGAUCACAUUGGAAUUUCUUGGAGCAAAUGUCCUAGGGUACCUACUAAACCAGCUUCCAAGAAUUCUGUCUCGGAUGACUGGUAUGCAUGUUACUGGAAGGUCUGUAUACAAAUGAGUUACCACCUGUGGGGCUGAUGGAAGCACAGAAAGCAGCCGUGCUCAAAUAUAUAACUGUUCUCAGGUGGAUUUUCUGGCAUGUUACAUAGCAUAUCACACCAUGUUUUGCAUAAAUUUAUCACUGAGAACACUGCUCCUGACUAAUUUUAAAAGACUCUGGGAGGCCUGGGGGGCUUCUUUCUCACUGCAUCAGUCAAUUUUUCUCAGUGUUGUUGUGGUUACCUUCUUCUAUGAGGCCUGGAAUAAGUUCUUCCAUUGCCCACCCACCCCUCUGAAAGAAAGGAAAGCAAAACUGGCUUUACAGAACCUAUGGUAUUCAUCCAGGUCCUAGUUACACAUGUAAGGUCUGUAGGAUGCUCCAUGUUGAUGACUGAAUGUGAAUUCGGAGAGAUCAUUUAGCCAUUGGGUUUUGUGGAAAGGCUUCUUAUUAACGCUAGAAUCCACAGAGAUUUAAGUACAAAUGGAAAACAUAUCUUCCAGUUUAUGCCCUUAUAAAUGCAAUAAAUGCUAUUCUUGGGCGGUGGUGGUGUCCCCUGAUACUUAAAAUCAAAUUCUGUGGGACAGAGGUGCUAUGUGGACAACAUUCUGGAUGUUGGUGUAUAACCCACUGUUCCCUAUAUUCUGUUUCAGGCUCCUAAAUAUUUAUUUAAUCAUAUGCUAUCUGCAAGCUUUUGGAUAUCUUAAAGGCCUAGUAAACAUUCGUGAUCCUAUUGUAUAUGAUGCCCUACUGAUUCACUUGCAGCAUAUUGAUAUGUUAGUGAUGGAUGGCUAACCAAUGUGCAUAUCCAACAUUGCCACAGUAGGAAUUGUAUUCCUUUUUGUAGAAGUAGAUUUUUGACAUUUAGCCUUGGCUAGAGAUUUUCAUUAAUGGGAAAAUCUUCUAACCACCUUAACUUCAGUCAGGUACUUAUAGUCCAUGCUAUUAGCCUCCAAUUCACAUAAUCGCUGACACUGGCUAAACUGGCUGGGGCUGUUGGGAAUUCCAGUUGAAUUCCCACAGUUUCCCCAUCCCUGCCUUAACUGGAAAUUACCCACUCUUGUGAUUCUCUAACCUUGCUUGUGGACCAACUACUGUUUAGAAUUGUUUCCUAUUCUGUUGUGCACAGACUUCUAUUUUAAGAGGAGAAACUAAAAUUAGUCCCAGUUAUGAAACAACAAGCAUGAAUGCUUCUCAUGCAACCAACUUGCUUAAAUUUGAACAUCACCUCCCCCAUAACAGUCAAGUUACAAAGCUGUAUCUUUCUGUAGAUUUCCAAAUCUAGCACUUUUAUUAUUGUUUCAGUAAAGCUUCACAUCCUGGAGGAAGGAUUCUCUUUCAGAAUAUUCCAUUUUGCUGAAACAUGGGAGGUUCCCAUGUUAAAAUCUGGCCUUUAGCAACCCUGGCAACUGUGCUCUCGUCUAACCCUUUAACUUGGUUCCUGAGUUUCCAGAAUGAUCACGUUCUUGGCAAAGAAACUAUUUCUUUUGAGUAGAAGGUUAAGAAUGAGUGGAAACGUGAUGAGGAAUAAAAUGUGCUUUGUGCUGUGGUGCUACUACUGGGUCUUUUGUGAAGUAGUGUGGGAAAGGUUGUUAUCUCUGGAAAAAAAGGUGAAGGGUUGCCUUCCAUUCAUUCAUUAAACCUUUGCUUCAUAAUCAAAUGAGAAAAAAACAGAGGUUCCUGUUUACUUCAGUGAUUUUUGGCUCAGCCAUUCGAGACAUCCUAAUGAUUUCCAGAAAUUAUUUGUUCUUUUUAUUAUUACUUAAAAUUCACAUAGUCAAAAAUCAGAUUUACCUAUCCUGAAAAUCAAUAAAAUGAACUAAGAAACCCCGCCAUAUUUACCCAUGUACGGAGCAACUUUUAUAUCAGAUAUAACAUUUUAAUGGUGUUUCUUUAACUCAUGUCUUUCUGGUUUCUUUUUUUCUAUUUCAGAUAAUCAUAGGAGAGGCACUUUCUGUGUAUUACAACCGCUUGCACUCCAAUUCAUUUGUGCGGAACAACUAUAUUGCCGCUCUUUACAAAGCCAUUGGGACAUUCAUUUUUGGCGCAGCUAUUAGCCAGUCUCUUACGGACAUUGCCAAAUACUCUAUAGGUAGAUUGAGGCCUCACUUUCUGGCCAUAUGUGUACCAGAUUGGCCACAGAUCAACUGCAGUGCUGGGUACAUUGAAAACUUCAAAUGCCUUGGAAACAAAGCAAAGAUUAAUGAGGCGAGGUGAGUCUGUUAAUUUAAGAUAUUUUGGCAUGAAGACUUGUAUGAUGAAAUUUCCUGGCAGAAGUGGAAAUUCUAACUACUUUCUAAGUGGGGUACUGAUCCCAGCAAAAGUGAGUUUGGUGGUGAUGAUGUACUUGAAGUAUAGCUCAGUGUAUGAACUCAUAUUUGUCUACUGUCAGCACGCAGAAUGUAUUGCUGAGGUAAGUGCUUCCAUGAACGAAAAACGCAUUUUCCUGAAUUCAUUAUGUUAAUUGAUUUCAAAUAAUUACAAGCUGCUGUAGUUGCUGUUAGUCCACAUAUUAAGAUUUCAGUGAUGCAGCACUCUCAGCUGUACAAAGAGUGGGAAGCAAAUCCUGUAACAUUAUUAAGGCUUGCAUCAGUAUUUUGGUCACAAGUUGUCCCUUUUGAUGUAAUGGCAUCAUCAAGAGCAGGAGGGCACAGGUAAGUAUAGGAUAAGCUGCAGCAAAACAAAUUUGAAAAAUGAGAGGACAGAAGUUUGGGCAGAAGAUGUGUGCCAAAAGUACUUCUUUGGAUUACAGUUCUUGAAACUAGAAUGGUUGGUUGUAUUUAACCUGGUUAUAUUUAACCUGGACAAUUAGGAGGUGAUAUGAUAGCCAAAUGAUACGAUAGCCAUAUUUAAAUGUUUGAAGAGGUGUCAUGUAGAUUGUGGAACUUUUUUUUCCUUUAGCAGGCUCAAAUGAGUAGAAAGGGGAUUUUGACUAAGCCUCAGGAAGACUAAAGCUGUUUGACUGUGGAAAAUCAUCAGAAGGUGGUGUCUACUCUACUCUUUCAUUAGCAAUUUUUAAGCAGAGGCUGGAAGGCCACCUAUGAGUGAUGCUUUGCAGCAGUUUUUUCUGCAUUAACAAAAGGGGUAUGUGAUCUUUGAGGUGCAUUCCAACUGUAUGGGAGAUUUCCACCAUUAGUUAAAGUAGACCUUUUGAAAGCAAUAGACUUAACUUAAAACAUUGGUUUACAUUAGGUAAGGCUUUGCAGUCCAAAAGUCUCUGGAUCCUUAGGAGGAUGUAGUCAACAACUGUAAUGUCUUAGUAAAUAAAGAUCAGCAUAAUUUUUAAUAAUAAAUAUUGGCUGUUGUGCUUGCCAGUAAAAUGAAGUUCAUUCUAAAACAGGCAAGGGUUUCAUGGUAUAAAACUGAAUUGAAAUGGUGGCAGCACUUCAGUAAGGGGUUGGCAAACUGCAGGAUAGCUGCACUUGUGGGAACUGUUGGUUUCCUGUUAAACCCCAGCCAGCAGCCGAGGCAUUUAAGUAGUAAAAACUUAAUCAUUGUGUUAAAUGUUUUCUUCAGGUUAGACAUAUAAUUAAAUUAGUGGAACUAUAUGAUUAGAAAGGUAUGUGUACUCAUGUAGCGUUAGAAAAUUGAGUUCGGAUUUGGAAGAAUAUUAUUUGACUUAACUCUCUAUCUGAAUUUUAAGGAUCUCUCUCUCUCUCUCUCUCUCUCUCUCUCACACACACACACACACACACACACACACACUGAAGGGAGCAUGACUGGUUUGCCUGCACAUGGCACCAAGUUUUGAGGGCACUGCAGCAAUGACUUAGAACAGAAGGCAAGGGGUGGGGUGUGUGCUGAAUACCACUGGUGAAGUUUGAAAGCCCAGAGUCCACUGCUUCACCUAAUGCAUACUGGCUGCAACCAUUUUGUGCAGGGGUUCCGUUCCUGGCCCCCACACGCAUAAUCUCAUUCUGCCCUGUUACGCCCCCAGUACAUUCUGUCCCGUUCUGCCCUCUUCUGGGUCCAAAAGGACCCACACAUUGGUGGUUGUGUGUCAGUUGGAUGCACGCUGCCUGUAUAUAUUUCAUUUGAUGUGAGUGUGUUAUAAUUAGGACUUUCAGGGAAUCUGAACUGAGAGAUGUAAUGAGCCUUUAGAAUCUUGUCUUUCUAAGGGACCUUUUGUAGCAAUAUUUUAUAUUUUAAGGGCAUCAUACCAGAGGAAGACUUUGAACUGAUAGCUCACCUAUUAACAGCAGCUUAAAAGGUGAUUUGUCAAAACUGGAAAAGCUCUAUGUCACCUUCAAUCUUAUCUAAUUUGGGAGAUAAUUAUAUUGGGUCUUUUUUGGACUAGUGGACAUAUAUUUUGAGUGUUGUGUGCCCCAGUCACACAAUGGCUGCUACUGUGGAGAAGGGAUGUACUGGCAGAAAACAAAAUUAGAGUGCAUUCAUUGUUCUCCACCCCCAUCCCUGGGCAACCUCAGGUUUACCACAGGAAGUCAGCAGUUAAAGGCUUAACAACACUGUUUUUGCCAACGCCAAUCCUAAGCCAAAGGCUAGGCUGCCAUCUUGUACAAAGACAUUUAUGAAGUAGCUAUGUUUACCAUUGCACUGUAAGUAACUAUGCAGUUAAUUCUUAAUGAAUACCCAGACAUCAGCUCCUGUACAAUAGGAGACAUGUCCCAACUUCUUUGCAAAAUUUUCGCGGUGGCCAUUUGAGGAGAGGGUUCUUUCACAUUCAUCCAUGCUUACUGUGUAAGUAGUUUCCUCUGUAGUGGAAAAGCACAUUUUCCCCAGCUUUAUAAAAAUGGCAUUCUUACACAUGAAGGAAGCAGCUUUGCAGUGUACAAUAGGGGAUGUGAACCAAAUGCUAUUGGCUUCCAACUCUCAUUAGCCCCAGCCGUCAGGGCCAGUUCACAGAAGAUGGAAUUUGUAGUCCAUCGACACCACAGGUUCCUCAUCACUUUAAAUCAGCUACAUAUAGGGCACUCACUACAGCUACAGAGAUUAGCAUAAACUAAUAAACAUUCUCUUUUUAAAAAGAAAGAAAAAGGAGAGGUUUAAUUAAUGAGUAUCUGGAAAGAGAAUCAUAAAACCAAGUGCUCAACCUGUAAAAGGUUCUGUGAUUUCUCUUAUCCAGGCAAGAUAGUCCUCUGUGAGAAGAGUAUAGAUACCAGGGUAGCGUUGAUUUCCACAUUCUGAUUUAGCACCAAAGGAGACAAUGCCUCUUUGCUUCCCAUUGCAUAUCAAAGGGCCACCAGAGUCACCCUGGGAAACGAUUAAACGGAGACAUGUUACCAUUUUGAAAAAUCCAGCUCUUGCAUUUAUUGAGUCUAAAAGAGUAGUUCAGUUCAGCAUAAUGUUAUAUGUAGUGAUGCAUUCAACAUUCACAUUUUUGAAUGUCUGAAACAAAUGAGAAGACUUCUAUGAAACGGUUAGAAGUAAAAAACUGUAAUCCAACAUAAUCAUGUCCAUGUUUGCCUUGAAGUGAGUUCCACUGAAUUUAGUGUGGCUGGCUCUUAGUAAGUGUGGAUAGGGGUGCAGCAGGACAUAAUAAUCACAUGCAUAUUUAAUCAAAACUGUUUGCCUAACUUCAAAUUUAGUUUGGAAAUUCUUGAGUAGGGAUCUGCUUUUUGCUUUCCUCCUAUUCACGAGUUUUUGUUCAUUAACUUUUAGAAUUGCAACCCUAAAUAUACAUUCCUACAAGUAAGCAUCUCAUAAUAUGUUGGAACCUAUUUCCAUAUAAACAUGUGGAUUGCACUACAGUUUAUUGUACACUUCUUUCAAUAUCUCAUAGACCCACAUGUGACUUUGAUUAAAUACAAAUUUAUUUAUCUGUCAAACAGUAGAUAGGUAGAUAGUUAAGUUCUUUAAUCAGUUGAUAGCUUUUUUAAGGAAGACAGAAUGGGUAAAUAAAAACACUCUUACCACACAAGCAUCUUUUCCUCCCUUGUCAUCUCCUGCACACAACAUGUUACUUGUCACAUACAUCGAAUGCUUAUAGUGUUUCUCAUCAUUGCAGACACUUCUCUGAAUAACAGUGACAUUAACUUCACGAAGCAUAGUGGAUAUAUUCCUGCUUUUGUUAUCAGUAAUUCCCCACCCAGCUACUAGACACUGGGUUCCUGCCUCAACAUCCUUGGAAGUGCUAGGAAGCUCAAUGCAUUUGACAUGUUGGUCAAUCUUUGCACUUUUCUCCAUCUUAAAAGAAUAAUAAAGGGAAAUAGUACUUAUAAACAGAGCACAAUUGAAUAAUCUCAUUUUAGACUUCCUUUUAUUUUAUAGUACAUUGUAAGACCUAUAACAUAUUUGUAAUAUAAUGUUCAACAUUUGUUUCUCCUAAUGAUUCAGUGACAAACAGGUAGUGUUACUACAGAUGAUCAAAGAAUUAACAGUUCCAAGAUCAGAAAGCCCUACCUGCUUAACUACACACCCGCACCUGCACAAUAUUACUAUUAUACUAUAUGAUAAAGAGUUAUCUAAAUGAUUCAGCCUUUAGCUACUUAAAAAAAUAAUCUGUAGGAGAAACCAAUCAUCAGUCUGUAAUGAGAUGUCAGUGGCGCCCAUUGGGCUUGGUAGAGCUGAGGGCUGGGAGACCAACAGUAGGUGGAGCCAAUGACAAGCAGAGCCAACUAAUUCUAUUUUUGGAUCAAUCCUUAUUGCUGAGUUCUACAAGGGCAAUAUUGAGACUAAAGAGGAGGAAGCUCUGCUUUAUGCUUCUUGUAGAAGUUGCUUAAGCUCAGGCUUUGGCAAGUCUCCCAGGAAAACUCAUAUAACUAAGCAGGCUGAAUAAGAACAGCCAGAUGAUGAUCACUAAUUUUGCCAAAGAAUAACACUAACACUUUCCUAUGCUUUCUAGUUGAAUAACCAACUAAGGCUGUAUUAUGUUUCCCAUUGAACUCUGUGGGGCUUACCUCUGAGUAGACAUGUGCAUUGAUUAAAUUGUUGCCUAUUUAAAAUUUAAGGCACCCAAUUCACUUGACAAGAAAGAUAUUUAGAAAGAUAAGUAUAAAAUUUAUUUUUUGCCCCCAGAAUAUUCACAUUCCAUUUAAAAGUACCUUCAAAAGCAUAAUAUCAUUUUCCAUCGUAUUUUCAUUAUAUUGUGGGUGACCAUAUCUUCCAAUAAUUUUAAUGCGUUGUUGUUGUUGUUUUCCAGUUAGUGAAUGAGCACCAAGAAAAACUAUUGCUUGUGGAAUUGAUUUUUUCCUUUCUUUUCUGAAAAGAUAAAAAAGAUCAAAGAUUUGGUCAACAUUUGCUUCUAGCAAGUGCAUUAAUAUUUGUUUUGCACUCUCCUGUGGCUUUACACAAUAUUCUUGAGUCUGUGUUGUCAUACAGUACAUUUCACACUCUGCAUACUGCAUACUUAGGCUGCAGUCUGAAACAUACUUACUUAGGAGUAAGCCCCACUAGACACAAUGGCCCUUCUGAAUAAACGUGUAAGAUUUUGCUGUUUUUUAUCCAUUUUGAACUUAAUCGUCUAUAUAAAUAGUACAGGAUAUAAUACCCCAUUGUUUACUGUGUGGUUGAGAAGCCAAAGUCUACUGGGCAUUGCACAGAAAGGUAUGAAUGGAAAGCCAGCAUUUGUUUCCUGAUACAGAAUACGUCAUAAUAUCUGAAAGACUGCCUCCUUCCCAACAGAUGCUCUUGGCUGUUAAGAUCAGUAGAGAUUCCUCUUGGUAGUGCUGCUGCCCUUAGAAGUUCAGCGGAUGGUAGCCCAGAAGAUGGUAUUCACUGUAGGAGACCUUAAGCCAGAGGUUUUCAACCUUUUUGAGUACAUGGCUCCCUUGACCAACUACAUUCUGUCUGCGGCAUCCCUGUGGGGCUCAGGAGCCCAGUUAUGUCACCCUUGCCUGCAGAGCUGGCAGCCUCUCAUCCUUUUUUCAAACACACUUCCUUGUGGAGUGUUUCCUCAGCCUCCUCCUCCCCUCUCCUUGGGAGUCCUCUGGGCAGCCACAGUUGCCGCCCCUGGUCUCUUAGCUGCUGCCCCCUGCCCCAAAGGUAGCUGCCUUCUGACACUGCCCCAUAGGGGCCUGGGAAGCGCUCCCUGGCCAGCCCCACAGGCAUCAUUCACUGGGGGAGCUUGUAGCCAGGGCUGCUGCAAUGAUCAGCUGUGCAAGCCUUUGGGAGGCAGGGAUGCAAGAGGGCAUCAGAGGAGGAAGGGAAGGAAAGAGGGACAGAAGCCAGUGUUGCCCAAAGCACCCCUGGCCAUCAUUCAAGGCACCCCAGGAUGCCACAGCACACUGGUUGAAAACCACUGCCCUAAGCUGUGGAAUUCCCCCUCAAACAGAGGUGCAUCUGACUCCUUCAUUGAAUAGCUUUGGCCUUUGAAUUGACCUGAAAAGAUUUUUCACCUGGGGCCCUCUUGGAAUAUCCUGGCCCCCGUUUGCAGACACUGCUCUACACCUAUCAAGUUAAGACUUCUAGAAGUUAAAAGCAGCUACAUUCACUCAAUAUUUUUAUAAAGUAGUUCAUUAAAUCUUCCCCACUGUUUUAACACUAUGAACUUGGGUCCAUAAAAGGUUCUGUUCCCCGGUCCUUGAAAUCAAGCUCGAGGAACUCUGGAGAAGUUAUUUGCAGGAGUUUGCUGGCUGAUAAAACAUCUUCACCACUUCUCUUGUAAAAUAGCUGCCACAGCUUUGUACCAGUAAAUUACCUACAGGUUUCAGUAUAUUGACUAGCACAAUAACCGUGUGUGUGUGUGUGUGUGUGUGUGUGUGUGUGUGUGUGUUACAUUCCUACUGGAAUCAUCUUCAUCUUCCAUCAUAAUGAAGUGUUGACUUGCACAUGUGAUGUGAGCCAUUACAGAUUAAACAUCACAGAUAAAGCGUACACAUUGAGCUAUGAGUGAUCAAGUUAAUCUUUCAAGCACUGGAAAAUCAAAUUUAUGUGCAUGCCUUUGUGAAUCAGCCACAAAUACUAAGCAGUCAAGGGACAUGCAAUUGUGUGUCCUUUGUAAAAGUGUUAACUUCAUAAUAAUCUGCACUGCUUUGAACAUGGGACCACAAAACGAAAUGUUACCCAGAUUUUCAAUCUGCACUGCAAUAUCACAUUGCACUUAAGUCACGAAUCCAUGAUUUACUGCAGAGUGGCUAAUGCUAACCUGUGGCCUUUUGGAUGUUGCUGGAUUACAACUCGCAUCAUUACUGACUGUACUGGCCAUGCUGGCUGAGGCUGAUGAAAGUUGGAGUCCUGCAAUAUCUAGUCCUGAGUACCACAAGUUGCCCAACCCUGAUCUACUGGAUUUUCUUGCCAUUCUCAUUUUCUUGCAUCUUACAGCAGGCAGCUACUACUAGCAGCUCACACUAGGAGGCAAAGGCUGUGACCUGACAGAAUAACAACUAAAGGGCUUGCCUAAAGGGCCAUGCAAAACUGAUACCAGGAAGAACUUUGAAGAAUAGACAUACUUCUCUAUACUUACGGAAAACAAUGAGCUGCUGUUAACACCCAGUUCCUUUUGAUCAAAGUACCUCCGCAUAAGGAUGUGUUACCUUCAACAUGUAUAAUGAGGGCAGCCAUAUAAGGUCUUGAGUGUGGAACUGAUUCUUUGCCCCCAAUUAUAUCUGCAGAUUGACCUAAGUAGAAAUAAGACACACUAAUCAGCCAGGUUUUGCAAACUUGACAAAAGGGAGAUAAGUCUUGUAGGAUGCAGGUUGGGUGGGUAUCGAGGGAUAUCAGAAAGCCCAUGAAUCUGAAACCAGUCCUGUUUUCCUUACACUGAAUGUGUUGGGGAGGGAAGACAAAACAGAUGUAGAACUAACUUACCAGUCUGAAUUUUGAAGAGAAAAUAAGCCGCUGAGAAGGACAAAACCAAGAAAAGCCCCAUGGUGGUGGUAGCUGCUUUGAGUCCCCUUCAGAACAUGUGCCUGCUAUAUAUAGGCUGACUAUCUGAAGGAAGUGAGCUGUGGGUUUUUGUCUCUUUCUCCUUGCCUUUCCCCCCUCAAAUUAUUCUACCUUUUGUCUCUCCCCUAGCCAAGAUAAUAAUAGCAAAAGUAUCACGCACAGUUGUGUGUGUGUGUGUGUGUGUGUGUGUGUGUGUGUAGCAUUGUCCCCUGGGUUAUAUGGACAAAUAAAGAAAUUUGAGAAGGUUAAGGGAAGGGCAGACAAAAAUAUUAUAAAUUAACUGGAAAAACUGAGUCUGUUUUUCCUCUACUGGAGUAACGAAGUACAAAGUAUUUGCUAGGGAACAUAUAGCAAUAUUUGUUGACAAUAUACAUAAACAACUUUUAUUACUCAUGUUCCAAUAAGGUGUUUAUAUUUCUGUGGCCCAAAAUAGCAUUUAUAAAUAAUGAGAUAAUAUUCACAUAUACAGUUCUGUAAAUUUUGUUUGAUGUUAUGUUUGUGUAUCCAAUUACCUUAUAUCUGCAUUUUGUUUGAUUUUUCUAUUGUUCAUAGCAUUAUUUGUAAUAUAUAAACAUUUAAUAAUAACAAAAUGGGGGAAAUGGGAGGUUUCCAAGUGUAAUGGGGAAAGCAACGGGGAUUCUUUCCCUGUGGGUGCCACAUCCAUUCUGAGCAUCUUGACUAAACCUUACUUACAUUAAAAGCAGUACAGGUGUACAGCUAGCAACUGAAAUGCCAUGCCAGUUAAGACAAAUAUGUGACUUGCUGCUGUGAGUCUCAGCAGCUGUUAAUUUUAGAAGUGUCUGACCUGUGUUACUUCACAUAAACAUGGGAGGCGGGGGGAAACAGCAAAGCACCUGGGUUUUUGCAGUGCCACAUACUUCUACUCCUCCAUCCAUCUAGACUUGGCUGCCCAUUAAAGUCCUGUGAACAAGAGCUGGUUGACAUCUGUUGUUGGUGAGAAGCUCAUUGAAAGGUGCUAAGGGCUUUGCAAGUGUGAUUUUAACAUUUUGCAACAGAUGCCAAAAUAUCCAAGACCAGCACUGGCACUCUGCUACUGUGAACAUGUAGAUAUGCCCACAGAUGUCCAGGUAAAUGAAACUUAACAGAUGCUGGCACUUUAAUGAUUGCAUUAGUUCUUCGCGGACUCUGGUUCAUAAGUGGUGUAUGUGUGUUUUAUAAGAUUGUAUUUACACAUUAUUUACAGUUGAGUUUGUCCCUAAUGCAACAUUCAAAGCUGUUUCCCUCAAAGAGCAUUAUCCAACGAAAGUUAAGUUAAAGUCCAGUUUUCUGUUAAUAGGAUAGAUUUGCAGCAUAGUCUGAAGCAUCUUUGGCCAACACUUAAGUCCUGUUCACUAGAAUUUACUCUCUAGAAAGUGCAUAGGAUUACAACCACAUUUUUAAUUCUUGUCCACUGAAAUCAAUGCGGAGAGUGCUUAACUGGCUGGAUUGUGUCCAGAGUUACGAUUCCUAUGGGAGAAGCUGGAUUGCUCUGUAAAAGUGAGAAGUUUUAUUUGGGCUGUUUGCUUGUGUUGUUUCAGCAGCAGCUUUAUGAGCACGUUGAGUGGCCAGAAUAUCUUAAAAUUGUUACUUAAAGUAAGAAGCUGUUUUUAUAUGUCCAUAUAACACCAACUAAAUGUUGGUGUCAGUUUCCAUUUUACUCAAAUCAUUGGUCUAUUUUUUUUUUAAGUUGCUGUGCUAACGCGAGCUGUCUUACUGCAAUUAACAUACAACUUUAAACCUUACUGAAAGAGUGAUUCCCACAACUGCACAUAAAUAUGCACAUCUAAAUUUAAAUUGCCUUUGUCUGGCCUAAGGAAGGGCACUUGGUAUUUUUAAACUAAAAAAAAAAAAAAGCAUCUAGGGAGCAAAGUAAGGUUAUUUUGAAAUCAGCCUUCAACAAAUGUGUCAGUAAAAUAUAAAUAGAUUACAUGUUAAUAGCAUUUUCCCAGGAUUGCAGUUUACCUGAUCUAAAGAAAAAUAACCGUGUUGCUACCUUCAGAUUCAGAACAAGUUGUCUAGUUUUUGUCUGUGCACAAGCUGCAUUUAACUCCCUGUUCCCCGCGAUAGGUUCCAUUAAGCUGGUUUCUCAUCCGGUGUAUAUCUCAAUAUAAUAAAAAAUAAUUUGUCAUUCAAAGUGGCACUAUGGUACUUUCUUUCUAACAGUAAGAGCAGAUGACUGAAUCCAACAAUAGUUGGAUGAACUGUAUAGUUGCCUCUCUUCAAUGGAUCUUCCACAAUACUGAUAGCCUUGCCUUUUUUUAAAAAAAGGUAUUUUGAUUUGUUACUUUUUAAUAGGGCAUGUGCUGUACUUUCAAAUUGGAGAAAGGAAAUGUUAAAGCAAUGUGUGGUAAUAUUUGUUAAAUCGUAUACUGCCUUAUAUUUCAGAGAUGCCAUUGCUUUUCUCAAAGUCACUUUCCAGGAGGAGAGGCAGCGUAUAACAUAUAUUCAGAUCAAAGCACCAAAUAGUUAAUUUACUAAAAUAUUUAAAUGGCUGCAAUCACUAAUAAGGGUGCACCACUAAAACAGCCACUUAUUUUAGCCAUAGCACAAUACACCCACUUGGAUGGUGGUGCAUGAUGGCUGUGCUUUUUCUUUCUUUCCCCCUUUUUUCUCUGUACCCAUGGCAGGGAAGGGUCAUGUGUGAAAUGGCCAUAAGCAAAUGCAGGUAUAAACGUAUAUUUUUAGCAUAAGGUGCCCAUCUGUUCAUAAUGUGUCUUUUAAGUUAUUACAGGAGGUAGAGCAACAAAAGUUUAACCAGGGGAAAACUUUUCUAUUUGUAGGUGAGGUUAGAGUGCUAACAUCAAAACUGGAAGGAAGCUAAAAUAACUCUGGCGUACGUGCUACAUACACUUUAAAAUAUUUUUAGGAUUUAAUAUGGGAUUUGUAUUGCCAAUUGUAUACAUUUUCAUAGUGGAAAAUGAUAUGCCCCAGUUCUUUUGUAGAAAGGUCAGGUAAAUUAAGAUGAGCAUUCCUUGACUUGCUGAUCCAACUUCUCAGCAUAGUAACUAUAGCACUGAAGGAAAGCAGAGCAGAAGCACUAGACUUGACCUUGUGUAAGAGCUCUGUGUGAGGGGGCACUAGUUGAAAUUUACCCUACUUUUUUCUUAUUUAUCUUGUUGCACGUGCUUCCUAAGAAACAAACAAAAAAUCCUGGGUGACAUUCAGAUGUGUCAGCCCAUUUGCACAAUGGAAUUCUGCCUGUGCCAAUGACAUUUUCCCUUCCUUUCCUUUCCCCUGCUGCCCCCUCCCCCCAAAAAACCCUUCAUUAAAAUAUGUCAAUUCCUUCACAUAAGGACACAGGAAUCUACCUUAUACUGAGUCAGGCAUUGGUUUAUCUAGUUCAGUAUUGUCUACACUAGGGGUAGCCAACAUGGUUGUAUCCAACAUGGUUGCAAUCCAGAAGUUGUGGACUUCAACUCCCAUCAGCCCCAGCCUACAUGGCCGUGACCAGUAAUGAUGGGAGUUGUAGUUGUCAUUGGCCUUUAUUUGCAUAAAUUUAAACAACAAAAUUAUAAAAUCAUACAAAUACAUUAAGAAUCCAAACACAUACAAUAUACAAAAGACUAGAUAGCCACAAUUGAGUAAAUCAGGCAACUUUAGAUUUAGCUUUAAAAAUCUCAGCUAAAUACAAUCUUGGUAGUUUCGGGAGUAUUCUCCCUCAACAAAUAUUGGAUUACAGACUCUUUGUAAAUCAAUAUUUUAAGCUGUAAGGGAGUCACUAGGAGAUCUCUGCAAAGGGUGUCAAGAGGGCAAUCCAAAAUUAUGUGAUGUAUUGUAUUUGGUGUUUUCUUAUUACAGGAGCAGGAUCUGUUCUGGAAGGGGAUUUUUUGUAGUUCUAUAACAUCUGGACACAAUCAUGUUGACUACUUGUAUCUCUGGUUUACAUGGAUGGUUUUUCAGACUGGAGACUUUACCAAGCCCUAUCUGGAGUAGUCAGGGGUUGAACUGGGACUUUCUGCAUUCAAAGUAUCUGUUCUACCAGUGAAUUAUGGACUCCCCUACUUCACAGCUAACUCUUCCGUAACAAAUGUUUGCUGACAGUUUCACAGGGAUUCUAGCAUUUUGGAAGGCUUUUAUGCCACAUAUCUCAAAACUAUCCUCUUAGAUAAAUGUACUUAACUUUUUGCAGGAUGAAACACUGAGAUUCCAAAGGAUUAUAUUACAACAAAUUUAAUAACUUACCCAUGCAGACUUGAGGUUACAGUGAGUAACUUGAUUACGGUAAAUCAAGUGGUAAUGUCAGUUGCUGUAUCUUACAGUGUCCUGUUCUGGGUGUCAUGGACGGUUAAAGUGGUAUAGAUUAUCUCAGUUCUCAGAAGUGAAAUGGUAGGUUAAUAACUGUCACAAUUGUCAGGCACGCAUAUAUGCUACCAAAUUUGGUAGCAUAUUGGGUGCUACCACUAUACUGAUGACACCCUGCUCUAUUUCUCGUCAUCUUAAUCGGGUGAGGUCAUGCACAUUCUGGUCCAGUGUCUGGUCAUUGCAAUGAGUUGGACACGGGUGUCUAAAUUCAAAACUGAUUCCUGAUAAUACAGAUGCUGUGUUAUCCUGGGUCCAGGAAUUAAGUGUUCUUGACAGGGUUGCAUUAUGCCUGAAAUAACAUGCAUAUCCAGGGGGCUAGAUUCCACCUUUUGACUGAAACCCUUGUGUCAUCAGUGGCGAGGCAUGCUUAUCCCCAGCUAUGGUUGCUGUUGGACGGAGAUAGUCUGGGCACAGUAACCCAUUCUCAAAUAACUUUUUAUUUAAAUACAUUCCAAUCCGUCUUCAGGCCUGGCCAUGGGACUGAGAGUGAGACAGGGUGUGUGUUGCCUAGCUGCUGCUGCUUCAGCUUCUUGAUCUCUCUGCAGAUUUCAAUACCAUGGUAUCCUUCUGGAAAUUGAGCACACUAUGCUACAGUUGUCCUACCUAACCCACAGGCCCUUAACAGCUAGGGACCAGUUUACUUGCAGGAUCACCUUAUUUCAUUUGACUGCUUUGAUCUGCAGACCUGGCACUGUUACAGGUGCCACAUGUGCCACAUAAAACUACUUCUGCAGUUGUAAGAAAUUGAUCUUAUAGUGUGGGAGCACCACCAUUUUGAAACUUCCUUAGCUAUUGACACUAGGCAGACACCUUUUUCCAGCACCUGCUUAAAACAUUUUUGAUCAGGCAAGCCUCUCCAGACACAUACAUGUUGACGUGUUGUAAUUUUUUACUGUGAAUUUUAUUUUAUUUUAAUCUUUUAAAUGUUUUUAAUUACUUGUUUUUAAAUGAUAAUUUAAUAUCUCUUGCAAACUACUUGGAGGUUUUAUUACAGUCCAUGAGUGUAUGUGUGUGUAUAUAUAUAUAGUUGAAAUAAAAUACUGUAUAUUAUAAAAUAAUAUGUAUCAUUAAUAUUUAAAGGAGGAAUAUAAAUAGGAGAGGAAUAUGAAGGAAGAGGAGAGAGGAGAAGAUUAACGAAAAUUGAGGGGUAGGUUAGAGGUUUAUUAGAAAAGAGGAAGAGCAUGAUGAAUAGGGUGAGUGAGGAGGAACAUUUCAAGUGGAAGGAGAGCUGGGGCAGUGGGAAAUGAAGAAAUCCUGGGGUUUGACAAGUAGGAAAAAAUAGAAGGAAUGGAAUGCACGCUCUCUCUCUCUCUCUCUCUCUCUCUCUCUGUGUGUGUGUGAGAAAUCUUCUCCUGAGUCUUAUAUACCUGAAUAACUCAAAAUGUAAUUCUGAAGGUUUUCAGAAAAAGAAGCUGGGGUAUGGCUAGGGCCCUAUCAAACUAGGCAGCCAGGGAGUCCUUUGGAGCCAGGGAACUGAGCUGUGCUGGGAAGCCUGGGUGGGGGCCAGCAUUCAGCAGGCAGCUGGAGUCAGCCAGGAGUUUCAUUGCUCAGCCAUGUUCUCUCUGGCUCUGCUCCCCGGCCUGAUUGCCAAUCUCUGCAAUGACCUUUGCUCGUGUGCUGCUUACACGCCAGUGUGUGCUAAUGCUGCAGUUUGGUUUCCAGCUUGGAACCACUUGUGCUGCUUGCACGAAAUGCCUCUGCUACUUCAUUGUUUAAGAGGGAUGAUCUUGUCCAGCCUCCUUGAACUGCACAAGAGAUUAACUCUCCUUUUGGUUUAAAUCCAAGUCUCUUCUAGGGGGAAAUGUGUUUGAUUAUCCAUCUCUUCAUCGAGUUAGGAAAAUGUCCUUUUCCAUUAAGUCUCUUGCCUCAUUUUGGCUAGUUUGACUGUUCUUAGGUCUCGCCUAAUCCCCUCCCCCCAAAUCAUUCAAAGCUGUCUUUCUUGCUUUUAAUUCCAACUAAUGUUACUUUUAGUAAUUGUUGUCGUUUAGUCGUGUCCGACUCUUCAUGACCGUAUGGUCCAUUUACAAGAAACAGUUUGAGAUUAUUUAAAUUAAAGCUGAACUCUAACAAUUUGCUAACUGACUGAUUAUAGAUAGAUAGAUAGAUGCCUCUCUCUCUCUCUCUCUCUCUCUCUCUGUGUGUGUGUGUGUGUGUGUGUAUAUAUAUAUAUAUAUAUAUAUAUAUAUAUAUAUAGUUAGAUGCUUCUACCUAUGUGUAUUAUUGCUGUUGCUGCUGUCCCACCUUUUAAAUCUAAAUUUCAGUUUAAAUUCAUUUGGAUGCUUGUAUUUAUUUAGGAUGAUUAAUGUUAAACUUGACUGUUCCAGUUUUAAACAUGGACAAAAUGUACAUAUUCAAAAUAAAAUUAAUAUGUAGUUGCAUAUAUGGAAAAAGUGCUCCAAAGGGAGGCUUUGCUACUUCAGACAAGUUACAGUUAAAGCACCCCCCCCUUUUUGCUUUGUUUUCUAGAAUGCAUUUUUGAAGUUGGCUGUAGAGUAAUGGUACAUUUCCUUAUACACUUCCCCUAAUUUAAUUGUUGUCACCCAGAUAUUUAUUUUUCCAGCUUUGUUCAACAAUGUAUCUACCUCACGAGGUCUUAUUUAUUUAUUUAAUAAUAUAUCAAAUUUAAAAAUAACCUACUUUUCUAAACAUGUUAUAUAUAACUCAAUAUAGUUCCCAAUUUAAAAACUUAAUAAAAGGAAACACAGUGCAACUUUAAAAGAUUACACUGGGCAACAAUUUUUUACUUUUUGAAUGUUGUCUAGAUUUCUACAACUGAUUUAGGGUAUUUUUGCACUGCUGAAUCCGGAAAUGGCAUCCGUUUCUCUCCAUCAGGUCAGGUUUACUGUAAACUGAAUGGUGGGCAUUGAUCAAGGUAAGUACACGUAAAUUGCAUGUUGCUUCACCAUUUUUCAAACUUCAGGGCUUGAACUUCCGUUUCUUGGAACUCCUGGAAUGCUCAGCGGCAGGGAGGUCUCUCUUCAGAGUCCAACAGUAGUCAGCCAUCAUGACUGCGUCCCUGCGACCCUGAUACCUGGUCUCCAUCUCUUUCAUGUCCUGACGGAAUCUCUCCCCCUGCUCGUCACUCAUUGAACCCAGGUUCUCAGGAAACUGGUCUAUAUGUGAAAAUAGGUAGUGCAUCUUGACGCUCAUGUUGCAGCCCAGGUUUCUGAAAGCAGUCAGCAUGUUGUUGACAAGUUCUGCAUCGUUUCUGGCCUUAUUGUUGCCAAGAAAGUUUUUCACUACCAGAACAAAUGCCUUCCACGCUUCCAGUUCCACUUCGUUCAUUGAGUUUCCGAACUCUGGAUCUCUGAUGAGCUGACGGAUCUGAGGACCGUCAAAGAUGCCAGCUUUCAACUUCUCUAUGGUCAAUCCUGGAAAAGCCUGGCACAAGUAAGUGAAGCAGUCACCAUCCUUGUCCAGAGCCUUGGUGAACUGCUUGAUUAAGCUGAGCUUGAUGUGCAGCGGUGGGAAGAGUAUUCUGUCUCUGUCCACCAGAGGGUCAUUGAUGACGUUCCUUUCUUUGCAAGGCACCAAUUCCUCCCGCACAGGCCAGUCCUCCUUCGUGUAAUGCUGAGCACGGUCCCUACUAUCCCACAUGCACAGAAAACAUGGGUACUUGGUGAAGCCAGACUGUUGCCCCAACAAAAAGUUCACCAUCUUCAGGUCAACACAAAUAAACCACUUAUGCUGAUCAUAACCAAUUUUCUCCAGCACAUACUUCACCGCUUCAUAGUUCUCCUUCAGUGUAAUCGAGUGAGCCAGGGGUAUAGAGGCAACUGGUUGCCGUUGUGUAGCAGAACACAUUUCAGUGAUCGCUUGCUGCUGUCAGUGAACAGUCUCCAAUCUUUGGGUUCGUACUGUGGCACUCCAAGCUUGAGCAGAAGCUGCGCAAUAUCUGCACAGUACACCAAGUCCUUCUCUUCCGAGAAAAAACGGAGGUACUCUUGAUGCCUGUUGCGGAAGAAGCCGAUGCGAGCACUGUCAGAGAGGAGGUUUUUUCCCUUCAAUCUUGAUGCCAACAGUUCGGCAGAGUCCUUUGACAAGCUGAGGUUGAGAACUAGAUCAUUCAACUCCUUUUGGGAAAAUGGAUGUGGAGCAUCAUCUUCAAGAACCACUUCUUCUUCUUCAUGUCCUUCAACACUGGAGACAUCUUCGUCACUAAUGUCAGGAAGUUCUCCGAAGAUAGGCACUGGAAUUUCAUCACAAUGAGCUACAGGAUGACGUGCUGAUUGAAGAUCAGGAUACUUGAGGCUGCUCCGGUUCUUUCUGUUGAUCCCAGCCGCACCAAUUUAUGGAAGAUUUCAAGGUUUUAUGACUUCAAACUGAUCCCUUUUCGACAUAAUCACCCAGAACUAUCAGACCUGAAUACUUCUUGUCAUUAAAAUAAUCAUUUCCAAUCAAAACAAUUAUCCGACAUGGCAUUUUACCCCCACCAACUUCUUCUAAAAUGCUCCACACAAGCAUACAUGUGAACAAAAACGUUAAAAAAUGACAUGUGGCCAUAGCUUAAAAACUUGACCUGAUUGAGCAAAACCAAUGUGAUUUUUGGAUUCAGCGCAUCAGAUUCGUCCUAAAUCAACUGAAAAAAUGCAGACAACAAAUUUGUUGUUGACCAGUGUUAUCAUUUUCAACUAACAGCAGAGUAAAUUUCUCUCCUCUAAUAGUAUUCCAGCUGGGUAUGUGAAUAUAUAGCACUCUUCAUAGUGGCAAUACACCAUCCUGUGCAACAUAUUUAAAAACAACAACAACAUAUUUUCAAAAGAUGAAAGCGUUAAAAAGGACACAGAUUUCUAAGAUGCAUAAAGAUUUGUUAACUUAUUUAAUUUUAUUAUUUUUUCCUUUCCUUUUAUAUUGUUCAAUAGAACCAUAUAAGACUUAGAAAGACUGUAAUUGUUUUGAAUAUCGUGUACUGUCAAUCCAUCAAUUCAAAAGCAAACCUUGUGCGGUAGGUUAAGUUAAGAAACAAUGACUGGCCCCAGGUCACCCAGUGAGCUUCAUAACUGGGUGGGAACUGGAACCCUGGUCCCCCAAUUCUUAGUCCAGCACUUGAACCACUCCACUGCACUGGCUAUCUUGGAUUACUUUAUUUAAAGCAAACUGCUACUUUGAGUUCUCCACAUUGUCUGUGACUUUAGUAGUGGCCUUGAAUGAGAGUGAUAUCCAUGCUGACAUUUUCUCAGAAAUUGUAACAGAAAUCUUGGCUCCUAACAGCAGGAAUUGCUGGACGCCCACCCUCCUAUAAUAUGCCAAAUUUCCACUUGAACUUGUGGAAUGGUUUCAACCAGCACCUUGCAGAUCUGAUUUAUGGUUGAAUUUUGUGUAUGGGAGUCUUUGAGGUGAGCGAUGCAUAUUCAUAUAUACCAUGGGUGGAAGUUAGUAUCGUUUGUGCAGGAUACAAUUUCACGGCCUACAAUAGAAGGGAGUUCUGUCUUUCUCAUCAAAUGAACCCUGCAAAGGUUUUGCUAUUGAGGUAAUACAUCUCUGUAUUUUGGAAACUAUUUUCAGGCGCAAGCCAAGAUAGGGAUAGAGUUUCUCUUUAUACAGAGCACUGAAAUAAGAUCUUCAGAUGUUUUCAAAUUUGCUGUCUUUAAGUUGGAGAACAGAAAACAUCGCUUCAGUUUUUAGGUUAUAUAUGUUCAAAAGCAAAACAAUCUGAGUAGUGGGAGGCUUGAUUAAUUGGCUUCUUUGCAUUUAGUGCAAUUGAGGCAGUACUUGGCAAUCAAGCAUAAAAAUGGAGUUUACAAUCCUGAUCCAGCCUGACAGACUCUUAAUUGCACCAUGCAUCAAAAAGUUUCUCCAGAGAUAGCUCUGCAGAGUUGUUUAACCAGGUGUUUGGGUCAGUUUUGACUAGGAAGAUGAAUUGGUGGGUAGCUCAUAACAUUUUGCAAAUAUUUCAGUUUGAUAAAGGGUUUGCCUGUAACUUCAGAGGACUUGCUGCAUUGGAAAUGGUGCCUUCAGAAGCAUGAAGGGUGGUUUUCUUCCACCUCUUCUGGAAUCACAAAUGACAGGAAUGGAACGCAAGUUUUUGAAACUGAUGUUUUUAAUAGAGGAGAACUCAUAUUGGUUACAGGAAGCAGCCAGUGCUGUAUACCUGUUGCUUUGAGACCCAAGUAAGAAAUUUUGAAUGAUCACCAGUAACAUUCCCAUUGAGGGUGGCAAUAUUGUCAAAGUCUAUUCUGAAUAAUAGAAUCAUAGAAUUGUAGAGUUGGAAAGGACCCUGAGGGUCAUCUGGUCUAAAUGCUUUUCCCCCCUGCCCAAUUUCAGUUGCUGGAUUGCAUUUCCUAAAACUGAAAAGACAUUGCAAUGGUCAUUAGUAUGAUAUGGAAUGUUGUAAUGCCCUAUACAGUGGUGCCCCGCAAGACGAAUGCCUCGCAAGACGAAAAACUCGCUGGACGAAAGGGUUUUGCGUUUUUUGAGUCGUUCCGCAAGACGAAUUUCCCUAUGGGCUUCCUUCGCAAGACGAAACGUCUUGCGAGUUCUUGCGAGUUUGUUUCCUUCUUCUUUAAGCCGCUAAGCCGCUAAUAGCCGCUAAGCCGCUAAUAGCCGUGCUUCGCAAGACGAAAAAACCGCAAGACGAAGAGACUCGCGGAACGGAUUAAUUUCGUCUUGCGAGGCACCACUGUAUAUUGUAGAUGGCUUUUAAGAAAUAAUAGGCCAUUUACCAGUGUCUGCUGAAGACAGGAGUGCUGGGCUAGAUAGACUGUGGGCUGAUCCAUCAGAUAUGGUCAUUACUCAGAGCAAGCUGUUGUUUAAUGCUGGCUCUUUAAAACAGAAACAGAAAAAAGCUCACUUAAGUCAGCUUCCUGAAAUAAUGCUUUUUGGGGGAAAUUCCAUGCUUUGUGUCUUCCGUUAGCUUGGAUUGUGGUUAUAGUUCUGGGGCUAGAACUACAAGGUUGCUCUAAUAUUCAUGUAGUACAUUUCUUAUACUCUUUAAUCUAUCAUGCACAUGCUCAGAGGUGUUCUUUGUAGCAGAAAUGUCAUUUUAAAAUAGAUUCCACAUGAGCUGUGGUUCAAAUGUAAACCUUGGAAAGAGUACAAACUUCUCAUAUUUAGUAGUCCCAUUGUUGAUAAGCCACAGUACUUCCGUUUUAUUUUAGCAGCUAAUGGCAGUUGUGCCAAAAUGAGUGCAUGAUGUACACUGAAUUAUAAACCCUUUGGGUUCUUAAAAAUACCACUUAAUCUUACUUUUACUGGGAAAAUGUGAAAAUAGCUUUAUGCUUAGCAGGUUAGCACAUUAUUGAGAAAAUUAGCAUUUGCAGUCCAGCAGACCCCUGGUAACCAGCUGAACACAGCUUCUGGAUGUGGUUGACAGAGGAAUCUUAAGGGGAGUAAUUGCUUAAAAUGUCCUUUAAAAACAGGUGCCUACUUCCCACUGAUGGACAUUUGUAGGAACUCCAUACUCCUGAAGCAAAAUGUUUUGAAAUGCUGUGACCAAAUACUUAAACUGUGCUUGAAACAGUCCAUGUUGCAUAUAAACAUUCCUGUUAAUGCAAUCUGUAAGUUUUGUAAGAAUUCGUCUUCUGGAUCCAGUUACCUAUAUUCUUCCUUUUCUCAUUGAGGGUGAGGUAGGGAACUCUGCUAGAAAGCUAUUUAUGGAAAGAAAACAAACUUCGUUGGCCAUGUUUGCAUAGGACAUUAAACCAGACUUUCUGCUUUGUUAUGAUUUAUUGAGAACAAGGAGCAUGCAAGUACAAUUGUUCCCACUUACCGUAACUCCUCCCUUAAUGUGAGGAGCAGAAACAAACUAGGACGCAUGGGCUUCAUGUUACCUCCUAACAGGGAUUGUAUUUUGUUGUUCCCUAACAAGCUUCAAUCAGCAACACAACAACAAACCAUUGCUCCACGUUGGCUAGCAAUCUUGACUUGCUAGGGAGAAACAAACCAUGAUCCUGGUUCAGAUGUAACUUCCCGGGAUUUUUGAUUGUUUGCUUGUUUUGCUCAAGGGAACAUCAUUGCUUGAUGUCAGUAAACUAUGAUAAGCCAGAAAGGCUGACUUCUCAUUUACGUUUGAUACGACCAUUGUGUUCUAACCUUUGCUUCAUUGUAGUCUCUGUGUCCUUGGAAAAGUCAUUUCUGCAUUAAGACACAGAGGAGGAUGGGAAGUCUAUUUUCCACCCCAGAAAAGAAUUGGCAAUGUUUUCUCUUGUAUCAUGUAUUGCUCUGAUAAAAGUCACUACAUCAGGAGAUAGUGGGUGAUUAGCUUGUUUUCUCUUAAUGGAUCUUAGAAUACAGUUAUAGAGAAACACUCUCUUUUUUUGUACACAAACAGCAAUUGCAAAUCUUGAACUCGCUGUGAUACUCUGGUUAUUUACAAAUGUAAGUCAAUACACAGAACAUGAAUUGAGAGUAGUUGCUAUAGCUCUUCUCAGGAAUCUGCGCUUGUACUUUGAGCAUAAGAUGGCCUGUCCAAAUGAUUUAAGAAGAGAAUAUGCUGUGCAGUUUGUUCUUUUUAAGAAUGCAUAACUAUUUAAAUCAUGUUGUGACUCUGAAAACCUGAAGAAUAAGAAACACACAUCUUUCAUGUUUGGCUUUUAACAAAGGAAUUCAUACUCCAUUCCUGUUGAACAAAUUAUUCCUGGUAUUCUGUGGUACUAUCAGUAAGUUGCAGAGAUAGUAACCAGCCUGUCCCAACAUAAGGACAACAAUAAUUCCAAGAGGCACAGUAAGGAGUGAACAAAGCAAUAGUUGUAUUGGUUAAGUUUCAGGAAGUAUUACAGUUUGGCCUGUAUGUUACAGCAACUGAUGCCCAUUAGAUCUGGUGGGGCAACUAAGAGGUCACAGGGUUGUGGCCAAGUUCUGGUUUUCUCCCCCAACACCCUCCCUUGCAAAGAUACUAUAGUAGACAUUUAAGCAGAGCUAUUUUACAAACAGUUUACACCUUACUAAACUGGAAAGAAAUGUUUUAUUUUGGUUCAGAAGGGGUCCCUGCUGCCACAAUUGUGUCUCUGCUGGGAUAAAAAAAACCAAGGUUCUUUUUCACCUGUUCUGGUUCUUUUCCUAUCCUACUCCUUUGCAAAGAAAUAGUGGACACUUAAACAUUGCAAUUCUGUGAAUACUUAGCACUAUGGGUUUGUCUUCAGAAGGAGUCCUUGCUUUCACAAUUUGUAGUGUGUAUUCAUGCCACAAUAACUGUACAUUACUCAGAGGGUAAGGCCCUUUGAAUUCCAUGGGGAUUCAGCCCCCACCCCGGUAAGUAUAUACAGAAUUGCAGCCCGAAUGAGUUAAUCUUAAAGGUACCACACAGGACUGGUAAUAAGGGACUCCAGGCUAUGUAAUAAAAUCCAGGAAUAUUAAGUGGACUAGGAACUGGUACAAGCAGUGAGGGUUAUCAAUUGAAGUUGGAACAUUCAGGAUAAAAGGAAGUACUUAUUCACACAGUAAAUGGACUUUGCUAUUAUAAGGAUGUAGAAAUGGUUGCCAAUUUAGAUUGAUUUAAAAGUGGAUUAGACAAGAUCAUGAUGAGAUGGCCAUCAUUAGCUGCUUAUCAUCAGUAUCAGAGGCAGCAUGCUUCUGAAUACCAGUUUCUGGGGAUCAUGAGUUGGAGAUUACUGGAUAGUUCAGUUGGUUAGAGUGUGGUGCUGAUAACUCCCAAGGUUGCAGGUUCGAUCCCCAUAGGGGACAGCUGCAUACUGCUGCAGGAGGUUGGAUUAGGGUCCCUUCCAACUCUAUGAUUCUAUAAAAACUGUUGUGCACAUGCCCUACCUAUGGACUUCUCAUAUAUAUCUGUUUGGCUACUGUGACAACAUGGAAUGUUCAUUUGUGGCAAGCGUAGAUUUAUUGCAGCAUAAUAUGCCAGAUGGUCACUUGCUCACCUGCCCCAUCUCACUAUUCUGGAAACAGCUUGGAAGAUCCACCAAAAAUGUUUCUAAUGUUGUUGCAUCUGUUCCAGUCCUCUCACUUUCAUGCCCUUUCUCCCUGCCCUGGAUUCAACCUCUGCUCUCUUCUAAUUGUGUGAAAUGUGAGUUUGUAGUAACAGGCUGAAAUGCUUAACAUAAUUGGGUCACAUUAUUAUUAUGUGGAACGUAAAGCUGUCAAACUCAGGUUAUUUAAACAGAAAGCAUGUGACAUUUAUGAAAUGUCUGCAGAGCUUCUUCAGGGGAUACAGAGCUUUACAGUAAAAACGGACAUACCCCCAGAACUACAAAAUCCAGUGUGCAGACUAUGUCAAGGUAUUAAAAUCCCAACUUCCCACUGUCUUGAUGGUGCUUUUCAGAUGGAUCCCAUUAGAUGUUCUUCAACAUGUUUAUGUGCAUGGGAAGAAUCCAUGCUAGAUUAUUUCCUGCUUAGUGGCCCCACAAAUAGGUUUUGGUGCAAGUCAUCCUUGUGUUAGAGGCUCCUUCACAGCCCUAAAUAGCUUAUUCUAAAAAGAAGUGUCAACAUUAGACUUAAUGAGCCAGAGUGAGAAGUCAAAAUAAAAUAUGCACUCUGGGUUUGUAUUAUCUGACUUGUUGAAAUAAACCCUUCCAAGAGAAAAAUAUGUGAAGCCAGUUGUCAUGAAACAAUAAUAUACAUCCUGACAGCUCUGGAGGCCUGAUGUAUGGCUGCUACUGGGAUGAUUUAAGUCUUUUAAGAAUGUGAUGAAGGAGAGGAGAGAGAGACAAUAAAGUAAGGGCUUGAUGUUUCCACCAGUGGGGUACUUUCACUUUGGGGAAUGCUUAUUUAUCCAGUGGUGAGGUUGGGGACUGGUGGGUGGGAAAGGUGGCAGGGUGGAGACCAAGGGAGUUUACGCUCACCAGCACUGGAGUGGAGUCUGGAACGAACGUUCAGGCUCUUGGCUGGCAGGGGAGACAGAAUGUUCCAAGUCAGAGCUGCUUUUGGAAGAAGGGGGUUAGCUGCCUGCAAAGGAAUGUUUAGCAGGCCUUUCUAUUGUCUGUUUCUCCAUCCCUCUGCCUCUCUCUGUUUAAUGUAUUAAAACUGUGGGGCAGGAGGAGGGAAGAGAGAAAACAAAUGUGUGUGCAGCUGACAGGUUAAUAAGUGACAGAUACUAUUUCCAGCUGAGAUCUGGAUGGCGUAGUAGGUAACUUUUGCUGAAGCUGCACUGAGGGAUAUCGUUUUGGUCAUAGUAGUCUGUGUGCCAGGACGAGCGUGAUGUGUGUGUGUUUGUGAUAUGAAUAAACUGAAGGACAAACAUGGGAGGCCCUAUAAUGUAGUCAACACAUGGAUAUUUAUAAAGCAGAAUGCCGUUUCUCAGUCGUGGCAAACUUGUAUCCAAGAACAGAAGACUAAUCAUGAUCGUCCCCAAUUUUCGGCUUAGCUCUGUUGUGAAUUUUCCUAGGCAAGCUGUUUGCCCUCUGCCAAUCCCACCCCACCCCUCCACCAGUAUUGCAAGGAUAGUAAAACCAAGCCUUACCACAGAGGUCGGGAACCUCCAGACCACAGGUCCAGUUUGGCCAGCCAGGGGUCCCAGUUUCUCCCAUCAGGCUAUUCCUAGGAAACCACACCCACCUGCUCCACACCUGAUGUCAUAUGUGGCAUCAUGUGUAGCGCAGGUACUAACGUGGCUUUAGAGGAAAAAUUGGAAGCUUUAAAUUGAUAUUUUCAUGUUACAGGAACCAUACUUUGGAGCUCCCAGGUGGGCACAUUCACUGAACUCUUUUCUGUGCCUGCUAAAAACAUUUCCACCCAGCAUUUCUAAAAGCCUACUCAGAUGUGUAAAAUAUUUCCAUGUGUUUUUAAUCUGCCAUUAAUUUUAAUUAUUUUUUCCAAUGCUUUAAUCAGUGUUUCUCAAACUUGGGUCCCCAGGUGUUGUUGGACUACAACUCCCAUCAUCCCUGACCACUAGUGCUGCUAGCUAGGGAUGAUGGGAGUUGUAGUCCAACAAACACAUGGGGACCCAAGUUUGAGAAAUAACUGCUUUAAAUAGUUGUUUUUUACUGAUAACCUGAUUGUGUCAUUCUUUUUGGAAAUUGACUUGAGGUGUUUUGUUGUUAACAGUCAAACAGUAUAUACAUUUUAGGGGGAGGAAGUAAGAGUGAGUUUCCGACUAUUCCUUUGCUGGAGAGUGGCACACUCCCACUGCCCACCAGUUUAUCCUAAUGGGCAUUGAGACCAUGUCUUGCUCUAGGAUCAGGAAAGGGCUUGCAUUGAAACCCCUUUUAAAAUGGUUCCUCAGCUGAUGCAACAGGCAGAGAAAUCAUUAAACCAUCAUCCAUUACCCUCAACAAUUUUCAAGUGGUCUGUUGGGGGAGGGGAGUUUGGGAAUCACUGGUGCAGACAUACUGAGCUCGAAGUACUGGUGCCCUAACUCAGUAUAAAGGAGCUUCCUGUGUGAGCUUUGCUGAAGCUUUAUUUUGCAAAUCAAAUGUGAACUUGUUAUACAAUUACAGAGUGUCAAAAUCUUAAUGAUGUAUGUAUAAAUUGUAAUAAGUAUGUGGGCAUUCUCUUGUUUUUCAGACUGUCGUUUUACUCUGGACAUUCUUCAUUUUCCAUGUAUUGCUUGCUGUUCCUAGCAGUAAGUAUACUUUUUAGCAGCCAGUUAUGAUGGGUUGUUUUUGUUUGUUUGUUUGUUUUUGCUAAAAAAAUCUGUUUAUGUUGCAUAGCAUGAAGCUGAAACAUUUGCUGCAUCAGCAUUUCAUUUGGGCUGUUUGUGCAGAGGAAGCAUUAAAAUGAAAAAGACUGGGGUGGGGUGGAUGUUUGCUCUGAGAUCUUUUCACUUGACGGUUGGAAUAUUUGGCCACUGCAUGUUAGGUAGGCUUUUCCCUAAAUUGUCCAGGGAGUCUUUGUGUGAAGGCCAGUUCAAGCUUUUCUUUUGCUACCCUAGGUGGAAGUCUCAGAAAGUGCAUCCCAGGACCACCUGUGACAUUACAGAGGGUACCAGGACGCUUUCAGUUAGUGUCAGCUAUGAGCCACACCAGCAGUGAUUCAAGACCCGGGUCUAAUGCACAGCUUCUGAUAUGGAAGGCACCUUUGAAGUGUGACACCCUAGGCAGCUGUCUACUCUGCCUGUAUGGCUGAGCCUAUCCUGAAAAAUGAGCAGCUCAUAAAAUGCAGCCGCCGCCAUUUAUCUGAACCUUAGGCACUUCAAUAAGCAGCAUGGCCAGGCUCGCUUUGCAGGGGGAGAGUCUCUUUUUCCCUUUCUAUCUCUGGCAAACUAAGCUUGUAAGAAGCAGUAAGGACUCUUUCUAACUGAUAGUCCUAGGCAUUCUUUUUGUAACUUCAUGCUUUGCUCUGGGUGAUUUGGGUAGGCUUAGCAUGAGGCAGGGAGUGUGAUGCAGAUGAUGGUCUAUCCAGCGCAACCAGUCUCUACUUUAAGCAAACAAAGCAAGGAAGGAAGCAGGAGAUGGGAAUCCGCCCAUCAAAUGUUUUACAGGCUUCAGCAACAUAAAUACUGUACUAAUUUCUGACUGCCAUCCAGUCUUGAUAAGCUGCAUUCUAGCUGUUUGUUGCUCUUUGUUUUUGGCCAGGAGACAAGUAACUACCAAAGCAGAUGGGACAAUCUAGUCAAAAUGGAGACUUUAGCUUUAUGUCUGUGUAUUUAAGCAACCAAACGAACACAAAAAAUGUCCACACUUUUUCAGUGGGGUGUGUAGGAAUGAAUAUUGCAAGUUAUUCCCAGCAUAGUUCUGUGGACAUGUAAAUUUAUCAGAACCUGAAAAACUAAAACUGUUAAAAACUAUGCUUUAAAAUUUUGCGUAGAAAGGUUUCUUGCUAUAGGAUUGUUCUCAGGAGGAAAAUAUUUGUGUUUUUUUAAGAGCACUUAAUUUGCAGUGUUUGUUUUAUUAUUUCUCUGAAGCAUUUCAAAGCUGCUUCAACUCCCAACAGAAUGACAAACCUAAUCAUCUAGCCUGUAGUGACAUUAAUAAAAAUACCUCCUUUUUUUUUUUUUUUGGUUGGGAGCCAUAGUUAAGCAUUGACUGAUUCUUUCCUGAAAUCAGACCUCUUAUUUUUGUUGUUGUUCUUGGAGCCUAUAAAUUGUAGGCUUCCAAGUCAACCUUCUUUACAGUAUAUGGAAUAAAAUUAUCCAGUCAUAGACAGUGGCAGUACUACUGACAGUGGUGUCUUAAAAGUCUCUGCUAGCUCUGACCGAUUUGAGCUGUGCUACAGAACUGUCCUGUGUCCAGCUGCUCUGCCUGACAGCUGCAGGGAAAUUUUCUGGCACUGCUACUGAAAAAUCCAUCAGCUGGAGAUGUUUGGUACUGAAACCAGAGCCUUAUGCGUGCAACGCAUGUGCUCCAACACUGUCAUUUCAAUGCAAAGAACAUUGAUGCUUCAAAUGCUUAUAUCUAUCCAAGGGUGUAUUAAUUAUUAUUUAGUCUUAGAAAGUUGAGGAGUCAGCCCAAAAUCAGAGGGAUGAGUGACUCUCAUUAUCAAUUUUGCAUGGCAAAGUGAACAGACUUCACGCUUUCAGGAGACUUUGGUGUGCUGAGCUAGUCUUGCGAAUGCCUCCAUUCAUGCCCAGAUCACAACUAGCCACAUAAAACAUUCUACAGAAAAAUAGGUUGAAUUGAGAUGUACUAAGCUGUGUGUGGUAUGUGCUGGACAAUUUUGAAGACUGGUUUAGUUGUUCAGCAUAACAGAGAAGUCUAUCUUAGGUUGACUUUGGCACAUUGGUGGGGGAAAUGCUACCUUUACAAGCAGACCAAUCUAAUCCUUGACAUCUUUAUAAUGUAUUCUAGUGAUGGUGUAGUAACUGGGUCUCUCCUACCCCACGAGUAUUAACCAGGAUGAGCUAAAGAGAGCCUUGAGACUUUAUAUGGAACUUCUCCCUGUUUGGAAUGCUCUCAAUCCUUAAUGAGUUAGUGGCUAUGUCUUGUGCAAUAAGAAAGGGCUUACCCCAAGGCUGGUUCUGCCUAUUAUUGCAAUUUGCUGCUUACAAGAUACAGAUGUGAUCAUCUUUCCCUCUACGUAGACAUUUCAUGGCUCCUAACUUUUCCAUGCGGCAACACAGAGUUCUGCCAAUGGCCCCAUGUCAAGGCUUAUGCAUCUGAUAAUCUCCCCCCCAAAAAAACGUACUUUCUGACCAGCUUCAACUUGCCAUUUGCAUGCUUGACUCCAGCUGCAGUUGUCUGCUGCUCGUGACUCCCCAGUUCCUAACAUGUGGCAUUACUCACAGCCUGGGUUAAUCAUAACCAGACGCCUGAAAUUUCAGCCUCCUGAGGGCUGGAGGAAUCUGACUUAUGUUAGUGUGACUGACUGUGCGUGCGCGCGUGCACACACACACACACGAAAACAAAACCCAACCAAAAAGACUAUGACAGUACAGCCACCACAUUGGCAACUAGAUUACAGCUCUGUCAGGAUGAUUGGAGGAACCAAUAGAGUUUCCCCAGACUCUCCUCAGCCCAUUGCCAUUCACUUCAAACUAUACCCCUUAACUUCUUCCAGAUUGCAAUGUUGCAGCUUCUUUUCUGCGGGAGUGUCUGCUCUGGCCUUCAGGUAGAUCCCACAGUUUGUCAGUUACUUAAAUCAGCUUGCUGAACCACAAGCCCAGGAUUGUAACAGCCACAGUCUGUGUCAGUGUUGAUUCCUUUUACCCCUCCCUCUCCAGUAACACUGAUGCUGCUGUAACAGGCAAUUUAGAUUUGAAUUGUGGUCUUAGAAAAGCAUUUAAGACCUUUUUUUUUUACACCUGGAGGUGGUCAUUAGGGUGAUAGGUUUCGACAGCAACAGUGGGGACACACCCACACAUCUCCCUUGCAUGUUUGCUUGCUUACUUCUACUCAUUAGAAAUAUCUGGAGAUAUUUGUCAGUUGAGCUGAAGAAGUUUCAUUUUCUGUAGUGUCCCCUUUUCAAGGGAGAUGACAUGCUAGGAUAAACGUGCUCACAACUAGGAGUAAUCUCUGUCUGGAUAGACUGAGCUGUUUAACCCUCUGCUCUUGAGUCCCUUCCACUGUUGGCUGAUAUAUCCCGAGUUAUUUAUGUGUGACCAAGCAACGCCACAGCUUGCUUAGCUGAUGUACUUGUGUGUUUCUGUUAAUUCGUACGUUUUCUAAAAUGCUUUGGAUGUUCACAAUAGGAAAAAGAUAAGAGUGGAGUCCUUCCUCCCUUAAUUAAUCAGUUAAUUCAGUUGAGACUUGUAACCUUAAUAAUAUAUUGUGUGUGCAACUAUCCAUGGCUAGCAAUAUCUGUAGCUCCAGUACUGUGGUUUCAGCAGUGAGUGUACCCAUCUGUCAGUUUUCACAUAUACACAUGUCACUCACUGCUAACAUUCCUGCUUUGCAGGGGGCUGGACUAGAUGGCUCUUGGGGUCCCUUCCAACUCUACAAUUCUUUGAUUCUAUGAUUCUAACAAAAUUCGCUUGCUUUCUACAUGAAAGUGACAUUUUUGUAGCUACGUAGUCGUGUGCAAAGUAAUCCUUGGGAAGUGAGCCGCGGGGGGGGGGGGGCAGAGGGAACUCAGACCAACCCUCUCCUUUUCAACUCGCUCCCAUAGGGUUUGGACUUGAGUCAUUUUGAAAGAGUAAGCUCUCGCACAGCUCUCAGCCAGGUCAAUCUGUUUGGCAGACUGGUGAGGAGCUAAGUGCAAAGUGAGGGAACUAGCAAAGACGCUUAUGGGCUGGUUUUUAUUUUGGCUAUUGAAUGUUCGCAGAUAUUCUGUUAUCAGUUAUCUGGAAAGAAUUUAUAAAAUUGCAUGCUAGCAUGCCUUGAGAAUACUGAAGGCUGACAACUAAUGAGUGAAGGUUGCUUUAACGGAGUGAGCUAAUGAUAGUCCAUUUCCCUCCCCUUUGCUUCCUUACAGGGCACAACUGGCUGACGGCAAGGGGUUGCAUCUAUUUAGAGAGAACUGAAUGAAGGGAAUGAUUCAUGUUUAUUCCCUUGUGGACAGUUGAGAGAAUGUAGUCUAUUCUUUGACUGGUAUAAUGGGGGCAACAAGUGAAGAAUAAAAUGCAAAAUUGACCUUAAAAAAAAAAGAUUUAAAAAAAUUCUAAUUUCUGAAGAAACGCUUUUAAAGGGGAAACAUUAGCAAGAUUUUAAGGUAAAUAAAGUUGGUUUUAUGAUGUGGAUUUUGAUCCCUUCCCCAUUCUUGUUUGGAAUCUAACUUCUGGUUAGCUGGGCAGCUGCCCUGAAUCUUACUGACUCAGGAGUGGAAAGAUUUACUUGACGUGGAAAUUGGACUUGUCCUUUGCCUAUGAAAAUGCAGCUGUUGUCGUGUCUUUUACCAUUUGCGUUUAUUGAAAAUGGCCUAUCCCUCCCCCAACCCAGCCAGAGCGCGGAAAAAUAAAAAUCCUAUAUAGAGGUGAUUCAUGACUUGCUGUCCUUGUAGGGGUAUCCCAGGAGACAGGGCUACAUGGUCUUGUAUAGUUCAUGAAGAAGGUAGCAGUCAGCAAAUAAACUGUACCUGGAAUACGAGACUCAUGUUGGACCAAAUACGUUCACAGGCAGUUGUCUGCAUAUAAGCUGUUUGCUGGGUUUUGGAGCAGAUAUUUACAUGGGGCUUAACCGUAAUCUGUGCCAUUUGCAUUGUGUUGACAUGAUCCCUUUGCUACAGAAUUGCUUACAGACUUAAACUAUGUUUAAAUCUCCUUUAAACUUGUUGCCUAGCAAUUUAAAUAAAUACUCCUAUUACACACCCAAUGGAUACUAUAUGGCAGCAUGUUAUCAGGAAGGUUGGUAGAUAACCCUGUUUUAUCAUUGAGAUUGUUUAUAUAUAUGUCUUAAGAUAAGCAAAACAACAUUGCUCUGAGCUGCCAUGAACCCUUAACUUACAAAUAAAGCAAUAAGAGAAAGGGGAGGGGAUGCAAAUCUCCCAGCUGCCCAUGGAAGCAGCCAGUAAGACAGAGCAAAUGUGUUGCUGUCCCAUGUCUUGCCAGGGUCUUGAAGAUUUGGGCCCUACAUGCACCUUUUAGUUCAAAGGUUGCCAUGCCAUAUUUUGUAGCUAGUCUUAACAUACAUACUGAUGAAGUAAUUUGCGGUAUGUCAACGGCCUGGGUGGGGGAAAUGGGGAGAAGAAAAAAAGAACCCAUUAUCCAUACUUAUCCACCCAAACCUCCCUCCUUCUUGCUCACCAUAAGUAAGCUGGUAAAUAGCUGUUUGCAAGCCAGGUUCGAUCUUCUUGCAGACAGAUACAUCUGUUCUCUGUUGCUAACGGGACUCUGUAAACAGAUCCUUGAAGUUAAUUUGGGAGUUAGCAUGGAGGAUACAUGUUAGGAAAAGGUUGUCACUUUUAUGUCCGUCCUACUUGCUGAGUACACAGAAGCAUCUGGCUGGCUGAUGCUGGCAAUAGAAGUUGACCCAGGUAGGCCUUCAGUCUGACCCAGCAAAACAUUUGUGGGUGGGGGUUGAUCCAUCAUUUGGGCCUAGUGAGCAUUACUAAUGCUUCAAUGAUGCAUGUUUUCUCUAAACUGAGGUCCUUGCCUGUCAACCACGUACACAAGACAUGAGCUGAAAUCUUUGGGGAGCAUAAAACCAGCCAAAGUCUUUGGGAUUAUAUGCCCUGAUGGAGACUCCCUUUCCACUGUAUUACUUUAUUUAUUUCAUAAAAUUUACAUACUACUUGAUUGUAAAAGAACAACAACCUCAAAGCAGUUGGCUAAUUGGAAGCAAGACAGGCCUACAUUGUGCCUCCAGUCAAUGAAGUUUAAUUUCCCAGUACAGUGGUACCUCAGAUUAAGUACUUAAUUCGUUCCGGAGGUCUGUUCUUAACCUGAAACUGUUCUUAACCUGAAGCACCACUUUAGCUAAUGGGGCCUCCUGCUGCUGCCGCGCCACCGGAGCACAAUUUCUGUUCACAUCUUGAAGCAAAGUUCUUAACCCAAGGUAAUAUUUCUGGGUUAGCAGAGUCUGUAACCUGAAGCGUAUGUAACCUGAAGCAUAUGUAACCCGAGGUACCACUGUAUCUGUUAAAUGGGAUGCUGGGUCUUUGUGCUCUUUGUUACUCCUCCACCAAAUAGUUGCUCUAGACUCAUGCAGGUGUAAUUUCAUGGGAUUGCUAGGAGAAAUCCCCUGGGAUUUCCAUUUGUGGCUUUCUGAGUUCCUUAGAGGAAGAGGAAGACUGUACUUGGAGCAUACAAUAAAGAGCAACCAGAUUUCUGUAUCAGAAAUAGCUUGUGAGUUGUUUAGGGUUGCCAUACACUCAGAAUUUCCUGGAAUACUGCAGUUGGAAGCAGUGUCCAGGCAUAAAUCGGCAAAAUGACCAGGAAAAUCCAGAUGUAGGGCAACCCAUGUGGGCAGUCUGUUUUUUACAACAAAAGCUUUGUGUCCAGAUUUUCACUUUUUGAAAUAUGGCAACACUAAAUUAUGCAAAUUUACAUACAUGGUGAAUUUUAAUAAUUUUGUUUUUCCUGCACAUGGGAGGGGGGAAAUAAGCUCUAUGGGGCGCCAGUGCCUCAUCUCCUGUGGUGUAAUGAUUCCUACUGGAAUAUUAGUAAAUUUAAAAACUUAGCAUUUUUGAACCAUGUAGAUAAAGUUGUGUGAAGGAGCCCAGUUUGCUCCCCCACCAUGGCAUGUAAAUCAGUGUUCUUGGAAAGAAGAAGCAGGACUGAGUAGAGAAAUCUCUCUUCUCUUCUGAGAGCUAAAAAGGAAGUACGGUAUAUAAGGUUACACUGUGUGGCUUCUUCCCUUUUUUCACAUGCUGCCCACAAACUCAAUAUAAGUGGGAUAUGCAACAAAAUGCCACAAGCUGCAUCGAAAGUGACCUUUCCCCUCACUGUUCCCAGUAUAUUGAAGAGAAACAGAGGUGAAGCAUUUGCUGAAAUGAGCUGUUAGUGGAUUUGAUCUGCACAAGAGUCAAAUGACAUUUUUGAUAUAGGAUGUGGCAGUCUUUAAUUUAAUCCACGCAUUAGUUGGAAUUUUACACCUUUAUCUAUGGUCUUGUGCUUGUAACAUCUGCCAAAAUAUUAACAUGAUGUUGGCAAUCCAGGCACCCACUGUGUCCCUAGUUGGUGCAGAAAGAAGCCAUCUUAUUUGCUAAUGGGGAUUCCUCCCAACCCCAGAACCAGCUCUGGUGUAAUUCUAUAAUCUUCAGCUGCCCCUUCAAUUUAGAUGCUCGAAGACUUGACAGGUUUGCUGUUAACCUGAAGGCAUGGGAGUUGCCAAAGAGAUAGAUGGCCACAUCUUUCUAGGCUGUCUAGGUUUCUUUUUCCUUGAAUGAAAGAAUAUUUUCCCCCCAUCCUGCUCAAAAGUAAGAUGUAACAGUAGCUUGUGGGGCAUUUUAAACAAAACUGAAAACCACCUCCCCAAGCACAACUUCUCUGAGUAAAAUUGAGCCCCAAGCAGCUGCUUUUAAGUGUUCCUUUAAAAGAGAGAGAUGCAAUCAUGGCUCUGCCGUGUCAUGUCUCUUUUGGCCCUAAGUGAAACAGAGAUCUGUAUCUAUUUCCGUACUGUAAUCUUUGUCUAAUGGUAAUAACCAUUACUUAUUAGAGCCUAUAAACCAUGUUUUAGUCUUAUUUGUAGUGCUUGAGGAGGCAACUCUGAAUAAUGAUCAUUUACUACUUCCACAUGCAUAAAAUAUAUCACAGUGGUUACGUUCUGUCUAAUUGCUGGUUCAAAGCCAAUUACUGAGCAGCACAAGACCUAGUUUUUGCACUGAUUUAUAAAGAGUACAUAAAUAUUCUAGGUCUUCGUUUUCUGCAUGAUGACUUUUUAAAACAGUACUCGUGUAGGAAAACCAUGUACAAAUUGUGCAUGUAACUGCACAUGUAACAUUUUUGCUAUCCUUUUCUUUGUGUGAGGUACCAGGCGAAAAUGUUUUUCUAUAGCCAGGACUUUGGCUGAUUGAAUAUUCUAUGGCAGGGGUCAGCAAACUUUUCCAGCAGGGGGCCAGUCCACUGUCCCUCAGACCUUGUGGGAGUCGGGCUAUUUUUUUUUGUUGGGGGGGGGGGAAUGAACGAAUUCCUAAGCCCCACAAAUAACCCAGAGAUGCAUUUUGAAUAAAAACACAUAUUCUACUCAUGUAAAAACACGCUGAUUCCCGUACUGUCCGCGGGCCAGAUUCAGAAAGCGAUGGGGCCGGAUCCGGCCCCCGGGCCUUAGUUUGCCUACCCAUGUUCUAUGGCCUUUUAAACGUGUUUGUGGGAAGGGGGUUAUUGGUUUGUGUUUGCGUUUUAUUACAUAUUUAAUGUUCUCAUCUUGUAUUUUUAUGUUGUGAUCUGCCCUGUGAUCUUCAGAUAAAGGGUAGUAUACAACUUAAUAAUAGUAGUAAUAAUCUGUUUUCAUGUGUGACUGAUGGACAGUGCACAGAAAGCUUUUUCAUUUUCCUCGUUUGCACUUUCCCUAGCAGAAAAUAGCUUAUGAUGCUGUCCCAUGGUGCCUUAGGAGUCUGCCUUGUUUCAACUUGAAGGCCAUAGUUUCCUAGUCACAGGAAGUAGAAGCCCUACUUUAUUCUGCAUCAAUCAGACAUCCUCUGGAGUACUGUAUCCAGUUCUGGGCACUGCACUUUAAAAAUGGGAUAUUUCAAGUAGAAAUAGGUUCAGGAAAUGGCAACAAAGAUAUUCAGGGUGUGGAAAGCAAGUCCUAUAAGGAAAUGUUUAAGGAACUGGGCAUGUUUUGUCUUGAGAAGGCUAUGGGGUGGGGCUGUGGAAGACCUAAAGGGUUAUCACAUAGAAUAGGUGCCCCAGAUCUAAUAGGCUUAAGCCAGGCAUGGCCAAACUUGGACUUCCAGCUGUUUUGGGGACUACAAUUCCCAUCAUCCCUGACCACUGGUUCUGUUAGCUAGGGAUGAUGGGAGUUGUAGUCCCAAAACAGCUGGAGGGACAAGUUUGGCCAUGCCUGGGCUUAAGCUACAGGAGCCAUUCAGUAGUGGAACCAGUUGCCUAGGGGGCUGGUGGGCUGCCCCUCACUCAAGGUCUUCAAGCAGAGGCUGGAUAACUAUUAUAGUUCUGGAUUUCCUGUGUCAAUAUAGGAUGAACCUAUUUUCUUCUGGAAUUAGAAGUCUUGGUGCUGGAGGUGGAGAACUGACCUGUUGCAUUAUUGUAACUGAAAGCAAUUUUGGUGUGCUAUAUCCAGCCCUCUCCCAAAGAACUAUGUGGUCUGACAGACACAGCCUCUUCAUCUUUGCAGAAAAUGCUCUUAAAACUACAGUUUUCUUGCUGUUAAUAAUUACAAAUAAGAAACAUAAGGCCACUUUUAAUACCGCUUGCAGUCAUUUUUGCGGUUUAAGGGAACAGCACCCCACAUGCAUUUAUUUCUACUCAGAGCUGAGGGAAUGAAAACCGAAUGUUUUCCUUUUCAGGCAAAUUGGGAACCUUUUUCAAACACAGAGCUGUAUUCCCUCAUGGGAAGCUUUCUGGGGGCUAGAGGCAAAAGUGGGUGGAGCAGUGGUCAUUUAUUCACUACAUUUAUAUCUCACCUUUCCUAAAUCUGUCUAGUCCGAGUAAAAGUCAGUUGAAUACAAUCCAUUAUAACCUGUCACUGCAGCUAUCUUUGAUUUUAAAUAGAGAAGAGUGGGCAGCAGUUGCAUAUGCUCUAUUGGAUGGGUGGAUCUUGGUCUAAAUAUUUUAAACUCUUAAAAAACACGCUUAUAAAUACCUUUGCAACCCUGCUAGCAGCAGUUUUUGUCUUUUGGGAAAGGAUGCAGUUUCUAACAUUUUUGGUUCCUUCUUCUUUGGCCAGUCAAAUAGCACUGGCAAGCUUUUAUUUUACUUGAUUGCCCACAUUAUAAUUUGAAUUGCUCCAUCUGCACAGCUUCCUAAUAAAAGCAUUUAGCAAUUAUGUUAGUAUUUUAUUAGCUGCCCCAAGAGUUACUGUUCCAUGUAAGCAUAUAAAUUGUAAAAUAAACUAAAUAAAUAUGGCAUGUAAAUGUAGGAUGUUUUAUAUUAGAGUGAGAGAACAGAGUGUGAAAGACUCGCUCACCUGCCCUAUAGGUCCCAUCAUCCUUGACCAUUGUUUAUGCUGGCUGGGGCUGAUGGGAAUUGUAGUCCAACAGCCUUUGGUGGGCCAUAGGUUUCUACCCUUGUCCUAAAAUGAGGUGAAGUGUAUGUAACUGACAAUGAAUACUCAUCUUACUCUUCAAAGCAAUAGCAUGAAGCUCUUACAUGCAGCUCUGCACUAAGUGUGUUUCUGGACCUAAUUCAUGAAGUGGCUUUGCCUGGAGUGCCCCAUGAGUUCUUUAGCACACUACAGCCUAUAUGCAGUGCUACAGCAGCUGCAGUUGGGUAUACAGGCUGACAGUGACUGUGUACACACAAUGCCUAUUCAUUUCAACACUAAUUAUACUUAAGCAAAAUUACCUGCCAUGGUUGUCAUUGCAAAAGAUGUGCCUAUGAAAUAAAAUAACAACAACAAUAAUAUUUAUACCCUGCCCAUCUGGUUGGGUUUCCCCAGCCACUCUGGGUGGCUUCCAACAAAAUAUUAAAAUACAGUAGUCCUUCAGAUAUGAAAAGCUUCCCUAAAAUAUAUGACCUCUUCAAGUUAAAAAAUAUAUAAAGGAUUAAUGGUUCUCCAGAGUCGUGGCUGUAAACAGCAGGCAUGGUCUGACACACUGUCUCCAGUAGUUCUGCUUUUGGUUUGUUUGUAAUCCCUAUGGUGCUAUAGAGAAGGGCCCAAAACCACAACGGAUUAAUUCUUAAGAAAAGCUUGAAAGCUAAAACAUUAUCUUGUACAUCCUUAAUCUGGGCCCAGUCCCCUACACACAUUCAUUUUCUCCCCAAAGUUCUGCCUUUCACUCAAUCCCCAUCAGAAGAGUUCUGAAAAACCUAAACUUAAUGUUAAGUUCACACUCAGAUCCAGUUUUAUAAGCAGAUGAUAAACUGCCCCCUUUCCUACCUUCAUGUAAGAGACUCAUGAGAACAUAUCUCAUCAGUGUUUGUUCAAAAUACUUGUAUACCACCCUUCAUCCUGUAGAUUCCAUUGAUUAGCUUACUUUAUUCCUGUACAAUCAGACUGGAUGAGAUGCUAGAAAAAUAGGGUCCCUAGCACAGGAGAGAAGGUACUUCCUUUGUGAAUUAGACACAUGUAGAGCAAAGGAAUCUCUGGAGGCCAAGUCACCAGAAUUUGCUGUAAGGCAGGGUUGGCUUGGGUUAGGUCUGUUGAGGGCAAUGGACAUAGGUGGAGCCAAAAAGCCAAAAUGGUGCAGGCCACCUCCUUUGCUAUUGAACACUUCCUCCUUCUAGCUUUCCCCAUUUCUUCUCUGCUUGUCACCCACAUGAAAUUACUGAUCGCCCUCCGUCGGGUUGCAUGAUGUAGACUGUGACAAAAGAACAUUUGGGGAGGGGGAAAUAACACUCCCCUCGUCAUGGCUGGAAAUAAUUACUUGCUUACUACUGUUCCUCUUGUGAUCAGAUCUUCUAGAGUAUUAACAGUGACUCCCAAAAUCCAUUUGACUGCAACCUCUGCUUGCUGCAUCAUUUGUAAAUGCCUUUCCAAAAGCAAUUCAUUCUCUGCUUCCACUUGGGUCUGUGGCUUCUUCUAAAAGGUGGCGCAUGUGGAAGAAGUGGAGCAUUUCACCAGAGAGUGGGAGGAACACUGCGCUCAGGAUGUAUGUGGUGAAGAGGCUGUGUUUUCAUUAUGAGUGAAAGCUUAACCACAUUCUAUAAACACAUCUCGAAGGGAGCUGCGGGGGUAUUCUAAUUUAGCAAAUUAAAGGCACUUUUAAGCAGAGACCACCAAAGGUAAAAGCAUCUGAUACCUAAGGAAACGGCAGCCUUCAGAGAAGGACAAAAAUGAUAGUGGAGAAAUUCAACUGCCACGCUGCUAAUUUAUUAAUGUUCCUCCCUUUGCUCAGGGCCAGGCUGCAUGUUACAGGGGCCUUGGCAUUUGCAUCUCUAUGGCAGGCACUGCUGUAAGCACUUUCCACAUGUAGUGAUUUCUGUCAUCACUUUUCUGCUAGCAGGCUAGAAACGCAUCACAUUAUUACUUUGCAUCACAUUACUUCAGUUCGUAAGGCAGUGCUUCUUAGGUCAGGGGUGGGUGACCUUUUUUAAAGAUGAUCUUUUAGGCUCUGCUAGCCAGCAUGCAGCAAGUGCCUCAACUUGUGAGACCCAGUGUGGGACCUUGUUAACUUCACAGGCUGAAGGAGUUUCUCUUCAGAACUGGGAUUGCCGGGCUCCAGUCCUGCUUGCUACAGCUGUUCUGCCGCUUCCAAUAAUUUUCUUGCAUUAAAGAUAUAUGAAAAUAGAUCAUUAAUUAUAGUAUUGUACUUACUUUGAUGAUUCUGGAGUACCGCUUAUAUGUACGACAUGCCUUGUAAUAGCGGGUACAUUGUGACUAAUACAAUCUGUUGUACUUUGCUUGCCAUGCAUUGUCUUUGUAUGCUGGCCUGGACCCGUUUUUUCUAUUUGUGUCUGUUGUUAUACAGUGGGUUCCUUAUUUUUGUGCUCAGUUGUCACCAUGACAACCUCAGAUUAGAAGGUCCAAUCUUUUUGCAGGGCUACUCUGAAGUAAGCCCUAUGGGUUUUAAAGCAUUACUGUUGAAGUACACAAAUACUUUUUUUAGUACAACAAAGCAAAGUAGCUAUUAUUUUACUGGAAAGCAAGUGCCCUACCAGUUUGUUCUGGGACUGUGGGAAUGGUUUUUCUCCUCUCCAAACCUAGGGAAUAGGUUGCCCUAUUCAUGUUGGGGCACUUACAGCUUGUAGUGGUGAAACUUCAGUCUGUUUAAUGAAUAGCUUGCAAGGGGGCAGGGAGAGGCAAAACGGGUGACUUAAUGGAGGCUACAGGACUGUUUGUUGUUAUGUCAAAAUGGGCACAUAACUAGAACUAGUUAGCAGUCUUUAUGACUUGAAGCUGCCAGAUCACUUGUGUAAACAAUAAUAGGAGAAAAGGGCUGCCAAUUAAUGAAUUGGUUGCGUGCAUGUCAGCCUCCAUGCAUAAGUGGGUGUUUGUUUCAUAGAAUGCAGGGAGGGAGCGGCUGCUGUUGCUCUUUGUGAUGACAAGGUAGGGGCCAGUCAAGCUCAAGCUGUUUAUCUAAAUUCAGAGAAGGAAGCAGUUAACCCGUCCUAUCAGCUAACAGGCAUGUAAAAUGAAAGUAUGCAUGUGCAACAAACAGCAGCAGCUGCUGCUCUUAAAGGAAAGUUGUCAAGUGACAGUGUUUGGUGUAGAAGGCUCUCGUUGGCAUUUGUCUGUCUCAAGAGACAAUGGGGUACGCUGCUGGGGGUGAAGUCAAACUGCUGGAGAAUCACAGCACCUGCUGUGACUGCAGAGACCAGUAAUUGCAUUAGCAGCAACAAAGUGAUUUCUCGGGGGCUGCCCUGAUAACAAGACACCUUCUCUCAGCCUCGCUGAUGUGGUCCAAAGGAAAGCAGAGCAAUGCAUUUGGCACCAGCAUGGCUGUGGGAGUUGCUGGAAGGGGGGCAUACAAGACACCAUCCAGCUGUCUUAGGGAUUCCACUCCAGAUUUGUGUAGGGUUUAUUCCUUAGCCUUCUGAAGAUGUCCCGCAAGGCAGUGGGUAUGGAUUUUACUCAGGGUUUACUCCCAGUUUCCCAAAUGAGUAUAGUCGUAAGGCAAUGGAGGUUUAGGAUCAGUUUCCUUCUCCUCGAUUGGCUACCUUCCCAGGUUGCCAGGCUCCAUCUGUCCCCCACUUCCCUCUACAGUACAUGCAGAAACUGCUUCUUGGCUGUACAGAGUUACUAGUUCUUAGCCAGCUGCUUCAUACAGCACUUGAGAUUGACUGAGGUGCUUAUACAACUUGAAAACUCACUGAUGUGGACUGUCACCAGCAUUGUCCAGAAGAGGUGAGCAUUUGGAUCCUCUUUUUCCUUUUGGACUUGUACAUCAGCAUCUUUUUUUGUUGGUAGAAUGAACAGCCCAACCUGUGCCUCCUGUCUCAUUGCAGCCUAGCUCCACAUCUUAAAUAGCUGUGGCCCAAGUAGCUACUUUCCUAAAGUCCAUGAAUAAACAUUAAAUCCGAGUUUCCUGUUUUGCCAUCUCAGCCUAGUUUUGUAGAUACAUUUCUGUUUUGGGGACAGCAUUUUAAUCAUCAGUUCAGUUUUGACAGCUUGGCAAAUAGCACGAAAUCCUACCACCUAGAUUUGUGUCCUGGGCCCUCAAAUCUCUUUGCUUAUGGACCACAAUCUUCUAAGGGACUGUCUUAGGUCCCACCUUCUCUCCCACUCAUAACCACAUAUACCACCUUCCCUCUUAUGUGUAUAAUGUUCCUCUGCCAACUACAGCAAUUGCUUGCGUGUGGAAAAACCUUAUUAGCAAAGGAAUGCAUUUUUCAAUGUCUUCAGUGGAAUUCCUAAGCUGGAAAGAAGGAAGUAUGCCAGCUCUGUAUUGCCAGCCUGCUCUUUUUAGACCACCAGCAUGACUGCUGUCUCAAGUUCUCACUGGGACUAAAUGAUUUACAUUGCUGUAGAAGUUAGUCUCAAAAACAAGCCUUGAGGAAACACAGUAUUAGCCUUGAAACUGUACUGUGUAAUUUUGCUAUGUUGGACUUCAGCAGCAGCAGGAAUUACCUACCUUUGCUGUUGAUAGUGAACACACAUGUAUACAUUUCUGAAAAAUACGCCUGCAGACUGUCUUAGAAACUUCAGUUUUCUGUCAACAAAACAUAGCUGGAAUACAACUUCGGUCUGUGGAAAAACCUUUAUCUGGUUUUCUAAACAUUGCUCCAUGCAGCUUUAAAUUCAGCUUUUUUUUUAACCAGCAGAAUGAAAGAUUUGGAUGCCAAAACUAUGAUGUAAUAGCUGCUUUGAAAAACCGAUUAGGCAUUCCCCAAAUAUUUAACUUUGGAAAGUAGCACCUACUGCUCACAUAGAGCAUGCUCUGUGUAUAUAUUCAUUUACACAACCAUAAUGGUUCUAACAGGUACAAGGAAUGGUUGAAGUUGUCUAUGGGAGUGCUAGCCACAACCUGCAUCCCAUCAAGUCCAGUUACUGCCUGUUUUAGAAAAGGUUAUGCCUUUGUUACAGGUCAGUCUGUGGAUUAUCCAAAACUUGAUCUAGUCUGGUUUCAUGGAUUUGUUUUAUUUUGAGUUUCUGCAGCAUGAGGCAAUAGAUAAGGUACUUGGCUAAGCGCAGCCUCCUGUCUGUAUUGUGGCUCAUAACAUCAAGCAGGGAGGAAUUUGACCAGUUGAAUCCAGAGUGUAGUUAGUUCUGCAGGUGUCAUCAGUGUGGUGUCCUUCAGAUGUCCUCUACUUAACUCCCAUCAACUGCAGCCAGCCUUGCCAGUGGUCAGGAGUGAUGGGAAGACACCUCGGCCCUUCUCCUUACCACCAUCAUCACCAGCUACAGCUGCUUCUCCUCUUCCACCUUACUACCACCUGCUUGCUUGCCAAACAGGGAGCCAAAAAGGAAGCAGGCAGUGGCAUUUGCUCCUCUGUUCUCUGGGCCACAGCAAGAGGCAGGUGAACAGAAGGAGCAGGUCCACAGAGCUCUUGGCAGGGGGCUCCUUGCUAGACUAUAGCCCUUGGUAGAUGCUAACCUGUGAUGGCUCUGGAAAUAAUGAAUUGGUGUCUGGCCUUAGUAAUGGAUUGUAAGGGAUAAAAAAGAAAACUCAUUUCAGAUCAGAGGGAUAUGCUAUUGAUCCCAGUGCUGAUGGACCAUUUGUCUGCCUGGGAAAAUGAUUUGAGCAGGCUGAGUUUGGGGAUAAACUUGAGCAGCUUUGUCAUACUAGCUGAGGCUGGUGUGCCAGCCGUGACUUGUCUCAGACAGACAGCUUGGCCAUUGUUAUCUAUGCUCCAGUAACCUCCAUUUUUGAUGAAUGCAUUGUAAGUGGAGUUGCUUUCUAAGACUAUGGAAACUUCUGUUAGUUCAAAUUCAGCUGCUCUGUUGAUGACUGACAGCAGGCAAUGGUAUAAGGUAAUGCAAGUUCUUAAACAAGUGUACUGGCUCCCAGUGUAUUUCUACCCACACCUUAGGAGGGCUGAUUCUUGCCAUCAGCAUCUCUGAGAUCUUUCUUGGAGGCUUUCCUGAAGGAGUCUUGGCCAUCAGAGAUGAGGCAGUGGUGAUUUGAGGGGCAAGGGGACUUCUCAGUGGAGGCACUGUGGUUGUGGAAUUUUCUCUGGAGAGAGCAUCAGCUUGUACCAACUCUACCACUUUGGCAGUAGACAAAGAACUUUUUUAUUUUGCCAAGCCUUUUAACUCCAUUUCAACUGUACGGUUUUAUGCUGGGGGUUUUGGCCAUGCAUUUUAUAAUGUAUUUUACUUUGUAUUUUUAUUUGUAAUCCACCUUGAACAUUUUUAUUGAAGGGAAAGUAUACAGAUUAUUUAAAUAUGAAUUUAUUUCCCAUCUAGGCAUUUGAAUACCUGCCUGUGUUUAGCAAGGAUCUCCCUACUCACAGCUACUAUUGAAGUAAUGAAUGGUUCCUUUAGUGCUAUAGCUGAUAAUUAAGGAGAAUAUGCCUCACAUAUUAUGAAACAUUGUGCAGCUUGAAUCAAAAGGUGGAUAAUAUGCAAUACACAAUAUGAUCCAAUUUGCAAGCUCAAUAGAAAGGGCAUCUGUAAAAUUAGGCCACAACUCAGCACAAUGUUCAUUAUGGUACAAAAGUAUUGCACUUAAUGUUGUCCCUAGCAAAUCAACAGAAUAUCAAGUUAGAACUACUGCAUUAAAAAAAGACCCAUCCUAUUUCUGCCCACCCUGUUAACUAGCUAGACUUCUGUACUUCUAAACUUUUGUCCCUUUGGUUUUAGCUUUAUCUUCAGGCCAGAAUGAAAGGCGAUUGGGCAAGACUUGUGCGUCCUACGGCUCAGUUCGGUCUUAUUGCAGCAUCCAUCUACGUGGGCCUCUCCCGUAUUUCUGAUUACAAACAUCACUGGAGUGAUGUGUUGACCGGACUUAUCCAGGGAGCACUGGUAGCUAUACUUAUUGUAAGUCCAUGCAAAGUUACUCUACCAUUUGAUCAAUAUAGCUUUCUGACAAAACUACUUUUGCUGACUUGAUGAUGAAACAGGGUGGAGGGAGGAUGCCUGCACACUCCUGACGAGUUCAGUGCUGGCUUCCUGUAGUUUCCAUGGGACAGUGGUGAGAUGGGGAAAAGGUAGUAUAUUCACUACUCCCAGUGUCAAUGUUUCUUUUUCCACUCCUCCUUUAGAAACCAUGAUGUAUGGCUGGGUUAGGGUACAUCUCUCUUCCCAAAACUAUUUACAAAAGUGAAAGACUUUCCAAUUGGGACUAGCAUGCAUAGAUUAUUGGCACUUGCCCCACUUCCUUUUCUGACAACAAAGAUGAAAGAAGCCUGAAGUGCCUAUAAACAUGCUGCAGAAGUUAGGCAUUAGGACUGGGCAAUAUGUGGUUUUCAACAUCGUGAUAUAUCAGCAGUUACCGUAUUUUUUGCACCAUAACACUCACUUUUUUCCUCCUAGAAAGUAAGGGGAAAUGUCUGUGCGUGUUAUGGAGGGAAUGCCUACGGGUGGCGGGGGGGGGGAUCUGCUGCAGUCGUGAGCACAGGAUCCAUGGUUCCCCUUCCUUCCCUCCUUCGUGGCUCGCUUUGAAACAGCAAAGCGGGAGAAGAGCUGCUGAGUGGGGAGGAGAGAGAGACAGAGAGCCUGCUUGCUUUAAAGGAGCAAGGCGGGAGAGGUUGGUUCCUUUAAAGCAAGCAGGCUCUCUGUCCCUCUCUCCUCCCCACUCAGCUCGCUAAGCCGGGGAUGACCGGGGAGGAGGGAGAAAAGCAGAGCCUGCUUGCUUUAAAGGAGCAAAGUGGGAGAGGAGAGGAGCCUUCUCCUCUUAUACCCCUCUCCUACAUUAUUAGCAGCAUCCUUCUCCACCCACCCCCACGUGUGCUUCUUCUCCCUUGAGUGCUUUUCCUUCCCUCCCCACUUAAAACGUGGUUACAAAGCACUGAUCCACAUGGAUCCUCAGGAUUUUUGCACUGGGUCACCCCAAAUUCACCAUCAGAUUACAUAGCAUGUCCAUGGCUACAGCUUGCACCAAAAAAAUCACGCACCCACUGUUGCCUGGGGCCGCAGUGGUGCAAAAACGUGGUUACAAAGCAUGGCUCCACAUGGAUCCUCAGGAUUUUUGCAUUGGGCUACUCCAAACUCACUGUCAGAUCACAUGUCUGUGGCCACAGCAUGAACCACAAAAAUCAUACAUCCACUGUUUCGUUUAGAAUAUUUUUUUCUUGUUUUCCUCCUCUAAAAACUACGUGCGUGUUAUGGUCGGGUGCAUGUUGUAGAGCGAAAAAUACGGUAAAUACCGCACUAUAUUGUCAACAUCAUGAUAUAUCAGCAUAUCUCAGCUGCUGCUUUCUCCCCACCUUAGGGGAUGAAGAUUCAACCGAGAUACAUUGCCUAGAGUGCUGGGUGCCUCUGCGUGUAUGGAGGCUUGAUCAGCUGCGGGGUGGGCAGCCUCCCACCCAUCCCUCAGCUGAUUAAGCACCCACCCUCCGGCUCAUGUAAACCAGAGGCAGCCCUGCAGAUGAAGUGUGAGAAGGUUGUAGGCAAUCACCUUCUCAAGCUCUGUCUACCUCUCUGUCUGAAAGGCAGGCAAUUUGAGCUAGUCAAUACCUGUUUUCCAACACUGUAAAUACCACCAACUAAACUUCCUGAUACGGUAGUAUGUUACAAUGUUGGAAAGGAGGCAGGGAGGAAGAAGGCAAUUACUGGCCAUGGAGACGAUUAUUGUCAUGGUGUGCAGUUUCUGCCUCUUCCUGUCGGCAUCGGGUGGGAAAAACUGCUUCUUCCUCCAAUGCCUGGCGCCUGGAAGGAGUAGUCCUAGCUCCACCUGUGCUAAGGCAGCCCUGUGAACACUUGCCUUGGCAAGAGGUAGCCCACCCACAUCCCUGUGCAAAGGCGGUUCAGACGCACAGCUUCUUUAAACUGCUCUGCUGAGGGAGCGCACAGCUGAGCCCCCACUCUGGCUUGUGGGGACGGUUUAAGGAAGCCUGCUUCUCAGCUGAAUAAGCCAUCCACCUCCAGCUUGUGGGAGUGUGGAUAAGUUUAAAAAAACUAUCUGCUGUAUGGUGGCAGAGGGACUCAGGAGCAGUGGCUGCUUCACCUGCGAUAUACCACCAGGUGAAGCUACCAUUGUGCUGUGGCCCUCAGCUCCCCAACCACCACAAUGUAUUGCCAGCUCAAAAUGUCUGAAACCGGUAUGGCAAUUUGAUUGCCAUACCAGUUUCAGACAAUUUAUUGGUAUACUGUCCAGACAUAUUAGGCAUAUUUAAAGAAUCAUUUUGUUGUACUGUCUCUCUCUGACAGCUGUCUCACUGCCUAAUGUGUUCAAUUUGUUUAUCCAGGUUGUGUAUGUAUCUGAUUUCUUCAAAGACAGAGGUCAUACAUUUAAACAGAAGGAGGAAGAAGAUUCACACACAACCUUACACGAGACACCUACCAGUGGAAAUCACUAUGGCAGUAAUCACCAGCCAUGAUAAAGUCAACAGCUAUUACCCUGUGGAAUCUCCCCUUCUAUAAAAAGAAAACGUCAAGCAUUUCUGACCUAUGUAAAGAAAUAAAUUAAAUGCCUCUUGAAGGGACUGCUGCUGCUAUUAUACUUCUUGGAUGCUCACUUUACAUGUAUAUAGUAACACUUAGGUAUCUAAACUUUAAAUCUCUAUUGGUUCAAGCUUUUGCUUUAAACACACAGUAUUCUGGCUGUUUUUUUUAAUUAAAAAUAAUGUGGUAACACUUAUGUACAAACAGCAAUGGUAUGUAAUAUGCUUGCUAGCAUGAGGCUUAUGGUGAAAUACAUACAAGAAUGUUAAGCAUCUCUCCUGCUUGGGAAGGAUUGGCAGAUUCUGUCACUAACUUUACACUUCUGGCUCUGAAGAAUAAUGAGUGAUGUUCAAACGGUGUGCCAGGACAAUACUUAUAGGUAAAGACUUGCAGCAAAUACAAUAUCUCUCUUGAUUUUGGUAAUGCCUGUUAAGGGAAGAAAAUAAUAUGAUGUCAUAAGAGUAGCUGUACCUAUUGCCGAUACUAGCAACAGGGGAUAUAUUAACAAUGCACCUGAGUUGAAGCUCAGUAUCAAUUUCAAAUUGAGUAUCAUUUCCCCAGUUUCCAUCUCAAAUGUGUGUAUAACUAGUUUGAGGGGGCUGUGGAGACAUCAAGGGCUUUCCAGUUAUCUGCUCCAUAAAGAAUUGGAUCACAGCAGAUAAAGGAUACAUGGAACCUACCAUUAAUACAUUAGGGACACUCUGACUUGUUUAAGAAAUUUAAAAUUGCCUGUGAAAAGACUCUACAUUUCAAGAUGCAUGCAAUUUAUAAGAAGCUGAACAUACAGACCUUCUGCAAAUUUGUUUUCCAGUUCUGUGUUUCCAAUGGCCUUUGCUGCUUGACACAUCUGUCGAAGCAAUUCUUCUAGCCGCCUCAUACAGCGUAUUAUGCUCCCUGCAUGAGCAAAAAAGGGCUUGCAGUAAAAGCAGACAUUUUCUAAUGAGGAAUAGCAGAUCCUUUUCUACCAGGUAGUUGUAAAGCUGUCUACUCAAGCAGGACUGAAACAUCUCAGUCCUAUAGUUUUCCCCCAAACAGAUAAUCAUAAGGUCAUGAAUAUUAAUUUUCCUAACUUGUGUUAUCAGAAAACCUAAGGCAAUGGUUUUAACUUAUUCUUCUUGCACAGACUUCUCAUUGCAGCUCUCAGGCUACCCCAUCAUAAGAAGCAGGGUACCAAGCUUCCUUCUUCCUAACCUCCUGCAUAUUUUUGUAGUGUGUACAUGAAGAAAAUGAAUGGCUUCAUUUCAAAGAUUAUGGGAUACAUUUAGAUACAUGGUGGAGCAGGUAUAAGGUGUGGAAAUCUAUAGGCUAGGAAUGUGUGUUCUUCUCAGUUUGUAAGUUAAAAAGAAAUGAAAUCAAAGUUUUAUCAGCCAGUCUCAGCAAGAGAUUAAAUUUAAUCAUUUGAUUCCGGAUCCAGCAACUCUAGUAAAAAGCCACCUGGAGUCAAUUACCAAAAAGACAGAAGUCUGAGCCAAAAGAAGCUGGGAUAUAUCCUCCAAGGGUUUGCUGCAUGCUGUAUUCUGAGCAAACCAUCACUUUGGUUGUAUAGACUGACUUCUCUUACAGGGCUCAUUAUGAAAAUGCAACCAAGAACACUUUUACAUCCACAGAAGCAUUUUUGUAUGGUUAAAACAGAGGAUGUGUGUAUGGAGUAAAGGACAUUUAAAUAUACUCCAUCUGCCUUUCUGCUAGACAUACUGAACUAUAUGAACUUUCUACUUUCCAGUCUCUCAACCACAACAUGAUGUACAUGGCCACUGAAAUUUCACUUAAGAUGGACUUUGUCAUGACAAAAAGAAAAAGUGCCUUUCUCUCAGUAUUUACUCCUUCUGUUAAAGGGAUUGCUUAUCUGCCAUAUGGAAACAAGAAUGUGCCAUUUACUCUGCGUUUGCAAAAAUGGGUGUGAUGGUGGUUUGGGGUUAUGCUACUAUGGUAAGUGCCUUGUCUGUGUUUUAUAUAAUUUCUACCCUACCAAUGAAAAUUGCUACUGUGGGCAGCUUACAAAGCUUAAUUAUCCCACCCUGCCUGAUGCUGCAUGUCAAACUUGGCCCAUCGAGCAAGUCUCCAUCUCCAGCUAGCAGCAAAAAGUUCACUUAUUGGGCAAGACUUACUGCUACUACCUAUCUGCAUGGGAAAGGAGGGUGGGGGACAUUUUUAUAUGGCAUUUGCAAAUGCAACCAUCCACAGAAUUGAUUGCCUGCUUCACUGCAACCAAAUAAAUUGUGUAUAUGACACAAGUGACUUCAAGCCUCUCUUAUUCUUUACCCCCAAUAACAUUUCUGCUGCCUCCAAAGUGAUGACUGCUACAGCACAAAAUCCAUGCCAUCAUUGCAAAGAUAGCAGAAAUGGCUAGUGGCUGGGAAGCAAUCAAAGCACCUGGGACAAGGUGCAACAACAACUUCUCAUUCUCCCUCUUGUACCAACCACACAAGGUUAAAAGACAGUUUCGAUCCUAUGCAUAGUUGACAUUUGAGUAGGCUUCACUGAAUUCAAUGGAACCAAGGAUCAGGCUGUCUACAUUUAUGCUCACUGAGAGAUACAGAACACAAGGGACACACUGGGGAGAAAGAGAAAAAAGACUAGGAGCAGAAAGCAUGCCAUGUGGAGGAGAGACAAGAGAGAAAGAUUCUCCCACAGGCUGCUGAUUAGGAGGCCUCAGUGGAGGGGACUGUUGUCAUGCAAACAACUGUACUAUCCUACCAUCCCACACCUCUGAUGCAUCAGUAGUAAUACAAGUGCACGCACCUUCAAAGACAUCUGUCAUUUUGCAUAUGUGAGCAAACGUUGCUCCAUUGGCCCAUGUGUGCACGACAUCCAUCAAGUUCGGCCUAAACGAAUUCAGGUAGUUUUCCUCGUCAAUUUCCAAUUUAGCUUCUGCGGACACUUUAGCGAUUCUUUUUGCACAUUCCUUUAAAGAGGAUUUUGAAAAUUCGAGAAAAACCAAAUGAAAGUUAUCUUCCUGAAAUAUGCACGCCAGACAAUUGACUGUUAACAAGCUGAGAUUCUUUUUUUCAGUGGCAGCAGCGCUAGAUUUAUAUGGCCCGCUUGUUCCGUAGGUAGCUUACAAAAGAACAAGAAAAUUCAAUGUUCAAAAACAAGAUUAAAAACAUCAUUUCUGAUAAGGGAAAAUACAACUGACAAGAAGCUCAAUUUGAAAAAGAAAACAACUUGCACAGAAAGCUAAGACUCUGUUGACACAUUAGUUGUAUAAAAAGCCUGGAGAAAUUCAAAGGUCUGGUGCUAAAAAGACCAUAGAGCCAGGAGAGCUGCUCCAUGGAGUCAACUUCCCAGUCAGGGUGCCAUGGGCAAGAAGCUACACUUCCCAGCAGCCACCCACUUCACCUCAUUUCCCAGGGCGACCUAGACCAAGGCCUCUGUCGAGUAACUUAAGGCCCACGCAGGUACAUGAAGGGAAAUAAGAAGAAGAAGAGGAGGAGGAGUUUGGAUUUGAUAUCCCGCCUUUCACUCCCUUUAAGGAGUCUCAAAGCAGCUAACAUUCUCCUUUCCCUUCCUCCCCCACAACAAACACUCUGUGAGGUGAGUGGGGCUGAGAGACUUCAGAGAAGUGUGACUAGCCCAAGGUCACCCAGCUGCUGCAUGUGGAGGAGCGGAGACGCGAACCCGGUUCCCCAGAUCAUGAGACUACCGCUCUUAACCACUACACCACACUGGCACACUGAUUGUGUUGCCUCAUACAUACCUGCUUCACUCCUCGCUUCAAACAAGUGAGCAAGCCAGGAACACAUCAGAUAGUGAUCAUUUUCCUUUACAUCUAAACCAGAAAGCUAUGACUAACGGCAUCCAAACAAGUUAGGACAUUAAGACAAAUUUAAACCACCUUGGUUUGUUCGUUUAUCAUACCUUCCAGUUUGGAUGUAAUAGGAAACUAGUUAACUGGAGAUUUCCUGGCUCCUGAUGAGAGGAGCAGAGCAGCUGUGUGUGAGAUGUAUGAGGGAUAAUUGUUUUGCAACAUUUAUAGACUGAUUUCUGAUGAAAAAUGUCCAGGCAGUUUACAAAGCAGUAUCUUGGUUUGUUAAUCUAAAUGCAGCCACUGAGGAAGUGGAGACUGCCCGGCAGAUGUCCUCAUGGGCCUUCAUAAGUAAACAUAGAAGAAAAUGCUAGUUUAACAGGCUCAUGUAGCUCACUGGUAUACAAAAACCAUAUUGGAUAAGUCACUAGUAUGCAAAAACCCUCAUUGGAUAAAAUAUUCCAAAAGCCCUCCCCUCACCCUCAAGCUAUCUUAAUGGUGUUAAAAUUUAAAGACAAACUUUAAAAGAUAUCAAGAAAGAUUUUGGAUUAUAUCAUCCCAAACACCCCAU